AUAAGGUCAGACAGAGAUGCUCAAGCUAGUGGCAAGAAGAAAGGAGGAGGUCUGGCUUUAUAUGUCAACCAGAGAUGGUGUAACCCUUCACACAUAACUAUCAGGGAGAAGUUGUGUUGUCCAGAUAUUGAACUGUUGGCAGUUGCUCUUUGGUCAUAUUAUGUUCCAAGAGAAUUUAGUCGUAUCAUAACAGUAGUUGUUUACAUUCCACCCAAAUCAACUGAAGAAUGUUGUGAUGUUUUGCAAAAUAGUGUUGCCAGGCUACAGACUCAACAGCCUGAGGCACUAAUAAUAACAUCGGGAAACUUCAACCAUGUCACCCUGUCCUCUCACCUGACUGGGUUCACACAGUUUGUGAACUGUCCUACCAGAGAAAACAAGACCCUGGAUCUGCUGUAUGCCAACAUCAAAGAAGCCUACAGAGCCACUGCCUUACCACCACUGGGCAAGUCAGAUCAUAACUUGGUCUAUCUGCAAACCUGUUACAGACCUUGUGUGCUGAGGCAGCCUGUGACCAAAGUCAAAAUAAGAAGAUGGACACCUCAAGCCAGUGGAGCUCUAAGGGACUGUUUUAAAUCAACAGACUGGAAUGUGCUGCUGGAAACAGAUGUGGAUAGUAUGAACAUUGAUAAACAGGUUGACUGCUUUACUAUGACUAUGUUAACGUCUGUAGAGACACAGUUAUACCCACAAAGACUGUUCGCUGUUUCCCCAACAACAAACCCUGGAUCACAAGAGACAUAAAAGCAAUCCUUAACCAGAAAAAGAAAGCUUUUAAAGAUGGUGACAAAGAACGACUCAAACAAGUGCAACAAGAGUUGAAGAGGAGACUCAAGAUGGCAAAGCUGGAGUACAAAAAGAAGAUAGAGAAGAAUCUACAACACAGCAACAUCCGUAAAGUGUGGAGAGGAAUCAGUACCAUCUCUGGACACAGCAGUCAAAAGAAAAGACAGCCAGUGGUGGUUGAUGUGAAAAGAGCUGAUGAACUCAACCUGUUCUUCAACAGAUUUGACACUGCUGUCACUCCCACUUUCACUGCUACUCCACCUUCCUCCCCGCAACAGGUCUCCACUACAAUUUCUCCCCUUCCUCCUCCAUCUCAUUCAAAUGUCUCAACCACUUCAACUGCCUCCCUCCUAGAACACCAGUCCUUGUCUGUCACUGAAUGAGGGGUGAGGAUGGAGCUUGGAAGACUUUGUCCUGUGAAGCAGCUGGUCCAGAUGGUGUGUGUCCAAGGCUGCUUAGAGACUGUGCUGCAGAACUGUGUCAACCUCUCCACAGGAUCUUCAACCUGAGUCUACAGCUGGGGCGGAUACCUACUCUGUGGAAAACAUCCUGCAUUGUGCCAGUACCAAAAACAAAAUGUCCUGCUGAACUCAAUGACUACAGACCAGUGGCCCUCACUUCACACAUCAUGAAAACCAUGGAGUGGCUGAUUCUACGCCUUCUGAGGUCUGAGGUCAAAGGAUGAUGCUGUCCUCUACAUGCUUCACCAUGCCCUGUCUCAUCUGGAGGAACCUGGGGUUAAUGUGAGGAUCAUGUUCUUUGACUUUUCGAGUGCAUUCAACACCAUCCAACCCACCAUACUCAAAGACAAGCUCACAGAGAUGGGAGUGGAUCUUUCCUGUGUUUCUUGGAUCGCAGAUUACCUGACAGGAAGGCCACAGUUUGUCAGGCUGGGGAACUGUGUUUCUGGAACAUUAAUGGGAAGUACAGGGGCUCUCCAAGGGACAGUGCUGGUGCCAUUCCUGUUCACACUGUACAUGUCAGAGUUCAAAUACAGCACUGAGACCUGCCACAUCCAGAAAUACUCAGAUGACACCGCUAUUGUGGCAUGUAUCAGAAAUGGACAAGAAGCUGAAUACAGAGAUCUAAUAAGAGCCUUCAGUGACUGGAGUCACAAAAACUGCCUCCUCCUCAACACCUCAAAGACAAAGGAGAUGGUCAUAGACUUCCGUAGAUCCAAACCCCCUCUUCAGCCAGUGAACACCUGUGGAGUGGACCUCGAAGUGGUGACAUCAUAUAAAUACUUAGUUAGGUGUACAUCUGGAUAAUAAGUUGGAUUGGUCUAAGAAUAUAGACUACAUCUACAGAAAGGGGCAGAGCAGCUUCUUUUGCCUGAGAAGACACUGAUCAAUAGACAUCUGUAGUAAGACGCUGCAGAUGUUUUAUCAGUCUGUGGUGGCAAGUGUGCUGUUCUACGCUGCAGUCUGCUGGGGAGGAAGCAUCAAACAAAAAGAUGCAAGAUGUCUUAACAAACUGCUGAAAAAGGCUGGCGCUGUGGUAGGACUCAAGCUGGACUCAGUGGAGGAUGUGGUGGAGAGAUCUACACUGAGGAAGUUUGGAGACUAUUCUAAAGAACAUGGAUCACCCACUUCACAACACCUUGAUGGACCAAAGGGCAAAUGGUGGUGGACGGCUCCUCUCUCUUCGCUGCAGGACACAAAGAUUUAGAAGAUCUUUUCGACCAACAGCCAUCAGGCUUUAUAACUCUUAUGUAAAUAGAUAACUUUUAUAGACAUAUUACGUGAGACAACAGACAAUUGAAUUUCCCUUCGGGGAGCAAUAAAGUUCUUCUUAUGUAUAUACCUGUAAGCAGAUGGACCAAAGACAUUACUAGUGAAAUUUAUAUCUUUUUAGUUUGGUUAAUGUGUUUUAAUGUCAUUGAUUCCUAUUUCAGGUUAAAUUGAUAUCAUGGACAGGUUCAGAUGUUUUUUGCAGUGAAAUAUGGGAACCAUAAACAAUCUUUUUGUUCCCAUCUGAAAGAAAAAUGUCUUUGACAAACACUAAUUUAAAAGUUUGAUUUGUUAAGUUCUGUUUUUGUUUCAGUUAGAUAAAACAUUAGACUCUGCACAGAAUGCCCUUAUUGUCAGCGUACUGCAAUUCUACCUGUGACCAGCAGGUGGGGCCAUAGCUCUGGGUUUCGAUGGUUGAAUCUGGGUUUUGGUUUUUCCAAGUGAAGUGGCCUGACAGAUAAAUAGUUCACCUUGUUUUUGAUCAAACAGGUUCAUGACGUUGGUGUUAAAAAGUAUUUUAGCCUAAAUCUUCUGUACAUAUUUACACAUGACCAAAAAGUGCAGGUGGUGGUUGCAAUCUGUAGUAAUGCAUUGAUGUAAACAGCAUGUAAACAGCCAGCAUUCAUGUAAACAGUGGAGUUGUAGUGCAAAAAAUUGUAGUGCAGAAUACAGAAGCAGGUGAUUGUGUAACAGCAGCAGCAGAGUUUUUUUAUAGUGCAAAUACUAUGUGUCUAGUAAGGGUUGAGAGGGGGUUCCGAGUCCAGUGUUUCUGGGCGCAGAAGAGAGUUCAGAUUUCCGGUAGCUUGGCAAGUGAAGCUGUUCAUAAGUCUGGCAGAGCAGGCCCAGAGGCUCCAGUACUUUCUCCUAGAAGGCAGGAGGUUGAACAGGCUGUUCAAGGGGUGGCUGGAGUCCCUCAUAAUGCCAACUAUUUGGCGCUCAACCUUCACAAAUAAAAGGCUGAUAAUCCAUAAAAACCCCUCAACAUUACUGCAAGCUGAUCAGACAGGUGUGUGUGUGUUUAUGUGUGUGUAUGUGUGUCAGCGUCAGGUGUGUGUGACUUUGAACAGAUGUUUAAGAAACUGAUACUGUAGCAGGUGACACACAAACACACACAGUGCAAAUAUAGCACAGGCACAUGUAUCAGCAGAUCACCCACAGAGCUUUGACCUUUGACCCUGCAGUGCCUCGACUGGGCAGUGACCUUUGACCAGCCCAGUGGCUCAGUGUAAAUUCACAGCAUGAGUCUUACCUCAGGCAGCCUGCAGAAACACACACACACAAGCACACGCACAAUCUGUGCUUGUGUAACUAGGUCAUAUUUUAGUGUUUAUGUAACAAACUAAACUGGAUGUUAUUGUUUUUAUAUUUCCCACAGAUAUUAAAACUAUCCUAUAAAGUUUGUUUGGAUUUUAUUUUUCUUGUAACUGUUUUUAUUAAGCUUCAAAAAAUAAAGCACAAAGAAAAAGGUUUCAGCUUCAAAGCUGCACUUCCUCUUAUGUCCACUGGAGGCCAACACUCAAAGGUGAGUCUGUGGAUGUCAGAGUCUACUUUUUGAACUUUAGACUUAGCAUCCUCACAUACUCAGGUUUACAAUGAGGUUAUAGUCACAUUGUAUUGGACUUUAAACUGGUAUCAAACAUUUGACUCAUGGAAAAUUUAAUUCUCUGAUCCCCAAAGAACCCAUAUUACUCAAAUGCCAAACUGCUGAUUUUCUUAUAAUCUUCUGUGUUUGAUCUUGGUAGAAGUUUGACUUUUCUCAUGAUAUCCACUUCAGACUGUAGCUUUCCUUAAUAAAUAAAGCCAUUCUAAAACUCCCAUAAACUGCAGCUCUUUUCCCGUCCACUAGAGGCUGUGUCCUGCAGUGAGUCUGUCCUCACUGAUUCCCAUGUUAAACUCGGCAGUAGAAAUAAACAUGUUUAUUGUGUGGAACAGAAAAAAAAAGAUUAAACAGAAGAAUUCUUUCAACUUUUUACACUUUUAUCCCAAAUAUAAACUUCUGAAGGUGAAAUUGAACCUUAAACUAGUGAGGGGAAAUUAGACCAAUUCAAAAAAUAAACCUCACCCCAUCACUUGGUGCAAUCAUCCGCUCCGACGGCUUUGGUAAAUUAACUGUCACAAAGAAAAAGUAUAUUUUACUGAUUAUAUUGACCCACUCCAGGUUAUUCAUUACACAAACAUAAAGAAAUAUCAUGAAACCAUUUCAGUCCAUAUCUCAGAGAGUAUGGUGGCACAGGGAGUCUAAAUGCAGGAGUGGACUUCAAUCAUUUCAUAUUUGAGCGGCAGGAUCACAGCCGCUCCGAUUGGACAGGUUAUGACGCCGUUUAAUCAUUUAUAUAAAAAUAGACCAAUCACCGAUUUAUAUGUAAAAGUCUCCCUCCUCACCUGGGACCUCCCCCAUUCAUCCCCGACACCUAACUUCCGCCCAACCUCUCUUCCCAUACUCUUUACCCAUUUCUCUCUCUGUCUCUCCCUCCCUAACAGUAAACCGGUUCAGAGUCAGUGUGCGUGUGUGAACGGAAAAACGGACUCCGAAACACGGGAUCUGGCCCCUUAGUGUGUCGGUGCCCCUCUGUGUGUCGGUGUGUGUGUAUCAGUCAGUGUUAGUGUGUGUUUGUGUUAGCGUGUGUCUCGGUUUGCUGCGCGGCUCCGCCCGAUGUGCGGGGUGUGUGCGGGACUCGCACAUCAGAGAGUUUGAUUGGACUGAACGGCAGCAACGGCGGGAGAGCUCCGCUGUUAGCCCGUACCCAGGACAAAGAAGCCCGGGGCAGACUGAGGAUUUAUCCCGGGGAGAGUGGAGGAACAGCGGACGAAGAUGGACCGUGUCUUCGCGCUUAGCUUCGCCCUCUUCGUGCUCGGUAAGAAACGCUCUGUGAUUCACUCUGAUAGAUAAUUAACUCCGAUACAUGUCGGCGUCCACCAGUCAGGGGAGCCUGGUAGGAACCUCGUCUGGAAAAAGCAAAGUCAAAUUUCUAACUGCUGGUCAGCAAACGUACACGGCUUUAUAAAGAAAAAAUGUAUUCAAUACUAUUAUUAACAUCUUCUUCCUAAUUCGGCAUACAUCCAAUAUGUCUUCCAGCUUUUCAUUCCUAUAAAAACCCGUCUUUUAAACUCAUGUAUACUGUAACCUUAUGUGUGGUCUCACGAAAGAAUUCCCUCGGCUUAAACAAGUGAGAAGACUCAGAAAGUUCUGAUUUUAGUGACAAAAAGGUGUGCACGGGUUUAUUUCAUUACGCCGGAUUUAAAGGUGAGUCACUGAAAAUGAGAAAAAGAAAUGGGCCACUUCCUCAUAGAUGUGUGCAUGUGGAGACAAGCAGAAAAUGGUGAAAUGAUGCACUGUUGAACGGAGCUCGGCACGAUGGUACCUCCCUGAAUGGGGAACUUCAGCUCUCAGGCCCUGGGAUGAUUCCGCCUUUAAAUUCAUGUGUGGGAACCACCAGGAAUCACUGAUUAGUAAAUGUAUAUACAAAAUAAUAAAGGGUGUGGUUUAUAUAAAGAGUUCUCAGUUACAGAGGGGUUAAUGUGAUCAAAUCAGCCCACUUUGGUGUGACUGUGCCCCCCCCCAAGGCCAGUCUGAUUUAACCCGCUCUGACAGGGUCCCAUUUGCCCGACCACAGGUCAGCUCCAGCUAUUAUCAUGAUUAGGCUGCUAUUCACAGACACCCAGUUAACCCAGGCUGACUAACCACCAGUCAGUGCUUAGUCAUCCCUAAACCUGGACCCGCUCACCGGCCCAGCUCAGGGCCAAACGGGGCCAACCAGGGAGGGAGACAUAUGUUUUACCGUGUGUGUGUGUGUGUGUGUGUGUGUGUGUGUGUGUGUGUGUGUAAGUGAGAGAGAGAGAGAUAUAGAGGGCGGGUGGAGGGACUUGGCUUAAAUUAGUGCAGUGUAAGAUGAUCAUAUGUUGCCUGCUCUCCUGUGUAGUGUGUGUGUGUGUGUGUGUGUGGGUGUGUGUACACUAAAUUUCCCUCAUGCACUCUCUGUUUAUGGUCAUCAGACACUUCUUACCUGUGUAAUGACCUCAGUUGUUCCUGCUCAGUUUGCAGCCUUACACAAGUCUUCACCUCUGUAACAAGGGACCAGUUUAACUUUCUAAAUCUGUUGCAUUCUCCUUUCUUGCAUUUCCGAACCAAGGUUUUUUAAUGUCCUAGUCAGUUUUUGCAUGUUUGGUUUUUUUUGUGUGUGUGUCUGAAUAUUUCUUUUUCCACACUGACUACAGACUCUCUCUCUCUCUCUCUCUCUCUCUCUCUCUCUCUCUCUGUUUUAUCACUGUCUGGUUCGCAUGUCAUGGUUUGCAGUCACACAUUUUAGAAGCUGAAUCUUCUCAAAUGGUUGAUGGUUAUUGUCCUAGAUUGCUCUUAGUACUCCAGGUUUAUUCGUUUCUCAACUCUUCACUGACUAACAGUGAUGUAAGAAGAAUAAAGGUUUGUGCAAUAGACUGAUCCUGUUCAUUUGCAGACAUUUUCAGGAUGAGCAACAGGUGUCAAUGUCAGCUGAGGUCUUCACCUGAACUUUGUCUCUGUGAUUCCUGCCAGAGGUCGGAGUGAGUUCAGCUAAGAGGAUUUGGGCAUUUUAUCAAGAUACAAAUGUUAAAGGUGUCAUGAUAGUGCAAGUCUCUAAUGUUUCGUCCCCCAUCAUAUUUGGAAACCUAACAGUGCAGAUCUCUUCAGACCACCCCUGACUGCUCUCAUGCUUAAACAGGACAGACUUAAAGCUGUGAAGGACUCUGGACAAGAGAGUGGGAGUUUGAGAGGCGAUUUCCUGACACUUUCAGGAGUGAAGAGGUUACAGACAGUGAUGAUCUGAGGUUACCUAAUUUAACUCUACAUACAGAGGUUAAUAAAUGAGACCUGGUCCUAUAAAGGUGCAGGUGUUUCAGGCUUAAAUAUGAGGGAUCCACAAUAUUGGACUUUUUCCAGAUAUUUUCAUCUCAUUUUGGCUAAUACCUAGAAAUACUACCCCACUUAAAAUCAAAACUCAAAACACAUCUGUUUCAUAUUGCAUAUUCUCUCUAACUGUCCACCUUCAUACCUCUAUGUUGUUUUUAUUUAUUUUUUUAUUGUGUUUCUAACUGUGUUUUCAAUGCCCUGUACAGUGUCCUUGAGUGUCUAGAAAGGCGCUUUUAAAUAAAAUGUAUUAUUAUUAUUAUUAUUAUUAUUAUUAUACACAUCCUAUUUACGUAUUAAAUAUGUUUUUGCAGACAUAUAACUGAAUGUUGAUGUCAGAAAAAAGAAUAACGGUAUAGUAAGUCAAAAUGUUAUUUGUCUUGAUGAUCACAGUUCCUAAAAAUAGACCCUCACAAUAAGAGUAUCUAGUUAAUAAAUGUUAUUACAGCACAGACUUGGUGUUCCUUUUAACAAUAACAGAGUGCAUUUAUUUAAAAAAAUGUGCCAAAGGAGUCUGAAAAUAUAUCAGCAAAAAUCCAACAUCACCUUUUCCUGAUCACAGCUGCUGUCUGAUUAUUCUGACAACUCAUCCUCAGUCCUGUGCUGCUUAGAGUUAAAUUUCUGUAAAGUUUGUUGGAGUUUUGCCCCAAAAAUGUCCAUAAUCUCCGAUACCCUUACAGCAUGAUGUCUGAAGGAUGUGUGUCAUCCUCACUGCUGUCGACUUGAAGAAGAUUUUUAUUCAGCCUGUUUCCCUGCAGAGUUUACUCUGAUCACAUGGUAUAAAUGUCAUCAUUGUGUAAAACUUCCUGAAAUUUACUGAGUAGAAUCGGGAAUGUCUGGGUAAAGUCAGGGUAAAGAUUUCAUAGCGAUGUGCUCACAUGUGCAGCUCAAAGUUUUUUUUACGAGUUUUGUGCAGGUGUGAGAACAUCUGAGGAUGAAGAAGAGUGAAAACAUUUAUCAUUUGAAUUCAGAAACCUAAUUUGACUCUGUGGAGUAUAUUCAGAGAGCAUUCAAGACAGAGAGACAGCAGCACAGAAAAACAGUGAUGCAUGAUGUUAAAAUGAGAAUUAUAAUAAUAAUAAUAAUGAUAAUAGUAAUACUAAUAUAAUGAUAAUAAAACUGAUAAUGAUAAUAUUAAUAACACUUAUAGUAAUUAUGAUGAUGAUAAUAAUAUUGUUAAUACAAAUAAUAGUAGUGAUAGUAGAAGUAAUGAUUGUAAUAAUGGUAAAAUAAUAAAAUCCAAAUGAUAAUGAUAACGAAAAGGUAAUAAGGAUAACCCUAAUAAUUCUAAUGCUUAUAAUGACAAUAAUAACACUAAUGAUAAUUAUUAUAAUGAUAAUGAUAACAAUAAUGGUAGAAAUGGUAAUAGAAAUAAUUAUGACAAUGAUAAUCUCAGUGGUAACCUAAAUGAUAAUGCUAAUAAUAAAAUAAUAAUAAUGAUUCUAAUAAAAUUCAUGGUCGUAAUAAUAAUAAAAAAUACACGAUAAUGACAACAAUAUUGAUAAUUAUAAAAGUUAUAAUCAUGACAAGAAUAAUAAAAUUUUUAUCAUAAUGGUCAUGAUAAAUAUAACAGUGAUGAUAAUAAUUAUUAGAACAAGACUAACAAUGGCAAUGAUAAUUUCAACGAUAAUCUCAAGUAUUAUGCUUAUAAUAAUAAUGAUAAUGAUUAAAAUUAUAAUAAUUAUAUUAACAGCUGUUGAGAAGCAGGAUGUUGCUAAUCAGAGGGUAAGUUUUAUCUCAUGUCACCUCAUCUCUGUUUUUUGGACAUUUUGGACAGGUCCAUCAGACUGAAUUAAUAGACUGGCCUGGUCCAGGUCUCAUCUUAUUUGACCCGGUCUGAUCUGGGCUGAUCUGAUUUGAUCUGGUCUGAUCCGGUCCAACCUGCUCCAGAACUCAGAGUUCCUGCUGAAGCAGCACGUUUAGUCGAGAAGAGUGAAAACAUGAGUCAGCACUUUGUUAUCCUGUCUUAUUUUAAAGAUGAAUCAGCUAUCACACACACACUGCCUCUCCUUCAUUCUCUCUCUUGUUCUUCUGCUCUCUCUCUCUUUCUCUCUCUCAGACAGUGUAUAAUGUAGAAUUUUCUGAUACAGCAGCAGGAGCCUGACUGGACGGUAAGUCUAAGCAUAGAUGAUGGAAUGUUGGAUAGAUGUGUUGUUGUAUAGAUGUGCACAGAGGACAUUUUUAGGUUGAGCAGAAAGAAAUAUAGUCUGUUCUAUCCCCUCUAAGUCCCUUUGUAUUUUUAACAGGCUGCUCUGUAUAGCGGAAAAAGGUGUUUUUGUCAGUGUCAGUCAAAAUGAGUUAGAAAAUAUCAGCAUGUUUGAAAUGUGAAAUCUAGCAUUGUGCAUUUUUAAUGUUUGAUAUUUGAUGUUUUAGAGAUGCAGAAAAUCCUGCAGACAUGACAUUUGUCUGUUUAAAUACGUGAAGAAGUUGUUUUUAACUACAGUAGUAAUAAAGGUUCCAUAGAUUAACAGCAAUUUACUGUCACAUUGAGUGUUAGUUUACGGGUCAUUGUACUGUGCGCUUUCUGUCUCUCUGUGUACGUUAGGAGUUCAUCAGAGUAAAAGCCAGGAAAAAGAAACUGCCUUUUUUCAUCGGCUGGUUUUGCUCUACAGCGAUCUGUAAUGGAGAGGAGUUUAAGCAGUUUGUGUCCUAGGUAGGGCUGGAUGAUGAAACGAUAACUACAUCUAUCGAAAAUUAAUUUCCCUUAAUAUCAAUGUAAAACAUGGUCAACAUGCCUUUUGAAAGUUGGCAUUCUGUCGUGUUUUGGUAGACUAUCCAAAUAGCCAGUGAAAAGGGGAGCUGCUCCAGGUCCACUUUGCGCUGAACCAAUUGUGCUGAAUAAGACCAAAGUAGCAAAAAACUGCGUAGUAGCAGGCUGCAGCUACACGCAACCAUAGCGCUUUAAAAUGCGAAGUCAACAGCACUGUUGGUGAGAAAAACAGAAAAUCAGUGCUCUCCCCUGCAGAAAUGCAGAUGAAGGCUCAACAGAUGAUGACUUGUCAAUAACACUGGCACAAAAACAGUGGUGUGGAGGUAUUUUUUUUUUUUUUAGGUCGGAACGUGAAGCAGGGUACUGUGCACUGCAAAUUAUGUCGAGUACGCAUUCUCUCAAAGUCAGGGAAUACCUCAAAUCUUUUUCACCACCUGAUGCAGAGCCACAUGCAAAAGGUUACAAACCCCGAGUGGAGCAAGGAGCCCAUGGCGUCUGUGUAGCCAAAACAGCUGACCAUUCAGUCCGCUUUCUCUAGCCUAGCACAAAACCUUAAGACAAAAUGUUGAAGAAAAACAAAGACCUCACAAAGAUUUAGAAGCUUAUCGUAUUGCAAAAGACAUGCUACCAAUAAGCACUGUUAAAUUUCAUUUAAGAGUAACAGGGAACAUUUGAGAUUGGUAAAUGAUUUUUUUCUAUCUUGAUAUCAGUGGCGAUUGCUCUAAGACUGCAAGGGAAGCUCAGCUUCCCUUAAAAUGUCACCCCCCCAAAAAAAGAAGUGGUGAAAUACGUACUGCUGUGUGUACAUUUCAUUAACUAAAUAAGCGCUAGAAAGCCUUCAUCUUUUGUUCAGAAUCAGCUUCUUAUCACAGUGUGAUAAGAAGCUGAUUCUGCACAACUUCGUUCUCAUUCAUCCUCGCAGGGCCUCAGCACUUUACACAGCCGGACGCCCAGCUUCUGCUGACUGCAGUGUGGAAGCUCAAAGUGGGUUGUUCCAGCAGCGAAACUAGACACUCAUUGGAUGAAUGCUGGGCUUUGUCCCGCCCAUCGGACGCUCGGCGUCUCUGGAGUUCUAUGGCGAGAGGGCGGUCCCGACUUUCUCCCGGACUCCGAGCUUCUGAAUCCAUGAUUGGAUGAGCUGUCUGAGGCGAAAUCCUUUUUUGAUUGACAGCUAAACAAGCGAAUCAGCGAUCUUUAAGAAUAAAACAUCUACCAAAGCAUUUUCCAAGUUAUUCAUUCCGUUGUUCUUAACUGCUCCAGAGACUUUAUCAAUCCUCAGCGACUUUUGUCUUUGUGAAAAACAACUGCCGUUGUGUUUGGCGACUCUGUUCUGUUACAUACAAAUAAACAAACACAAUUAUGAUGUAGGCCAGAAAAAUGAGCUUCCCCUCCUUGAAAGACCAGCAGCCGCCACUGCUUGAUAUAUAAAUCGAUAUCGACUGAUAUGAAAAAAUACUGUAUAUUGUGAUAAACUUUUUCCCAUAUCGUCCAGCCCUAGUUCUGGGUGUGAGGUGGGACUGGGUCAUUUGGCCAAAAAAAUGAUCAGGAUACAUUUUGUCAUAUUGUGAGAUCUUGAUUAUUCUGAUUUUUUUUUUUCAUUUUUUAAACUGCCAGUUUUAAAGCAUCGGUACUAAAAACUAAAACUAAAGAAAGUGGCAAUUCGUUCAACAUUUUAUUAACAUACAUAGUAAAUAACAAAGCAAAUUAAUUAAGAUUAACAUAAAAAAUAUAUAAAAUACAUUUUUGCUCAACAAAACAACUAAUAUAGAUAAAUGUUAAAUGAUACAGUGAACUAGUUUACAGUCCUCAGUGUUUCUGCAGGUAUGCAAGACCCAAAAUGAACAGAUCGCUCCCUCAGGGAUAAUGAAGAUGCCUUAAAAUGUAAAUAUUAGAUAAUGUGAAUGUAGAUAAUACGAUUGAUUGCUGCUAUGGUCUGGUGGAUGCGCCGCUAGUUGUGGCUAAACUGCUAAUGCUACUUGUACCGUCAGCAGGGGCAGGCUGUGCAGACUCUGCUCACAUUUUCAUUAUUUCCGAAUCACUCGGGGAACGAUCUAACAUAUUUGUUGUGUUGCCACAAACCAUGUAGAGCAGUCCGUGUUUUCUGUGUCAUCCACUGACCCAGUAUCCCAGGGUCCAGCAUGGGGCCUGUGAUGUCCUUCAGGUGGGUCAGUCUCUCAAAGGUUUUCAUGACCACAGACGUCAGGGCAACAGGCCUGUAGUCAUUUAACCCUGUAAUGGAGGGUUUCUUGGGAACCAGGAUGAUGAUGGAGUGUUUGAAGCACAGCUUCAGAGACUGUCAAAGAUCUGAGUAAAGAGGGGGCCGGCUGGUCAGCACAGACUCUCAGGUAGGAGAGGGACACACCAUCAGGUGAUCCUUGGGGCAGGGGGUGGGGGGCCUACAGUAGGAGCUGUACAGGUCUUUGCCAUGAUGACUGGAGAUUACGAUUCUGCUUCAUUUGAAUGAGUUCAUGUGAGAGCUGACAGCUUAGAAACAUCAAGUUUGAAAAGAUGAGAGGAAGAGGAAAGGGGGAGAAGGAGGGGUGAGUAAGGUCUGCUGUAGUCACUCUCUACAGGUGUGUCUGAGUCGGUCAGAGGUCUGAUCAGACUCUGCUCAUCGCCUCAUUUUUAUCAGAACACAGAAACUUCAGAUCAGUUUUUUCUUAUUGUUGCUAGGAAACAACAGAUUCACAUGUCCUAAAUUAAGUCUUCAAAACUCUGUGUCCAGCUCCGAUUCAGCUCCAGGAGAAGAAGAAAAACCUGUCUCUCCUUUGAGCACUGCACCAUACAGGGUAAAAGAAAAAAAAAAUGAAACAUGUUCCAUCCAGAACCUGAUCCUGAUAUUUUUAAUAUUAUUGUAUCACUAGAUAUCCAGUCUCUGUUUUUAAAGCAGUAUGUGCAGAGCAGAAGAGCUGCAUGUCAGUUUUUCAUCUAAAGAGGUUUAUAUUUUAUAACUCAGUCAGCUUUACAGUCUGAUCCAAACACUGAUCAAUCUUAGGCCUGUGAAUCUCUGUAAGAAACUGUCAACAGUCACAUUAGGGUUCAUAUCUCCUCCUCUGUGGUCUCUGUGUUGUUGCUGUAUGGCUCCUCAGAGUUCCGGUGGACGUUUGGUGGAUCUAAAUGAUGGUAAAAAACCCCUCUAUUACAGAGAUGAGCUCUCUAAAGGAAACAACCAUCUUUUAAAGUACAGCUUUCUCCUCCAUCACUUCCCUGAACUUGUACUCUGUUGUAUUUUAGUUUUCAGUCAUCAUUUCACAUUGCUGGUAUUGUGCACGGCUCUGCUACUAACACUCUGCUAAAAAAACAACAUAUUUUAUGUUGCUGUUGGACUGUUUUUUCUUUUCCUGCUAGCAUGUUCGCCUCAGGGUUGCUAAUGCUACUACAUAGGACCACACUGUGCUUUUUGCCUUUAGAAGUGUGUGUCCCUGCAGACUGACCGUAGCUGCAGUAAUCCAGCAGACUCUGUGCUAAGAUCAGUUACUAUUUCCUCCUGUUCUUCCUGACCCUCAGCUCUGACUCUGGUGUUUCUUAGAUGGUAUUUUGAUGAGAUGUUUUCAGGACUAACCUUCAUGUUGUUUUCAAGUGUACUAUCUUUGACCUUCUUUUACACUCCCUUUGCCCCUUUCUCCUCCUCCUCUUCCUCUUCUUUAUCUUUAUUUCUCUCAUCCCUCCUCCUUUUUCCCUUUUUUUUCUGUUCCCUUUUGAUGAAAGGGCUAGGGCUGUAAAGUCCUGGUCGACCGGUUGACUUAUUGGUUGAUAUGUGAUGAGUCGACCAAAAUUCUGAUUGGUCGACUAGGUUUUUAUUCUGCAUCAAUUCACAGUCUAAGGUUAAUUUCAUCAGGAGGAAUGUUCCAAGUGCUAAUGGGGGUGUUUUCACAGCAUCCCCAUUUCACAGGUAACAGCCUGCCUCAGAACACCCCCCUUGUUUUCACCAUUUUAGAUUGUCCAACCCAUUAGAGACCUGCUGGAGACAGUAAGAUUGAAGAGUGUCCACGUUAAUCAACAUCCGGUGGUUUGCUUAAUAUUUAUGUUUUAGCCUUUUGAGUUAAAUUUCCUUCGUGUGCUGAUAUCAGUUUAUUUUCACCCUGCCCAGCCACGCUCCACCGAACUGCGUCGUACCCCGCUGCAGAAGGGCUUGCCGCCAUAUUCUGAAAAAUCCCCCCCCCCCAGUAAUUUCAGGUUUUGGUCGACCAAGAAUUUCCUUGGUUGAUUUCAGCCCUAGAAGAGGCACUUCCUUGCUUACUCAUUCAGCAGGCCCCUCCCACUGACAUGAUUAAGUAAAAUCUAUUACAGGUGUACAUACUGACAACGCCUGAACAUAGAGACUUGGCAGCUCCUGCUUUUUAGGCUUUUAAACAAUAAAAACUUCAUGAUCAUUCAUGAGCCAAAGAUCUCUAUUUGUAGACAUGUUCUAUUCUCCUCAAUAUAAAUGCCAGUGGACUGGACCCUGUGUGGAGUGACACAGGACACACAGGUACACUGAAUACAGAGUAGUUCCUCAUAUUCACACUGUGCUGAAGUAAGCGCUGCCUCAUAUUUAGAUGUGUUUCCCCUCUCUCAUGCGUCAGUAUCUGUAUUUAAUAGAUAGUGAAUGUCAUAGAUAAUGAGUGUACAGUAAAUAUAAAGUCAGUGGGGGGAUGGUCAUUAAACUUAAUUCUCUGAUUUGAGGGACACAAACAGAGUUUACAGUGUAAUGUCAGCCUGUAUGCUUACACUUGGUGACAUUAAACUGUGUGUGUGUGUGUGUGUGUGUGUAUGUGUAUGUGUGUGGGUCAGGUUUCUGUCAGAGUGUUUCAUCCAGUUUAAAAUAAACUCUGAGACACUAACAGAGGGACAGACAGAGAGACUCACACUGAGAUCAGCUGCUGUUUGUUAUUCUCUGCCCCCAUCAGCUGAUCUGAGGUCAAAGAUCACAUCAGGAAUGUCAAUAGGGAGUAGAAACAGGAGUGAACACCUGGAUUCUGAAACCUGCUGCAUGAAUCAUUCACUCUCUCUCUCUCUCUCUCUCUCUCUCUCACACACACACACAGUCUCUCACAGAGUAACAGGAGGUUGAUCAUGGUGGAUUCUCUGCGGGUUCAGACAUGCUCAGUCAGCCUGGAAUCUGUGAGGCGUUCACUGACAGAGUGAGAGUAGGAAAACUCAGCUCUUUCCUGUCAGUCAGUCUUUGUGAUUACAGGGGUACACAGUCUGUGUUUGAUUUUUUUAUUCUCAGCCCUGUGAAUAAACGUGCAGAGCAGACUUAUAAAAUAAUCUCUGCAGACAUGCAAUCACACAGAGCCAGGCUCAAAAUGCCACAAGAAAACAGAACAGAAACAUGCCAGAGUCUCAGUGCAGUGAGAAAAUAAAAGCAUGUCCAUAUGGUCAGUAUCAGUGGGGUCCGAUUUACAAAACAAGCUCAGAUGUUGCUGCUCUGCAGAGAUGCUGACAAGCAGCUUCAAAAGUCAGAGAAAUCUCUCAGUAUGUGAAAAGUUUUCACCUUGUUGAGGGUCUCCAGUGGAGGCUGUUGUCGUGUGGUAUUCCCCCAGAAAAAGCUCCUGGUUAACCUGUUCCACAGCUGUUUAUCUGCCUUCAGCCAGCUGGUUAGCUUUGAAACAUGCUUUAAUUUGAAACACCACUCUGAUCCAAUAUAUAACAUGACACUGCAUGCUGUUUAUCUCACCUGAUUAAAAAUUGAGUUGAGUAACAACAGUUAGUUACUUUACUCUGGAUUAUACUCAAACACUUCCAGUUUAGAUCUGUGUGAAUGACCUGAGCUUGGAUUAUUAACAAUAGUAAAUCAGUGGUUUUAAAUAGAGACUGAGACGACUAGUUGCCUUUUCGCUUAAUCUGCAUUAUCUCUGCAUCGGCCCUCUGAAGGCUGAUAUCAACCCUAUCCUUUUUAAAUGUAACAACUUAAAGGGAUAUUCCGGCGUGAAUUUAGGUUAUUGUCAAACACACCAUAACACCGAGUUAGACUCCCCUCAACCAAAAAACCACUCUACAGCCACAAAUAAUGUUCAGAACAGCACCUAACUUCAACAGUACAUAUAGGGUCCCAGCCAUAGUACUAGCCACCAAACAUGUUUUUAGCUUUGCCUGAUUUCUUUAGCAAAGAGACUAAACACAACUUACCCACUCUCUUCCAGCAGCCGCUUGUUUGUGGGGGAGCCCUGAUGAGUCGAUCACCGAGUGCAUCAGAGUUUCGCAAUCAGAGUUCUUGUGUAUCUUUUAUGUGCACUGCAGAUGCGGUAGUUCUUCUGCCUUAGCCUCUUGGUCUUAUUCAUAGACUGUAUAUAAGAUGGACAGAGUCUGCCUCCUCGCUGGGUGAAGCCACUCCGAGAACAGCACCCUCUGAUGGUGGGCUGCAGUACAGGUCAUAAAUCCCGCCUCCGCCAGCAAAGCUUAUGGGACUGUGGACAAACUUUAGAAAUUUAUUACACAGAACAUAAUUUUUUCUCCCCCCUGGUUGUGAUGUUGACAUAUAGUUACAGUAAGACUGGUUUGUGCCCAAGUCCUUUUUUUUCUGUACAGCUCCGUUUUUAAAAGUUAUUAGGGGGUUCAUGUUUUCUAUGAUUGACACCUGGUACAGCCUAUGGGCGUUCAGGGAUUGCGUAGCUCUUCCGGGGGAAUACGCUGUUUGACCCGAGCGUCAUCACAGGGACUCUCGGCGACUGCGCGGCCGAAUGCGCACAACGCUACUGCACAGCUCUGGUUUCAAGGAAGUGGAGAAAAACCCGGAAUUACCGAGAGCUUUUUUGGCUUCAAAUCCGUAUACAGGCGGAAGGCGGAACCACGGUGUCCAUCUUAUAUACACUCUAUGGUCUUAUUGCAUUUCCAUGAAGAAAUAAUCAUGAAUUUUCUGCUGUACUCUAUGAUCGACUUGUCAGGGCUCCCCCACAAACAGGCGGCUGGUGGAGGAGAGUGGAUGAGUCGUGUUUGGUCCUUUUGCUAAAGAAAGCUAAAAAGAUGUUUGAUGGCUGGGACCCUAUAUGUAUUGUUCAUGAAGUUAGGUGCUGUUCUGAGCAUUAUUUGUGGCUAUAGAGUGGCUUUUUGUUUGAGGUUUGUGCGUGGAGACGUAGACGGCUGUGUAUUUCUAUCGCGCGGUCGUUUCUAAAAUUGGUAUUACUGGAGAAGCAAGCAGUUGGUAACAUUCAUCUCUUGAGGGGGGUCUAACUUGGUGUGUUUGACCAUAACUUAAAUUUACGCCAGAAUAUCCCUUUUAAGUCCAAAACAGUCACUUGCUGGUGUUUGAUAUAAAUUCUGUUUUUAAUGUAUAGAACAAUAUGGUGAAAUAGUGACACUUGUCAGACAUGUUCAUAAAUGGACUAUGUCUAUGUUUAUAAAGCACUUUCUCUAGUCUGCCGACCACUCAAAACACCAUAGAAAUCUAUAGCAUAACCUAAGGCUUUUGUCUUUAUCAUGAAUCCAUUAAAAAUCCUUUUUCAACAGGCUACUUGAGAUUAUAUUUUAACGUGCAUGAAAUGAUUGAUCUAUACAUGUCUUUCUUUUUUUAAUGUCAACCCCAAUAUGUACUUUGCAUUUUUUUUGUAUUUUAUACUGAUUUCAGAUAGAUGGGAAGAAAUUCAAAAGUUCUCAGCAAUAUUUGACCAGGACAAAUUUUUCAUCAACAUUUAUUCAAUAAGAUAUUCACCCAAGUUAAGGUAUUUUCUUUCUCAUCAGGUUGUAGAUUAAUAUUUUGAACUUUGUCAAAUGCUUUAAAAAGCGACAUCAGAAUUGUUGUAUUGUAAUUGUGUACUCUUUGUAGAGUCAUUAUUGUAUAUGGGCCAUACCUGCACUCUCCUUAUUAGUAUAAUCAUUGGCCAUUGUAAAACUGGUAUCAGUCGAACAUUAAUUAUGAACCUGCAGUCUGUUUGUUGCCUACAGACUAACAGCUGCUCUAUGUACCUGCAGGAGGCAUCUCAGCACGGGUGGUGAAAGUAUCUUCUGGUCCUCUGAUCAGAGUGGAGGGUCAACCUGUCUCCAUCAGGUGUGACGUCAGUGAGUAUGGAGGACCCAGAGAGCAGGUGAGACUCCUCCACACCUGAAGCUGUCUCUCCCUGUCUGACCUGUUCACCUGUUGUCCAGGUGUGCUGACUCUGUCUGUCUGUCUUCUGCAGGACUUUGAGUGGAUGAUGUCUCAGGACAGCAGCAGUGGCGGCUCCAGGACAAAGAUAAUCUCCACGUUUGAUGCCAGUUACUCCCACCCAUCCCUCAGUAAGCGCGUGGCAUCCGGGGACAUCUCUGUGGUGCGUCUGCAUGACAACGAGGUAGAGCUGAAGGUGGCAGAGGUCAGGACAGUUGACGCCGGCUUCUACUGGUGCCAGACACCGAGCACGGACUCAGAGAUCAGUGGGAACUACGAGGAGAAGGUCCAACUCAUCGGUAAAUUUGCCACUUUCACCUCCAACAGCUCUCUCUUUCCAGGUCCAGGUGUCUCUCUUUGUACCUGGAGGUAUAUCAGGUGUCAGCCUUCGUUCUUUAUCCUUCCUGCAGCAGGAGGAUGAAGCUCCCCUCUGAUUCAUCACGUGAUCAUCAGUUAAAACUCCAGUGUUUGUAGUCGAGGUUGUCUAGUGCUGUGUCCUUUACGCAAAUGAUUCGUCGAAAAAACAAAUCUUUUAAGUGAACGUACUGAACCGAAUCACUUCCUCUAGUGAUUUCUUCGUUUCUCAUUUAAGUUGAGCUGUAAGUAGCGCAGCUGCCAUAGCACACAGCGUUGCCGGGCGAGCAGCCGGCAAGCGUAGGAAUCCUUUACUGAAUGUACUGUGGGGUAUACGUUUAGUAAACGAAUCACUCACUGAGCCCAAUUUACCGAGUAGACCAGAUAAAUAGCAUACCAUAGGACAAAUGGUAUGCAUACCAUUUUCACAAACAUGUUUGUCAAAGCAACACAGCCACAAACUCUUGUCUCCCGAUCCCAGAAGCUGUCAACUGAACUGAAAGCUGAACCGUUCAGCCGGAUACCAGUUCAGGAAGUUGGAAUCACAGACUCCUCCCACCAAAUACUGAAUGAUUCAGUAAUUCAGUGAACGAAUCUUUUGAACAAAUCUUUUAGUGAACUGAUUCUAGUGAUUCAGUACAUCUAAAAGAACUGCCGUGCCCAUCACUUACGUUGUCUCUUUUAGUCUCAUCUGGAUAAACUGCCUUAAACAUGAGCUGCAGCUUUUUUUUCAUAUGAAUCUGUUAAAAAUGAUUUAAAGUUUAAACUCUUACAGUUAGAGACUUUUGUCUAUUUUAAGAAACACUGAGAAAAGAUAGAAAGAUGAAUGACCUUACAUGCUGAGUUUGUGCGGCAAAUGAACCAAACCAUCCGCACUCUGCUCAGAAACAUUUGAUAAAAAGUCAAACACACUGAGAGUUUAAGUUUGUCCUGGAGGUUCGGACUGAUUUAAAUCAUGUUUUUACAACCGGAUCAGUUUCUGUGUUUAUAAAAAUGACAGAUUUUAUAAUUUCACAGACGGCUGAGCAAGUAAAGUGGCUGUUGAUGCUGUAACCUCUGAGUUGAAUGUUUCAGAGAUCUGCUGGAUAUGAAUCAUUCAAAUGCUCUGAUGGUGGGGUUUGAUGGUGCUGGGGACAGAUGUGAGGUGGGAGUUGUUGGCUGCUGUCUCAGGAAUGGUUUCCAGUUUAAACGCUCCUCACUGAGUCAUCAGCACACUGCUAAUAACUGGAAUGAUUCUUCAUUAAUCUGUGGGAGGACUCAGUGCUGCUGCUUUUAGCUUUGUUUUGCAGAGAGGCAAGGGCAGGUCUAAAGGAACAGGGCUUCAGGAUCAGGGCGGCAGGAUCUUGGCCAUAGGAUCAUGGCUGCAGGAUCAUGGCUGCAGGAUCACGGCUGCAGGAUAAGGGUUACAGGAACAGCCUUGCAGGAUAAAAGCUGCAUGGAUCAGGACUGCAGAAUCAGCGCUGAAGGAUCAGGGCUCAAGUUUAAAGUCUACAGGAUCAGGGCUGCAGGAUCAGAUCUGUAGAAGCAGGGCUGCAAAAAGCACAACGUCAAACCCUCUUCAAACACACCUUAAGGACAUUUUACCUAACAGACAGGAUGGAGGUAUAUUAAGGAAAGGGACCAGCUCUAGUGUGCCCAAGCUUAGAGACUCAGUGUGCAUGUAUGUACGUGUGUGUGUGUGUGCGUGUAUGUGCAUGUGUGUUUACUCCCUCAGUGUUUCAGUGUGUCCUCUCUCUCUUUCUCUCUCUCUCUCUCUGUUUGUUCGCUGGUUUGCUUGUAUAUUCUCUUUUUGUGCAGAUUUUAGUAAAUUUGGAUUAUUUUCUGACACAGAAACAAAACGACACCAUCAGCACUUUAUUCACUUUAAUGAGCUUCACUCUGAGAAACACAAACACGCGCACACACACACACACACACACACACACACACACACACACACACACACACGCAUACACUCUCUCUUUAAUGUCUGUUCUUUCUUAGGUAUCACAGUUACAGAAACAGACAGACAGACAGCAGGUUAGGAUAUGACACUCAGGUACAGGUGUGUGUCUGUGUGUAUAUGUGUGCAUUGUGUGUGACAGCAGGUAAGUGAGUGGUGCGAACGCAGCCUGUGUCCCUUGACGGCUCGUUAAAUUUAGAGCUGCAUUCAGCAGCUCCUCAGUUUGUCUGCAGCAUAUGUAUCUCUGUUUGUUCUGUUUGAAGGCUGCUUGUGACACACACACACAGAUAUUACUCUCUCUCUCACACACGCACGCACAGAUUACACUCAUCACACACACCCCGAACACACACACUCACUCUGUUUGUGUGUCUGUGGUUAUGUAAGCCGAGUGAAGUUCAGGUCGUUGAGGGUUUGAAACUCUUUCAGGAGCGAAACACUGAUUAUCACUACUGCUUCAUUCAACACACACACACACACACACACACACACACACACACACACACACACACAGUUUCUCUGUUAUAGACUCUUAAACAUGGGUGACAUGUCUGAUCAUGGCUCUUAUUUUAGUUUCUCUUCAUGUUGUUUAUGAAACUGUUAUAAAGCUGCACAUCACAUGGACUCUUGGACACUUAUUGAUCCUUCAUAAACUAUUGACUCUUUAUACCAGAAAAUCUUUUUAACAGGCCUAAUCUGUGUGCUGUUAAACUCCUACUAAAACAGUCUUAUUAAACAAAGUGUCUACAUGUAUAAAACUAAGAGCUCACUCAGUCUCAGAUUUUUUUUUUUACUGUAUUUAAAAUAAACCUUGUUUCUAACAUAGCUCUCUCUCCCUGUCUCUGUCUCUUUCUCACUCUGUCUCUGUUUCUCUCUCUGUCUCUCUCUCUCUGUAACUGUUUAUAGAGUUAAAGAGUUUACUGUUUAUAGAGUCUUCCAGUUUGAGCUUCACCUUUCACUCAGAUUUAAACACCAUCGUUCACAUAGAAAUAUGACCUAAAUAUAGUGACUACUCUCUAGGGCAGAAAAUGAGGCAUACAUGGUUUCCAUGAAGACCAUGUAUGGUCUUCAUGGAAACCAUGGACUGUCUUCAUUAGAAACUUUUAUUCUCUCUCUCUACUGCUGAGGUAAACACUUCAUCUCUCUGAAUGUUAGAAACUCUUUUUCCCACAGGACCUGAACGUGUCCGACCAUCUGCCGCUCUUGGACAGUUAUAAAGAGGACUAAAAGGGAGAAAACUUCUUUAAUGUUGGAGGUAUUCUGGGACAAACUGGAGUCUGUUCAGAGCCGAGAUGUUUCAGAGUACAGAGAUUCGAUAAUGACCUGCAGUCGCUUUAUUUUGACACACCCUGGGAUAACUUCCUGUUCCUGCAGCCGUUUGGUGUUUUAAGGAUUUUUCGAGAAAGAGCAGAGAUCAUUAACCCCCUGAGUCUGCUCUGCACAAACACAUUAGCCCCAUCAGACCCUCUUUCUUCGAACACCAGCAGAGUCCCUCCUCCUCUGCAGUCAGAACCAUCCCAGCAGGAAAUCCAUUUUUAAUUUCCCUCACAGUGACUCAGCAGAUUUUUGUCACGAGUCAUGAAGAGAAAAAAACUGAGUGUUGUGUAACACCUGCUCAGACCACUCACCACGUUUCCUCAUCAGAACAAACUUCAGAGAGUUACCUAAGUGAUGCCACGCACCUGUGCCAACACAUCCAGGGUGUGUCUGUGCACACAAACACACAGUCACAAAUCAUUAACAGUCCCAUGAAUCUGUUGGUUCAGUUAUGGUUUACCUGCAAGUAAACUGUCAUGAGUCUGACUGAGGUACUCAGGUGUGACACACACACACACACACACAAGUGUGAAACUCUCACCUCUUGGAAAUUCCUCAAAGUCAUUGGUCCAGGUUCAUCGUCUGUUUUCUCUGUUUUAUAUUUAAAAGAAAUCAUCCUUUAAAAUGUUGAUCUCUGCUUUUUUUUAAAAAGAAUCAUCUUUAAGUUUUUGAACUCUGUUUCCACAUUUUUAUUUGAAAGAUAUUGAGAUUUUUAUUGAUCUGUCUUUAUAUUUUUAUUUUUAAAAUGGAUGUUUUUCAGAUUGUUGAUAUGUUCUUCUGUUUUUAUAUUUAAAUGAGAACUUUUUCAAAAUAUUGAUCUUCGCUUCUAUUCCAUCUUUAAAAUAGUAAUUGAUAUUUUAAAGAAUAUCAAUCCAUUUCUCUUUUUUUCAGUCAUCCCAAACACCCUCAGAGUCUCCCCUCAGGCUCCAACCCCCUCCGUCCCAGAAGGAAGUGACUUCACGCUGUCCUGUAACGUAACUCGGGAGCUUACCCAGCCCACCUACCUGUCUGUCACCUGGUCAGUGAAGAGGGGGACGUCCUCAGAGGACAUCCUGGUGUUUGGACCUCAGGGAGAGGUGGUGGUGGGGUCAAAAUUUGCGCGGCGGUACGCAGACGGAGGAAUACGAUUGGUUCCUGGGAGGAAUGGCGUGUUUGAGCUGGUUGUUACCAGGGUAACGACAUCUGAUGAUGGGAUUUAUGAGUGUAAUGGAACAGAAUGGACGCAGGAGGACGGAGGACGCUGGGUGAAGAUCGUGGAGAGUAAGAAGGAGAUGGGGACAGUGACGGUCACCCCGACAGGUGAGAGACUCACCUGAAUUAAAGUGAUUUACCUGUCUGUACCUCUUCAUUCAUUUCAGAUUAGUCCAAAGUCCAGCUUUGUUAGGUCUGUCCUCAAGAGGAGAAGAAAACUACUUUGAAAAUGUUUGUUUGUUGAAUGGAGGUCAGAUCCAUCAUUCUGAUGCAUUCAGGGAAGUCAGGAAAUCUAAACUCUGAUUGUCUUCAGUGACUCAGCAUCAGUCAGAUUACAGUCUCAGUGUAAAUGUUUGAUCUAGAACAGAUUGUAAACUGACCUUCAUGCAGAUAUCUGUUUUUACUGAGAAAGAAAUCCUCCUUAGAUUACCAUGAGAGCUGGAGGUCAUUAUGAUGGACUGUGUCACUCCUGCUUUUGCUCUCUAUACAGACUGUUUUUCCUGCUGAUGCCAAAGCCUGCUGACUCCUGAUUGGUUCAUAUUAGGGCUGCAGCUAUCGAUUAUUUUAGUAAUCGAGUACUCUAUCGAUUAAUCUGUCGAUUAAUCGAGUAAUCGGAUAAGAAAUGUUUUGCUCUCACUGUAAUACUUCGCAUUGAAUCACGUUUGCCUCAGAGCGGACUUAAUGCAUGGACCGGGUGUUUUCUUUUAAGGUGCUGCAGCAUUGACGACGUGCUGUUGUGAAACGCCAACUCCGCCUUACAGUAAACGCACUGCACGGCGUUUUCUUUCCUUUUCAGUGUGUAAUGGUCCCACACUUUAGACACUUUCUGCCGUUUCCUCUGCGUGUCAUCUCUUUCUUCCUCUCUCUGUCUGUCCUCGUUUCCCUCCAUGAUUGAACCAAACGCGCCAUAGACAUAAUAAAAGAUAGACCCCGCAUCGGCCGCUACCACGAAUGGGCGCUGUCGAGAAAUGCGGCCGCCAUCUUGGUCCGGUCAUCCGCCUCACUCUGCACCGCUGUUUAACCGGCGGAAUGAAGUCUGAGCGCAUUAAUGGAUCAUAGUUCGCUCAAUACUACGUUAUUUUCUUCCCUGCAAACGCCAUUCAAAGAGGCAUGAUAGAGGCCAUAUUUUUUUUUGGCGUUUUCAAAUACUCAGAAUGAAUAAAAUGAUAUUUUAGAACAUGGCAGCAGUGGCUGUAUUAUAGUAUAACAAUUAAUCAAGGAUAUAUUUAGGUUUAGAGCUAGGUUCCUGCUAUGUCUCAAUAAUUAUUAAUAACUGGCGGUAUUAAUAGGCCAAUUCAAUAUAUAUUGAUUUGAUUAUAAUUUUUUAUAUAGUUUAAUUUUAUUUAUCCAUUUGUAGACACACACAAAUAAUGUCAUAUAGAAGCACUAUUUUAAUAACUGGAAAAUACACACAAAUAUAUAGCCUACAUAUCAAAAAGAUUUAAACACAAGAACAGCAUGACAGGACAGCAUCUAAACUACAUAUCAAUUUGCUUGUUGGCUACACAGCACAGAGGAAUCACUUGCUGCGAAUUUCUCCCUCUAACAGCAAUCUCCCACUUCUUCCUCAAGUUUUUGUCCUUAGGAAAUCUUCAAAAGAAACAGGAGAUCACCACAAAGAAAUCUUUAAUAAAACAGAUAAUAAAACAGAGCUCACUUUCUUCCUUUUUCUUUCUAUUUUAUUUCUUAACGUUUCUUAGAACCUCUCUCAAACAAAAGUUUUUCAAUCUAAUGCAAAUCUGUUGAUAAUCGACCAAAGUUGCUAUUAUUGUGAAUAAGCUAGCUGUUCGCAAAUGCUGUUUCCUUUUUGGAGUUGACCGAUAGUCUUCCUCUUUGGCCUACAAAUGACUCUACAGUCAAGUGUAAUGUUUAAAAAACGUUUAAUCAUAACUGUGAAAAGUUAUUUCUUGAGCCCUGUUCUCUGCUGUCCGCCUGUUGGCACAGGAAUACGCCGCACAGUGCUCCGGCAUCGCUGAAUGAAUGAAUAUGAUUGACCGGAGCGUAUGGGAAGCUUGACCUGACCAAGAUGGCGGCCGCAUUUCUCGCUGCGCAGCACCCCCAGCGGGGUCUACCCUUUUAUUAUGUCUAUGAAACGCGCGGCAGCGGAAGGAGCGGAAAGAGCACGCUGCUGCGCAACAGAAAUAACCAUCCGUGUCAAACACCGUGCGCUGCACAUGGUUCCGGAUUUAAACGAUUCCUUGAGGCAUAUAAUUUGCCUCGAGGAAUUUUAUUAAUCGAGUUACUCGAGUUACUCGAGUAAUCGUUUCAGCCCUAGUUCAUAUUGCCUCAGACUACAGAGAAAGAACACCUUUACCAGUAACACUCAGACUCCUGACUAUAAAGUCUCUAUAUCUCUCUGAAGAGUCUGUGAAGCUGAUAGCACAGUCAGGCUGUUCCAGUAUAAAGUUUUCUAAGUCAAAGUAAAGAAAGAUCUAGAGUAAGGUCGCUUUCACACCAGAGCUGUUUGGUUCGCUUUAAACGGACCAGAGUUCGUUUCCUCGGAUCGUCCGCUUCGUUUGGGCAGUUGUGAAAGCUCAUCCGAACUCUGGUGCGGACCAAACAAGCAAACUCUCGUCCGCCUGAAAACAGGGGUCUCGGUUCACUUGCAAGUAAACCCUCGUUCAGCUCGUAUGCAGUGUGAAAGCUCACCAGACCAAACACAGGACCAAAUGUACGUAAUGACGCUAUACGCAGUGCAUACACAGUGCAUCUUGGGUAGUGGGUUUGCUAUGGCAACAAGUGACCGCUGACAUUAGCAGUUGCUAGCUAGCGUAGCUCAAUUGUCUGAACAACAAUAACCCAUAAAUUCACAAUUUGGCAUAUUUAAACAAAAUCAAAUCACAACUACCAACAGUCACAGUCCUUAAACUCUGAGCUCAUAUGUUGUCACGUUAGAUUGUCAUAGUUAGAAAAAUAACAGGAUCAAUCCCUGACAAGCUACGAUAGCAUUAUAGGAACAGUUGCGUUCACUAACAUUGUAGCAUUCCAUAAAAUAAUGUGAUGAAGCACAAUACAAGAGGGCUAGUCCACCCCUGUUUGUAAUCCGUGAGGUUACAUACCCCUCCUUCUUUGUCCAAUCGACGAGCGCCCCUUUCAACCAUGUGAUGCUGCUCGGAAAGUUCGGUGCGCUUUAGAAAUCACAGUGUGAAAGCAGAACCGAAACAAGUGAUAAAUGCAACAAUGCUGUGACUUUCAGCUCCCCAAUCGAACCGAGUCCGCUUGGUCAGGUGUGAAAGCAACCUAAGAGGAGAGAGAGGGAAGGCGGGAGGACGUGGGAGAGGUCUUUGUCUGUCUUUCCCUCGCCCUGUGACCUUAUGUCUGUCUGUGUGUCUGUCCUCACAGCGUCCCCUCAGACUGUUUGCUGCCCCCCCCCCCCCCCCCACUUCUCUCUAUCUCCCCUUGUCUGUCCUGGGAGCUGAUUGUCUCUUGCCUCUUUUUGUGCCUCUUUUUUGUCCCUCUGUCCUCUUCAUAUAGACUCUGUGUGUUGGGUAAAGAGGAUGAGGGAGGUCAAAUAGAGCAGCUUUGUGUCUUUUGUCCUCUGUCAGACACCGUCCACAGUCGGGUUGUUCCUGGAGACGAGCUGUAAUCUGUGCUCUGCUGUCAGACAAACACUCUGGUAAAAGUCUCUUUAUUGGGAUGGUUUGUACUGCUUCAGAUUCAAUCUUUAAAUCAUCAUCUCUGUCAGACAGUCUGAGCUAAUUUAAUCUGUGAACACUUCACCUCACCUCUGAAUCAUCUCCAGUUAUUCUUCAAUCAGAAAGUUAAUCAGAGAGCUGAGACUGCCGAUUAUUGCAUUAGUGAUAUAUUAAAUAAACAGUCAGAGCUUCAGAUAGCUUUAAAAAGUUUGAAACAUGCAGAGUGACUGUUUCUCCUUCAGCUCUCAAUCUGACCUAAAUCUCACCUGAUACCAUCAGACUCAUAGAUCAUAUCACACCUCUUUGUGUGUGUGUGUGUGUGUGUGUGUGUGUGUGUGUGUGUGUGUGUGUGUGUGUGUGUGUGUGUGUGUGUGUGUGUGUGUGUGUGUGUGCAUGUGUGUGUGCUUGCAUGAAUCACAUGGUGCUCAUUGUACUAAUCAGCCGCGGUCUGGUUCUCUGACAGGUAUUGAACACACCUACAAAACAGUCUGACUAAAACUCAGCUGUAAACAGGAAGGUCAUCAUUUUAUCUAUACUGGAACUGUGACAGCUACGGUGGCCCUCAAGGGCAACUGUCAAAUAUUUGAUGUUAACAAAGAAAACCUUUUAAAAUCUGCAGUAAAACCUACUGACAGCAACAUAUGUUUUGAAUUUGCUACAAAAACAUCAGUCAUUGCAUAUUUUUAAAGGUCCCAUGGCAUGCCAAUUUCACACAACUUAAAAUAGUCCCCUGGUGUGUUAAAAGCAUGUCUGUGACGUCCUUCGGUCAAAAUUCGAUUUGGAUCAAUUAUUUUAGUGCUCUUUUUAUCAGCUAAAAACAGCGCCGCUCAAAAUCCUCAGUUUUGGGCCAUGUCUCUUUAAUGAAAUGAGCUGCACCUAAGCCACGUCCACUUUACACCCAUCUCUCUGGAAGGGGCUGUGGCUGUGCUCCGAUAGCCAUGUGCUAAUGUUUACACUGGCUCGGUCAUGGCUGCAAGUAGAUCGCUCGUACAACCCUACCAGUUUGAGCCAGGAAGAAACUCUUAGCUGCGUUCAGACCAAACGCGACUUGACUUGGGUAAAUGCUAAAGCUACAUGCUGCUCCGGAGGGGGAUUUUGUCCCCCGCCUGCGGAGUUGACGGGGAAGAAGCGAGCGGCUAAAAUACGGGAGGAUCUAGUAAACCAGCGCGGAUCCGGUGAGUUUAUCAAAGUGUGGUGGCCGUGCUGAGGCACCGGGGGGAAUUUAGGAUGAACAGUAAGUCCAAAUAAAACGUUCAUACUUACAGAUGCCACGUUUGUAGUAGGAUCAUGGAUAGUUGGUACGGAUCCAUUCUUUAUCUUCAGAAAUCUAGCAAAUCCAGCGUUGAACUGUCCCUCGUUGAUAAAACAGUCCGAAGUGAAAUGGUGUGCACAUACGUACAGAUAUGUUGGAAGUGCCGCGGGUACAUUCCCAUUUUAAAUAAAAUCCACCCAUUGAGUCCUCAAGUUCUCCGACGAGGGAGUUUUCAAAAGAGUUUUGUGCUCGUUUGUGCAGCCAACAACAGAGCAAACGCUGCCUCUUUUUUCAGAUCGUACUUUCACCAUGGUUCUAACCGGAGCAAUGCGAGCGAGCGGCCGGGAAUAAUGGCGCUGUUUUGAUAAUUUAGUGGGCAGGGCAGUAGGCGGCUCCAUGGGCAGUACCAUCAACCCGCCAGCACUGACAUGACGUCAUGUCAGUGGAGUUUUCAGAACAGCCGGCUCUGAGCACACAGUUCCUAAAUACGGAGAUAACUAAAAAACGACUGGAUGGAAUUUUUUCAAACUUGGGGGGGAUUGUACCAGUUUUCUAUCCCUGAUAUGCACCCCCCUCCCGUUAACAAAGUCAGUUUUUCAUGCCAUGGCCCCUUUAAUGUGCUGAAAAAAACAAUAAGACAAUUAAUUUUUCGUGCUGCUAAUCAAAAACAUUUCAUCUGGAUCAUUAUUCCAUGUUUAGAGUCUCAGCUGUAGUUUGAUGGUAAUUUGAUGGUUUGUUUUUAGAAACUGUGUUUGCUAUAGACAGUUUGUCAUUCAGUACGUUUACAUGACACUCGGGAAAACCAAAUUAUUGCCUCACUCCAAAGACCGGACAACUAAAGUGCAUGUAAACACCGUACAUGUAAACAACUCUGAUUAAGACACCCAGAUAAUGUGAUUGGAACCCCCAUAACCCCUCAAAAAAAAAACACCAGAGAAGAGGAGAAGUGUGCACCUCAUCUGCAGAAAAGGUAGCAUGUACAUCAUGUACGAUAAAAACAACGCUGUACGAUGCUCCAUCUUCUUGCCCGAAAAUGCCAAGCAGCAGUUGUAGCCACGUCUGACGUCUGGCACGGACCUACUGUUGUUGUUGACGGCAGAAAUAGCGCCGCUGAAAAGACCCAUAUUGCCCUCUAGUUUUGGGGAGGAGGACACGUUCACGUCAAUAAUUCAAUUUUCUCAGCUGCGUGUUUACGAGGAGGAGACAAGGAGAGACGUCCAAUUAGGUGGAAAAAACGAAUUAUGAGCUUAGUCCUAUUUAGUUGUGCAUGUAAACUCACUGAGUGUCUCACCCCUUCAGUUUUACCCUUCUCUGUCUCCCCUCUCCAGGUCAGUCCCUCCGUGUAGUGCUCUCCUCCACCUCCCCUCAGCUCCUCACUCCUGGGAACACCCUUACCCUCCUCUGCUCCGUUUCCGCCGACAACCUGCCUGCCCUUGCCCUGGAAGUUGCCUGGCUGGCAGAUGGCCGUGACAUCAUUACCAUGGAGCGUGGUGGCGUGGUCAUCUCCAACUCGUCUUCCUCCUCCUCCUCAGGUGGGGGAGGAGCUCAAGGGAGGAGGGGGGAGGCGAGCCUGGAGCGGACCGGAGCGGGGGAGUACAGACUGGGGGUGAGAGGGGUGAGCAGGGAGGACGGGGGAGCUUACACCUGCAGAGUCAGAGCCUUCCUGGAGAAAGGGGGGAGGAGUUCCGGAGGAGGGGGGAGGUGGCACAUGGCGGCAGAGAAAACAUCCAACGUGAUGAUGGCGAAGGUGGCGACUAUCAGUGAGUACAUGUCUUUUAUACUACAUGUGUUUACCUUUAUCUAGUACUCCAGGGCACACUGCUUGUUUCUGGUUGUUUCUGGUUAAUUCUGGUUGGAUCUCUCCUGCCUGAUCAGGGUUGGUGAGAAUAUUCUCUGUUUUGCUGCUGUGCUCUCCGUCCCUUAUCCCUCGCACAGCCAUGGCAAGCUGAGGUGAUGGUGGGGGAGUCAUGUAAAGUUAAGAUGCUUUUAAGAGUAUACAAGAAUCAGAAUCAGAAUACUAUAUUUUUCUUGGGGGGGGGGGGGGGAAAUCCGGUGAAAAAAGUGGGUGUGUUGGUGCUCUUCUUCUGUGGUUUUCUGAAGUGUUGAUGUGGAACAGAGUGGCAGUGUCACAGCAGAGUUUGAGUCUCAAAGGGAAACUCUGUAAUCCUCUGCUCGGCCUGUCGGCUCCUGCUGCCAGAACGAUUGAUUAGUAAUGCCUGUCCUACCUCUGGCUCCGCUCUUAGUGUGUGUGUGUGUGUGUGUGUGUGUGUGUGUGUGUGUGUGUGUGUGUGUGUGUGGGGGGGGGGGGGGUGCAUGCGUAUGUAUGUGUGUUUGUGCGUGUGUGGAGCCUCCAAAGAGCAGAGCUGUCAAACACAGGCGACUCAGCAAUCAGUUUGACGUGGUUGGAAGUUUCCGUGUCCAUCUGUCUGCUUAUCUGUCUCUGUCCCUCCUCUCUGCUUUUUAAACUCAGAUCAUCCCUCUGUCUCUAUGUCUGUCUCUGUGUCUCUGCUUCUGUCUCUGUCUUUGUCUCUCUGUCUCUGUUUCCCUGUCCCUGUCUCUAUGUCUUCAUCUCUCUGUGUGUCACUGCAUCUCUGUCUCUGCCUCUCUGCCUUUGUCUCUCUGUCUCUGUGUCUUAUAGAGGACUUUUAUAACAAUCUGAAGCACUGUAAAAGAAUCUGGUCUCUUUGUUUCCUCUCUCUGUAAAUCAGGAUGCUGAGUGACGCCUCCUGUUCAUGUUAAUGUUCUCUGUGAUCACCAGCUUUAGUCUGACCUGCUCUGCUUUACUCUGUUAAACUCUGCUGAGCCAAUAAUCCUCACACAUCUCCUCUGAAUUCUCACUGAGGGAUGAUUUAUGGCCUCGAGACAGUUUGUUUGGUACAGAGGGUUCAGAUCGACUUAAUUAACCCCUAAACCUGAAGAAUAUAAAAGACUGCAGCUUUGAAAACAAGCUAAGGCUAAAGUUUAGUAAACUAAAUUCUCUGUCAAACCAGGAACAUAAAGUUACAUCAGACCAAAAAAAAAGUGUUUCAGUCACUAAUUUCUGAGAGACAUUUUACAUCUACAUACACAAUUCUUGAGACUGGAUUGAAAGUUUGAUAUUCUCUGAGGUUAGAUUAAGAGAUUAAUGAAGUAUAGGCUGUAUUGGCUGAGUGAGAUCGUGUUGGCUCAUUCCACUUCAGUGGGGCAACAUAAACUGUGAUUCAUAAAAUAGCUCUAUCGAUAGUAAGUACUAAAAAAAAUAAUCUACUCAUGCCAUUUGGUCGAUUUUUAGUAAUCAGUGUUUCAGUGUCGAACUAUUUCCUUUCUGAGGCGUAGUGAUACUUGCACACGCGCAAUCGAAUAUGCAGAGGGGUGAAGUGAUUUUUGUCACGUGGACCAAUAGGAGCCGAGUCUCGUUGCCAUAGUAUCAGAAAUACACAAACAUGGCCAUGAGCGCAUCUAGCAGUGAGACAAGCGAAGGGCAAGAAAAGAAAACAGCCUUCAAAAGUGCAUAAAAAAAGGAACGAAACGAUGCUAUAUGCAUCUAUCAUCUGUCCAGAGUGAAGAUGUUCUCGACUUUACAAGGACACGUUGGGAAACUUACAGAACUUGUAUUAGAAAGUGGCUUUCUCUACAGGGUGAGACAAAGGACCUUGCAGAAACUUAUAAACAUUGCGUUGAUAUUGACUUUGACAAUGUUCCUGAUGACGCUGGGCUUUACAUGACAUGCUACCAGUGAUUUAUUUGCAAAAGGCGUUUGAGAAACAAGAUCUUGUUGAUUCUGGCAAGACAAAAUCUUUCUCAAAUGUCAUAAGUACAUCUACCUAACAUCUGAAACAGUUAUUGGUACCUUAGUUUACGCAUAAGUGAAUUCAGAUUAUGAAAUGUAGCAAAUGUCUUGAAGAAAACGUCUCAACUCAAGUGAUUUGCACCCAGCACAAUGAAAUAUAUACAGUAAAUUUAGCUAAAAGCUUAUGUUUCAUACAUAAAAAUGAUACAACCUACUGUUUAAUAAAAGCAAUAAAGCUGUAUGGGAUGAUGACUCUGACGAAAGUGAUAGUGAUACGUAAUAAACGCACCAGGUCACUGUGUACAAUUUGUUUUGUUUAAAAGGAUUGCUACACCGAGAUUUGAGAUUUUUAUUAUUUUUAUAUUUGUUCUACAUUUGUCUGCGUUUGUGUUUUGAUCUUUAUUUUCAUAUUCUGGAUUGAUAAAUGUCAGAUGUUUUGACACUGUGAUACUUCAAUAUAUGUUUUAUACCAUAUUUUGAAUUAAUUCAGACCUUUUGUGCAUUUAUUUUUGUCUUGUUACAUUUUUUCCAUUAUUCCAAUUUUGGGGGGCGUGGUAACAAUUUGAUUGACUUUCAGCCAUUUAUGGCCAUGAUGUGCUGUUUAUAUUUUAUUACUUUUAUUACACUGUAAGUUGUGUCAUUUUUAUGUAUGAAACAUAAGCUUUUAGCUAAAUUUACUGUAUAUAUUUCAUUGUGCUGGGUGCAAAUCACUUGAGUUGAGAUGUUUUCUUCAAGAAAUUUGCUACAUUUCAUAAUCAGAAUUCACUUAUGCGUAUACUAAGGCACCAAUAAGUGUUUCAGAUGUUAGGUAGAUGUAUUUAUGACAUUUGAGAAAGAUUUUGUCUUGCCAGAAUCAACAAGUUCUUGUUUCUCAAACGCCUUAUGCAAAUAAAUCGCUGGUAGCAUGUCAUGUGAAACCCAGAGUCAUCAGGAACAUUGUCAAAGUCGAUAUCAACGAAAGUUUCUGCAAGGUCCUUUGUCUCACCCUGUAGAGAAGCCACUUUCUAAUACAAGUUCUGUAAGUUUCCCAACGUGUCCUUGUAAAGUCGAGAACGUCUUCACUCUGGACAGAUGAUAAAUGCAUAUAGCAUUGUUUCGUUCCUUUUUUUAUGAACUUUUGAAGGCUGUUUUCUUUUUUCCUCUCUUUUCUUCCUCUUCGCUUGUCUCGCUGCUAGAUGCGGUCGUCGCCAUGUUUGUGUAUUUCUGAUACUAUGGCAAUGAGACUCGGCUCCUAUUGGUCCACGUGACAAAAAUCGCUUCACCCCUCUGCAUAUUCGAUCGCGCGUGUGCAAGUAUCACUACGCCUCAGAAAGGAAAUAGUUCGACACUGAAACACUGAUUACUAAAAAUCGACUGGAUGGCAUGAGUAGAUAUUUUUUUUUAGCACUUACUAUCAAUAGAGCUAUUUUAUGAAUCACAGUUUAUGUUGCUCCACUGAAGUGGAACGAGAUUCACUUUCUAGGCACUUUUUCCUCUGUCCCAAUACAGCCUAGUAGAUGAUCCUCUGACUCUGUAAAUGACUCUGUAAAUUAUUGAUUUAUUUUUUUAGGUUUGUCCUCUGUUUACACUCAGAGAGGUCAAAGUUGACACAGACAGGUGUUCAUUAGAAGGAUAACACAGUAAAAAUGGUCUAAAAAAAGUUUCUGUAGAGUCUUAAAUCGUCAGAGAAGUUGUGAACUACCUGAACCGGGUCAAAGGUCACACACCUCUCUUUUUGAUUGACAGUCUGUUAUCACGGCCACAUCUCUGAGCUUUAUUUUGGUGACUGUAUCGACACUUCCUGUUCUUUGUGUUGGCGGGUAACUUCCUGUCCUGUAGCAUCCUGAAGGCUGCGCUUAGUCUGUGGACAUUUAGUGACAAAAUGUUUAAAUAUUUCUCAAGUUCCUGUAACUAAAAAACAACAACAACAGGGAAAAAGAAAAAAAAACAGGAGCUUAUAAAAAUACACCGACAGAUUCUUCUUAUGCUGUAUCAGCUGGUUGAAUGAAUAUCUCAUAAUAAAUACCUCAAAGUCAAAAAGUAAAAUACACCAUUUACUCACAUAUUAUGAGCAGUCCUUCUUUCACAAUGAAAGCCUCAUGCUGUCGAAUAGUGAUGGGCGGUAUGGCGGGAUAAAUAAAGUGUGUGAUUGUAUAUUGUAAGUGUCUACUGAUAGAAAUGUUACUAUACUGUUUUACUGGAGAGAGAGAGCAGGUGUCUGCUGCAUCUCUCUGAAUCAGUGUGGAGCUGUCUGCGCUCGCUAACAGGAAAGCCGCAUCCUUUUGGGUGCGUUUCCGUAUUUCACCAGCAUGUCGUGCGGAGUUUGUUCGCUCCGCUUGAUAGGUCCGGUUUGGGUGCGCUCCCUAUAAACACCAUUGUGUCCCGCAGACUGCUUGGCAUAGUUUCAACAGCUUCACUGGUGGUGGUCAUGGCGGAUGCGAAAAUCAGUGGCUGUACCGAGCAAACAGAGACAGCCCAACCCACCUAACACGAGGAGGAGGAGGAGGAGGAACUUUCCGAAAAAGGGCGUGAGUCGCGACAUCAGUUGUCUGGGGAUUCUUCCAAUUUAGAAAAUCCGACAAUGAUCAAAACACAAUACUAUGCAAAGAGUGUCGUGUGGCUGUCGUUGCUGGAGGAGGAAACACCAGCAACCUCUUCCACCACCUAAAGAUGAAACACGCCAAGCUCUAUGAUGAGAGCCAAAAGAUGCGUGGUGCGCCAGCUGCACCGAAAACUAAAGUUGCAGCAGCCCUUCUCAUACAAAAGAGCUUGGCAGAGUCUUUCGCCAAAGGUACGCUGUAUGAUAAAAAUCGCCAGACUGGUCUGACAUUUUGUUUGCAUUUGUUUACAAAUCAGUGUUUUAAAAUAAAAGGAAAAUGAACAAAUGUGACAGUAUGGUUAUUUUCAAACCAUUAAUUGAACUUACAGGGGGAAAAACAUACCGUGCUUUAUACCGUUACCGUGAUAUACACUGUGUGCACAAUUAUUAGGCAAGUGAGUAUUUUGAUCAUAUCAUCAUUUUUAUGCAUAUUUUCCAACUCCAAGUUGUAUAAACUUGAUUGCUUAUUGGAUAUAAGCAUAUCAGGUAAUGUGUAUUAGUGUAAUGAGGGAGGCUGGGGCCUAAGGAGAUCAAAACCCUAAAUCAAGGUGUGCAUAAUUAUUAGGCAGCUUCUUUUCCUCAGGUAAAAUGGGCCAAAAAAGAGAUUUAAGUGACUCUGAAAAGUCAAAAAAUGUAAAAAGUCUUUCAGAGGGAUGCAGCACUCUUGAAAUUGCUUAGAUAUUUGGGCAUGAUCACAGAACCAGCAAACAUUUUGAUGCAAAUAGUCAACAGGGUCGCAAGAAAUGUGUUAAGAAAAAAAGACGCAAAUUAACUGCCAAAGAUUUGAGAAGACUCAAACGUAAAGCUACCAGGAACCGCUUAUCCUUCGGUGCUUUCAUAUUCCAGAACUGCAACCUACCUGGAGUGCCCAGAAGUACAAGGUGUUCAGUGCUCAGAGACAUGGCCAAAGUAAGGAAGGCUGAAACCUGACCACCACUGAACAAGACACAAGUUGAAACGUCAAGACUGGGACAAGAAAUAUCUGAAGAGAGAUUUUUCAAAGGUUUUAUGGACUGAUGGGAUGAGAGUGACUCUUGACGGACCAGAUGGAUGGACCCGUGGCUGGACCCGUGGCUGGAUCAGUAAUGGGCACAGAGCUCCACUUCGAAUCAGACACCAGCAAGGUGGAGGUGGGGUACUGGUAUGGGCUGGUAUUAUUAAAGAUGAGCUAGCUGGACCUUUUGGGUUAAAGAUGGACUUAAAAUCAACUCCCAAAUCCAAUGCCAGUUUUGAGAAGACACUUUCUUCAAGCAGUGGUACAGGCAAAAGUCUGCAUCUUUCAAGAAAACCAUGAUUUUUAUGCAGGACAAUGCUCCAUUGCAUGCAACAAAGUACUCCACUAUGUGGCUUGCCAGUAAAGGCCUUAAAAACGAAAGAAUAAUGACAUGGCCUCCUUUCUCACCUGACCUAAACCCUAUUAAGAACUUGUGAGCCCUUCUUAAACGGGAAAUUUACAGUGAAGGAAGACAGUACACCUCUCUGAACAGUGUCUGGAACAGUGUCUGGAAGGCUUUGGUUACUGCAACACAAAAAGUUGAUCGUCAACAGAUCAAGAAACUGAAAGACUCCAUGAAUGGAAGGCUUAUGACUGUUAAUGAAAAGAAGGGUGGCUAUAUUGGUCACUGAUUUUUUAUUUUUUAUUUCAACAAUUUUUAUUUGUAAAUUGAGUUGUUUGUUUAUCAUUCUCACUUUAACCAGUGAAAAUAAACAAGUGAGAUGGAAAAUUUUUCAUUUUUAAUUUAGUUGCAUAAUAAUUCUGCACACUAUAGCUGCCCCCAAUAAUUGUGCACACAUAGAUAUUCUCCUAAGGAAGUCAAAAUCUCACUUUUACUCCCUUAAAUAUUAAGGUUUGAGGUUUAUUAACAUUUUGGAUUGACCGAGAGCACUGUAGUUGUUCAAAAAUAAAAUUUAUCCUCAAAAAUACAACUUGCCUAAUAAUUGUGCACACAGUGUAAGACUUUGUUCAUACCGCCCAACACUACUGUCUAAUAAGUAAAAUCUUAAACCUGAUAGAUAGAUAGAUAGAUAGAUAGAUAGAUAGAUAGAUAGAUAGAUAGAUAGAUAUACUUUAUUGAUCCCAAACUGGGAAAUUCACGAAUAUCUGAAACAAUUUUGGUUUUAAUCCUGUCAAAUCUGUGACUUUAAUCCCUGAAAUGUUAGACUUUUUAGCCCAGAAAUAGUUAAAAUAAUGUUGUUUUCUCUUUACCUGAGAGUUUUAUCUUUUUGUGAACAUUUUUGAAUCUAUUCUGAGGUGGAGUCAGGUAUAUUUAAGAGGAGGUUCUCACCAGGCGUCCCCAGGUUAUACCUGGUCUGCAGCAGUGUGGCAGUCAGCACUUGUGGAAAUGUCUAUUAGAGUCCAGGUUCUCAGUACGCAGUGCUUAAAGGUUCACUGUACUUUGUUCAGAUGGUGAGUCAGAUUGAGAAACAGUACCUCUUUCAGCCUGAUGGUCUAAUUCUGAGAGGAACCAGGUCCAGCUGGCUCACACUCAGUUUAAAGAGGUUACUCUCAGCCACUUUUACUCUGUGUGUUUGUUUGUGCGUGUGUGUGUGUGUGUCUGUGCGUGUGUGUGUGUGCGUGCGUGUGCGUGUGUGUGUGUGUGUUUGUGCGUGUUUGCAUGUGCUUCUGCCUCAAAGAGCUGCUCCUUCUCCUUAGACUCUGUUUGUGCUUCCUGCUGGUUCUGCUGGUAGCAAAGCAUCGUGGGAAGAGCAGGCAACCUCAAGGCCGCACAUCAAUACAAUAGAAGCACACACACACACACUCACUCACUCCCAUAAAACUAGAGCUCAUACUGAAGCUGAAGGAGGAUGAAAUAUGUAAGCUACAGUCAAUCUGAAGAGCAAGAAAACGAGAUAGAGAGAGAAGGUGGGGAGGGCGGUGGGAGUCCCACAUACAAAGAGGAUGAGGCUGUUCUCACUGUGGAACUCCUACAGUUUAGCCUGGGGAUACACAUUCCUUCUCUCUCUCUCUCUCUCUCUCUCUCUCUCUCUCUCUCUCUCUCUCUCUCUCUCUCUCUCUCUCUCUCUCUCAUAUACACACACACACACACACACAUACACAAAGACAGUAUUUGAGGCGUUUGGUCUCUGUGCUGAAAGACUCCGACAAACCUACUUUCACACGCUCUCUUAUCACACAUGCUCUUCAAACACACACACACACACACACACACACACACACACACACACUGUUACACAUGCGCACAGAAGACAAACAUAGUAAGCAGUAAACACAGUUACAGGUUUUAGUGAUGAAUCUGUUUAAUCUGAUCAUUAAAUAUGAAAUAUUACAAAAAAUAUAAUAAGAAUCACAAAAAUGAAAUUACAAUGUGUGUACAAACUGAACUAGACAUUUAACUUAAGAUUGAAGUAGAGUGGAGCGUGUUUGUAAAAAAAUCCCGACAGGUGGUUUAUGUAUAUGAGGUAAAUAUACAUUGUGUUUUCACAGUAUUUAAAUAAAAACAAAUUACCUGUGGACGUUAGGAGUUCAUCAGACCAACAGAGCGGGGAAGGAAACGAUCUUUAAGUGGGCUGGUUUUGGCAUACAGUGAUCUGUAACGCCUACCUGAGGUAUGAACAUUUGUCGUGGGUGUGAGGGGUCUGCAGUGAUGUUACCUGCACAUGUCCUGACCCUGGACCAGUAUAAGUCCUAGAUGAAGGGCAGGAAGGCCCCUAUCGCUUUCUCCUGAUAGUUCCGUUGUAGUCUGUCCCUGUCCUCCCUGUCCAAACCAACCUGGGAUGGAUCUGAAGAGGACAGUCUGGAUGAUGGCAGUGUGAGCUUGGCCAGUUUGUGUUCAGGAAUAAUGGUGUUCAAUGCCCAACUUAAGUCCACAAACAGGAUCCGAGCAUAGGUACCUGCAGUGUCAAGGAGGGACAGGGAUGUAGUGCAGACCCAUGUUUACUGCAUCAUUCACCGACCUGUUUGCACAAUAGGCAAACUGCGGUGGGUCAGACAUCAGGGCAACGGGCCUGUAGUCAUUUAACCCUCUGAUGGAGGAUUCUUGGGGACCCGGCUGAAGAUGGAGUGUUUGAGGCAGGAGGGGCCUUCAGAUAGCUCCAGAGAUCUGUGAAAGAUCUGAGUGAACAUGGUUUGCAGCUGGUCCAUGCAGACUCUCAGGCAGGAGGGGGACACACCAUCAGGUCCUGGAGCCUUUCUGAUCUUCUGCCUCUGAAAGAGCUGACUCACCUCCUCUUCACCGAUCUUAAGGGCUGGUGGGGGGUUGAAGUGGAGGGGGGAGAUUUAUGGCAGGGGGUGCAGGUGGGUUUUAACAGGUGAAACCAAACAAAAACACGAAAUGUACGUAAGAGCAAAGUAUCAAGGCACUCUGUAUGUAAGUCUGAACACACCUGAGUUAACCUUUAACAGAUCAAAACCACUGACUCUGUUUGAUUUGGACAAUGUACCUUGAAGCUCCACCCACAGAGGGUUUAGAACCCGACAGAAACCUCCACAGGUGCUAAGCUAUCACACCAUUUGUAAACAAACACAACCUUACCCCUGUCCACUGUGGACAGUCAGCAGGGGGAGCUAUGUAUGUUUAUGCUCCACAGUCAGUGAACACUGAUGGUGUCUGUAUUAAUAAUUAGUCAUGUGGGUUCAUGGUUCAGAGUCCUGAUCUCUCUUAUGGCUCUCUAGUAGAGAAUCAGCUUUGUCUGAGAUUGAUCUGGUUUAUAAUCAGGAUGUGAAGUUUGCAGACACAAAAACCCCGAAACAAACAAGGUUCCUUUAGUCCAUGUGAACACACCCUGUUAGGUAACAGAGCUGGUUUUGUUCUUGUAAAGUAUCAGAUCAGUCUCUGUGUUAAUGUUUCAAAACAGUGGCUCUGAAACAAGUGUUUAAGAACUCUACGACCACAGACACGAGAACAAGAGAGUUUGAAACAACGUUUGAUGCAGCGGACACCACAGUUUUAUUCCCUCAGAACUAGCUAACUGUGUACAACAGAAAACGCACAAUAACAGAGUGUGUAUGUCUAUAAACACUCAGUAAGUGUUUAUAGACAUACACACUCUGAACACAUGCAGGCUGCAGAUAAAAGCUUCUUGUUGUGUUUUUGACAUUGACCUAUUUUCUGCUCCUCUGUCUCCUGGAGCCCAAACACACACACUCACGUAUGGACACACACACACACACACACACACACACACACACACACACACACACACACACACACACAUCAUGUAUGCACACACGCACACACAACCCUCUGUCUCCUUCUUUGCUCAGAAAAACUCUGAAGAGUAGCAACAGUGUGACCUAAGUAGUCAUAUGAUGCUCACUUUCUGUGGAGGUGAGGUCACAUGAUGUCAGCUCUGAACAGAUGAAAUAACCAUCAUACAGGCCCCUGAACCUGUACCAGGUCAAAGGUUGGCAGGUCCUCCCUCAGAGUGAUGAUGGUCUCUCUGUUUACUCAGACUUAAACUCUGCUUUAAAGCAAUAGUGUGUAACUUCUGUCAGCCGCUAGAGGAUUUCUGUGUUAUUCGGCCGGCACCUCAGUAUGACUUAUGCAUAUCAUAUACAGUAACACUCACCAGACACAGCAUACUGUUUGUCAUGAUACACAAAGUAACACGGGCUACAAAAUGUGUACUGCUCGUCACACUACACGGAGAAACACUCUCGUCCCAGCACACAGACUCUCCACAUUAAGUCACACACAGCAACACAGGCUACACACCUUGUAACUUACUGCUCAUUAGGCUAAUGUUACACAAUGUGGCGAACACCAGGCUGCUAACAAUACAUUACAUUCACAGUACCAUUUCCAAGAAAAUAAUUAAGUACUCGGUCCAGUACAUGUAACAGCAACACUUCCUGCUCGUAAUGAACAGAGUCACUUACUUAUCCAGCAGUAUCAAGACAACAUCGGUGUCGAAACUCAGUCCAAUCUUCUCCUUCAGGGCUCGCCAGCGAGGAAAAGCAAUGCCGAUGUAAAUCUGUGUUAGUCUUCUCCAUUUGUCAUUCUCUUUCUUCACUAACAGACCUUCUCUUAAACGGGGAGGCUUUUUCUUUUUUAGUAGGAUCCACUUCUGAACCUCUUGGUGGCUUCUUCGGGUUCCCUGCCAUGUUGCAUUUAGCAAGGCUCUCAACCCCCCUCCCUCCUAAUUGUCAGGUAAAACAGAGUAGAACGCAUCAUUUCCUGUGAGCCAGCGUGGGUCGCCCUCGACACCAAAUACAGAAAGAUCAAAUACUGAAAAAUACCACGAGUUGUUGGAGGAGCUGAACGGCUUAAUCAGCGUUGGAGGGGCGUAACAUCUCCUCCUGUAGUGGCUUGGGUUAAAUGGAUAUUUACAGACACAUAUAUCUUAUGCACUAUAGUUUUAACUUCAUCCUCUAUUACAAUAAAUAAGGCCACACACACUGAUUAUUAAAGCUGACACACUCCUGCACAGGUAUGAGAAGGUCAGCUUAUGGACUUAAAAUACAUUCUGAAUCUGAUUGAUCAUUAUUCAAAACAUUCAGACUGUUAUGCAUCAGUAUUAUUUUAAUAACCAGCUGUAAUCUCAUCUGUAUGUCAGAGAGAUUAGCCUAGUUAGUCUUAUUCUCAGUUUAACUCUUACCUGAUCAUACUUUAAGACCUCUUGGCUUAGUGUACUACCAAACCAGAUAUGUAUAAUUAGAUUUUUGUAAACUUGAGACACUGACAGUGACAAGGUAAUCCUCUGUAUGAACCUACCUCUUAUGAUGCAUCAUAAUUACAUAUAUGAAUCCUUAUAAAUGCAUCUAUGAGGCUUUAAAACAAUCCUUAUGAGUGAUUAUAAGCAUUCAUAACAGCUAAUAUGAAUGUUUAGGGAGUGGUUUAAGCAGUAAGCAUUAUAAAAUAUGCCUUAUAAUGCAAUAGAAAAAAUGUGUCUCUUGAAUUCUAGGUUCUCACAACUUGACCAUGUGAUAAAGGUUCAUGAUGAACUUAUUUAAUGUAUUAAAAAGUUGUAAUUUCUAUGAUUCUUCAUGAAAAAAUGACUUAAUACUCAACAUACUAAAGCCUGACAAUGGGCUCUAUACACCGAUCCAUUACUUUCUGAACUUAAGUCUGCUCCUUUAUUUCCAAACUGAUUUAUCCAGGUGUGUCUGACUAGUCACAAUGAUCAGUCACACCUGGAUUAAUCAGUUUGUCUGAUCAUGUAAGACAGGAAAUAAAGGAGCUGCCUUAAUAUAAGUUCAGGAAGUAGUGGAGCUGUGCAUAGAGCCCAUAAUAUGAUCCUAUAUAACAUAUUUAUAAGAAGUGUCAUAUUUAUAUAAAAUGUCAGUCAAAAAUACUUCACAACAGACACAUUUUUAUGAUUACAUUUUUUUCUUUUACAUUUAGGUUAAUGUACAUUAAGAUCACUGCUAGUUGGACUUUAGAAACAUUUAUAUUCGCUGAUAUGAACUAGGGGUUGACCGAUGACAGGUUUUCAGUGGCUGAUUCAAUACCAUUUUUGAGAGAGCGGGUUGACAGAUUAAAUGCUGAAAUCACACUGCUAAUUUUUUUUGUUUUUUUUUGUUAAUUAGUUCGCUUUUGCAUUUGACAAAAAAUAACAAUACCAAAAAAUUGAGAAAUAUGAAACAGAUGUAAAUGGAAAAAUAUUUACCCUAGUCAAAUAUUCCUACUAGACACUGAAACUUGAAAUUGUUGUGGCUGAAAAGCCUUACAGAUACAUUUCUAAGGCUUUAAAUGUGCUCAUGAUUACUAUAACAGGUGGGUUCAUAUAAAGGGUUUCCAGUGUAUAUUGUAUUAAAAUGAUGAUUUCAUGUUUGAGGAUCUCAGAGCUUUACCAUGUUACUCUAAAUGAUGUCAGAUCAUCACUUAAAAGUAUAUUGAAAAUGUAUUUAAGCUCAGAAUGCUGCUGUACAUGCACAUUUCAGAGUUGUGUAUGUGUGUGCGCGCACAUGUAUGCAUGGGUGAGUGAGUGAGUGAGUGAGUGAGUGAGUGAGUGAGUGAGUGAGUGAGUGAGUGAGUGAGUGAGUGAGUGAGUGAGUGAGUGAGUGAGUGAGUGAGUGAGUGAGUGAGUGAGUGAGUGAGUGAGUGAGUGAGUGAGUGAGUGAGUGAGUGAGUGAGAGAGAAUCAUUAAAUCAGAGUUACUAAUGAAUCAGAGAGAAAGAGAAUAACUGGCAGAGUCUCCUCACACUCAUCCAUCAAAGUGUGUGUGUGUGUGUGUGUGUGUGUGUGUGUGUGUGUGUGUGUGUGAGAGAGAGAGAGAGUGUGUUUCACAGCAGAUGGUGACAGUGCAUGAGUCAGUAAGUGUGUGUGUGUGUAUCUAUGUGUAUGUGUGUAUUUGACAUCCAAAAUGACAUCACAUCUCUGCCAAACAUGCAGGAACACUGUUACGCCUGUUCAAGCAUUUAUGGUGUUGCUAUGUGUGUAUCAGUGUGUGUUUAGAUGUGUUAUUGUUUGUAUGUGUGUUUGUAAGUCUGUGUAUGCGUGUGUUAGUUUGUGUGUGUGUGUCCAUGUGACAGCUCUCAGGUAAACAGGUGUAGGUCUUUGCGUGUGUUUCUGCUCACUGUGGCGUAAAGGUGCAACCUGGAUGUCUGACUGUGAACACACGCAAACACAUACACACUCACACCCCCCACACACACUCACACAGUCACCCACUUACACACUCAUACACUUUCUCCCUCUCUCUCUCUCUCUCUCUCUCUCUCUCUCACACACACACGCACGCACGCACGCACGCACGCACGAACGCACGCACGCACGCACGCAUGCAUGCACACAAUCACACUCUCUCUCUUGCGGCCUCUCUCCCAAGUCUAUUUCUGUGUUUGGCUCGUGCGCUGAGAUUUAUUUAAAGGGGAAUUCCUUAAAUUUUAAACCCAGGCUAAAUUAAAAAAUAUUAACUCUUGAAAGUAUACAAAAAAUUUUACAAAUGUUUUAAUAAAAACCUAAAAUGGUUUAAAAUAUGAAAAUUUAUUAAAUUACAAGAACAUUGAUCUAAUGUUAAAAAUCUUAUCAUUGAUCCACAAAUGCUUAAAAUAAUUAAAAAAUAUUAAAAAUCCCUUUAAAUUUAAGUGGAUGUGUAAAACAGUCUUUCAUUUUUAGAGCAUUGUCCAGUAACAUUCAGGUUGUUAUUCUCAGAGUCUGACUGGAAGAAUCCCUGAGGAUAAAGCAGACGUUUAACCUAACAUGAGUGUAGCCUGACAUAGUAACGGGAAGUUUGAUCGGUGUUCAGCGGCCCCAUUGUUUACAGCCGUGAACAGCUGUUGGCGCUGUGCCAAGCCCGGCCACCUUCGUUGGACAGACCGGACAACUCCGCCAAGCUCCGCAGGAGAAGAAGAGGAUGCAGGGCUGGAGUUCAGCAUCGGGCAAAGAGGAGACGUUAUAAAUCAACUGUCCCGUCCAUCAUCAUGGGAAACGUGAGGUCUCUCCCCAACAAGAUGGAAGAGCUCACAGCGCUGUCUAGGCUGCAGUGGGAGUACCGGGAGUGCAGCCUCAUGAUGUUCACAGAGUCAUGGCUGAGCAAACUCACUCCGGACCCACUUGUAACUUUGGACGGAUUUCAUCUCGUCAGAGCGGACCGGAGCAUGAGGGAGAGUGGUAAGAAGAAAGGAGGCGGGAUAGCGGUGUAUGUGAACGAGAGAUGGUGUAAUGCUGGGCACGUCGGUGUUAAAGAGCAGCACUGCUCUAAGGACAUUGAGCUGCUGGCUGUGAGUUUGUGGCCAUAUUACCUGCCGAGGGAGUUUUCGCACGUCAUCGCGUUACCUGUCUACAUCCCCCCCCUCGGCUGAUGCUGCUGCAGCCUGUGAACUCCUCCAUGGUGAAGUGUCCAAGCUUCAAACAUCACACCCUCAGUCUCUGAUCAUCAUCUCUGGAGACUUUAAUCAUGCAUCGCUCUCCUCCACUCUCCUACCUUCAGCCAGUAUGUGAAUUGCCCAACAAGAGACAAUAAAACUUUGGACUUACUGUAUACAAACACCAAGGAUGCAAACACCUCCUUCCCCCGCUGGGCCGCUCAGAUCUAGGGCUGCAACGAUUAGUCGACGUAAUCGAUUACGUCGACAAGACAAAUUCAUCAACACAAAAACAAAGCGUUGACGCGUCGUGUUAUUGUUGUUAAGAAUCACAUGCCGGCACCUCAUGCUCAUCUAUAACUGCAGUGCACUACAGGAUGUGCUGGGGGCAGUAGUGCUCACUGUUUACAUCCCGCGAGCAAACACAGAAGAAGAGUGCACACAUUAUGGCAGAACAAACUGAAAAAGACGCUCCAAAACUCCAACCCAAAACUUCAAAAGUUUGGGAACAUUUUACGGAGAACAAACCAAAAAAACACGUUGAUCAAAGCUCAGCUUUCCUACCAUGGCAGCACCACGGCGAUGCAUGAGCACCUGAAACGCUGACACCCCGGAAAUAGGUGUUUAUAAAUAAAGAAGAUAGUGAUUAAUCGGACGACUAGUCGAUAGAUUAGUCGACAAAAAAAUAAUCGUUAGUUGCAGCACUACUCAGAUCACAACCUGGUGAGACUGCAGCCCAUUUACAUACCUAUGGUAAAGAAACAACCCCCCACCAUCAGGUAUGUUAAGAGGUGGUCGGAGGAGGCCACUGAGGCGCUGCAGGACUGUUUCGAGACCACAGACUGGGAUGUACUGUGCGGCCCACAUGGUGAUGACAUCGACACCAUGACAGAUUGUAUCACGGACUAUAUAAACUUCUGUGUUGAGAACACCGUACCCACCAGGAAAGUAGGGUGUUUCUUCAACAGCAAACCUUGGGUGACCCCGGAACUUAAAGUCCUCCUGAAGGAGAAGAGGAGGGUUUUUAAAUAUGGGGACAAGGGGGAGCUGAGGAGGGUGCAGAAGGAGCUGAAAAAAAAGAUCAGAGAGGGAAAGGCCAGCUACAAGACCAAGAUGGAAAACCUUCUGCAACAGAACAACGCCAGGGAGGUCUGGAGAGGUCUGAAAUCAAUCUCAGGUCACAGCAGGGGCCACGAGAGGGGACCUGAAGCAGGAGACAGGGAGUGGGCCAACGAGCUGAAUCUGUUCUUCAAUAGAUUUGACUCUGCUCCCACUCCUCCCCCGACUUAUCAAACCAACGACCGGUCUGCUUCUUCGUCCGCUUCUUCUGUACACCACUUCAGUUCUAUGGCACCGGCAUCAUCAUCCCCCCUCCACUCAUCCUCCAGCACCACCCCCAGCCACUCCUGAAGGACUGUGCAGACCAGCUCUGUGAGGUGCUACUGCACAUCUUCAGCUUGAGCCUGAGUCUGGAGAGGGUCCCAACACUGUGGAAGACUUCCUGCAUGAUUCCUGUCCCCAAGACAGCACACCCCAGGGAGCCCAACCACUUCAGACCUGUGGCCCUCACUUCUCUCCUGAUGAAGACUCUGGAGAGGAUCGUGCUGAGGAACCUCUGCCUCCUGGUGAGCUCUCAUCUGGAUCCUCUGCAGUUUGCGUACCAGCCGAACAUCGGCGUGGAAAAUGCUGUCAUCUACCUGCUGCAGAGGUCCAUGGCUCACCUGGAGAAAACCGGCAGCACUGUGAGGGUCAUGUGUUUUUACUUCUCCAGUGCUUUCAACACCAUCCAGCCUUCACUGCUUAGGGGAAAGCUCGAGAGGGCGGGAGUGGACUGUCACCUAGCUGCAUGGACUGUGGACUACCUCACCGACAGACCACAGUUUGUGAGGCUUCAGAACUGUGUAUCGGACAUGGUGGUCUGCAGCACAGGGGCUCCACAGGGGACAGUGCUCUCCCCCUUCCUCUUCACCCUGUACACCUCGGACUUCAGCUACAACUCUGGGAGCUGUCACCUCCAGAAGUUCUCUGAUGACACAGCCAUUGUCGGAUGUGUAUCGUCAGGGGAUGAGCGGGAAUAAAGGACUGUCAUCACUGACUUUGUCAACUGGUGUGGCACAAACCACCUCCAGCUAAACGGAGAUGGUCGUGGAUUUCCGCAGGAGGAGGACACCUUAGACUGUUCCAGUGAACAUCCAGGGUCUGGACAUCGAGAUGGUGGAGUCCUACAGAUUCCUGGGUGUCCAUCUCAACAAUUAACUGGACUGGUCAACCAACACAGACAUCCUGUACAAGAAGGGCCAAGUCGUCUCCACCUGCUGAGGAGACUGAGGUCCUUUGAAGUGUGCAGGACUCUGCUCAGGACUUUCUAUGACUCUGUGGUAGCAUCUGCACUUUUCUAUGCAGUGGUCUGCUGGGGGGCAGGGAGCACCGAGAGGGACAGGAAGAGACUGAACAGGACUGGUCAGCAGGGCCAGUUCUGUCCUGGACUGUUCUUUGGACUCCCUGGAUGAGUGGGUGAGAGGAGGAUGUUAGCAAAGCUUGUAUCCAUCAUGGACAAUCCCUCUCACCCACUGCACCAGACUGUGGGGGCCUUAAGUAGAUCCUUCAGCAGCAGACUGAGACUUCCACCUUGCAAGACGGAGCGCUACCGCAGGUCAUUCCUCCCUCCUGCAAUAAGACUUUACAACGAACUGUAAUAGAACUGGACUCACACCACCACUUUUUUCUGGUACUUAAAUUGUGUAUAUUGUAUAUAGUUUUAUUUUAUUUUUAUUUUAUCUUAUCUUAUUUUAUUUCAUUUUCUUCUCCCCUUUUUCCUUUUUCUAAAUUUUUUCUUAAUCAUAAAAUUUAUUUAGUUUCUUGAUAUUAAGAUCUUUAUUUUUAUAACUGCAUUUUGCUCUACCUUUGUCUGUGAUGCUGUUGUGGCAAAAAAAUUUCUCCCAUGGGGGAUCAAUAAAGGAAUAUUCUAUUCUAUUCUAUAUUCUGUUAAUAGAGGUUUUGGUGUUUAAAGGGUUAAAUUAGCUCCUGUUCAGUGAUUCAGCCUUUCAUCAGUCUGUUAGCCCUGUAUGAGUCGUACUCUGUGCUAGAGUUCAGUGAAUAUUAAAAACCUUCACUGGUUGUCGUUGAAAGAUUUCAGGGGUUUUGCUCUUGUCUUUCAGGCAGGAGUGUUGUCAGGCAGUGACAGAUACCUGAAGUUGCUUAAAGGUGUCACAUCCAGGUGUGACGGUUGCAGGUUGCCUUGUUAGAGUCUGUGUUGUGUCAGGCCUGCAGAUUUAACAGAUUUUAAGGUUCAGCUGUUGAAUCACAGGGCUGAACAGAGUCUGGCACUGACCUGAUGCUGAAAAAAAAAACAGGUUUAUAAACCAGAGAGAUGCCCACCUGAUUGGCUGAAACUAUUACCCGAACUUUCAGUGUAUUGAUUUUUUUUAUCCAACGAUGUGAGAAGAUAAUACCUCCAUUACUGAUUGACUUUAACUGACAGUGCAAGUACUUAGAUCAAAGUCCUAAAACCGCACAGCGUUUAUAGGUGGACAAAACAGACAUUUUUACCACACACAUCAGUAACAGUGUAACAAAAACUGAGCACACUGUUAGUUCAGGUAGGUCAUGAAGUCAAGCUCCGCCCACAGUACAUCAGCUGAUCUAAAGCUGAUCUAAACUCCAGGUCAUAUCAGCUGACAGCUGAGCUGAUCACCUACCUCUGCCAUCCCAAAUCCCAUACUUAAAUGUCUUCACCUACUUCCUGUACCAACAGCUCUGCUGAGGUUCUCCCUGCCUCCACGCUGAGUCUGAUUUAACCCCAGUCUGUGCUGCUGCUCCUCCUGCCUUGGCUUUUCAUAGAUGCACAUGAAACAGCAUAGAAAAGCUUUGAACUGAAAUCUUUGAUCUUCUAAAUAAAGUUUUCACCUCUCUCUCUCCUCAGAGCCAAGCUUCAGUCUGAGCCUUGACCCUGUCCUGACACCCCAGAUGACAGCUGAUCCCACAGAGCUGGCAUGUCAUGUGACCAACAUUACCCAUCUACCCCCAGGAAGCCGACUAGCAGUCACAUGGGAGCACACCUCACUUCCCGGUACCUUGUAUAACCUUUAUUUAAUCACUGUAAAUAAACAGCACACCUGAGGAUCAUUGGUUUAAGGCUGGCCUCCUCCUGCAGGUGUAGGUGAGGACCCAUCCACCUCUCAUGCUAUUGGCUCUCUGGAUGCCCAUGGUAACCUGAUACCUGCACCAUCAUACUCAGAGAGGAUGGAGAGUGGAGCGCUGAGUCUAAGCAGAGUUCAACCUAACACCUUUCGCCUGAAAGUCCUGACAACACAGGUGAGACAAUCAGACUAACCCUAACCUGUCCUGUUCUUACCUGUCUGUGCAGACCUGUGAAAGUAUAACAUAGUAUAAUUACACCUGCUGGAGAUGUUUUCAGCUCAUCUUUACAAUUUGGUCAUUCAUUAAGAAUGUUUUAUUUGCUGCUUGUUUUACCAUGUGUUUAUCUGUGUGUGUUUUCCUUGUUUAUGUGUCUAUGUGCACAGGAGAUGGACAUGGGUCAGUACAUGUGCUCAGUGGCGGCAUGGACAUUGAACAGCCAGGGCGAAAUGAUUCAAAGCUCAGAGUUGAGGAGUUCAGCACUGACCAUACGCUGGGAUGCCAAACGUAAGAAAAAAAAAUCCACUCUGACAGUAAACUAACAAUAACAAUAAUGACGUUUACAUGUUUGAAAAAUCAAGUGCCAGAAAUUAAGAGUUUAAAAACCGCAGAGAGUCUGAAACCACUUUUCUCUGAAGUGUAUUACUCUGCGUCAAAAAAUAUCAUAUUUAUCAGAAUAUAUCGAAUUAUAAAGUGUCAUAACCUACAUUAAUUAAAGUUGUGUCUUAUCUUUAAGAAUCUUACUGAUUUGUAGAAUAUUAUAUUCUAAAAUAUCCUACUGAUCGGUUAAGUAUCAUACUGUAUCUUAAGUGUCAUAUUACAAUAUGAAACCAUAAAGUUAAUGCUGUGUUGUAUGGCAUCGUAUCUCUUGCAAAGCACUGAACUGUAUUAUAAAGGAUGAAAACUGUCAUGUUGUAGUGGGAGACAGACAGACAGAAGUCUUGGUUUAAACUUUUAAGAUCAGAAUCAGAAUACUUUUUUCACCCCGGGGGAAAAUCUUGGGAUAGCGCUCUGAGGCCAAAAUAAACAAGUUUCAAUGUUAUUUAGUGACAGUAAACAGGCUGAAAGUGUGUGAUGAAAUAAUCUCACCAGGGUUCUGACUAAUAAAAAGUUUAUAUUCAAGAUUUGUCAGGUCACAGUGCAAGACGAGGAGAAGACAGCUUUAAAAUGCAUGUUUUUUAAUGGAGUUUGUUGGGGCUGUGUCUGAUGGAAAGCCUUUAGGAAAAAAAUCACUGAUAGACAUCAAACAGACACAGUCACCAGAUUUCUACCUCUACUGAAUGAACUGAACUUUUUAACCUUUAUCAUUUUGAGGAUCAUUUUUCUAAGGCAGCGUGCAGACUGAUGUUACACCAGAGUUUCUCUCCUCUGAUGGUUAGAGCGUGUAAAUCCAUAUAGCCUAAAACUGACCCCUCAGAUUUGUAAUGAUUUUGUGUCUAUUUGGGAACUUGAAUAAUUUUAUUUGAAUUUUCUUUGUUUUUCAAAAAAUCACAGACACUCAGCUGACUGUAAUGAAAUAUUAAAAAUGAAGGUUCAUCAUCAGACUGCAAAGAAAAAAACCUUUCAAAAUAACAACAGAUCCACUGUCUCGCUCUGCACACACAUACACACAGAGAACACCAUUAUACACACACACACUAUCACACACACUCUUACACUCCUCCUCUUUAUCCCAGUCUGACACGCUGAAAUUUUUGCCCUCAAUUCAGCUAAUUGAGGGAUGAUGUAACCAUAUCACUGCUGGAGAGAGUAAAGUGUGAGUGUGCGCACCUGUGUGUGAGUGUGAGAGAAACUGUGUGCAUUAGUGUACGUGGUAGUGCUCACUUCUUGUCAGGAAUCUCCUGAUCUCUCUUACACUGACUGGUUUCUCUCAGGGCCGUCUCUGAAUGUCGUGGCGAAGCACAUCCGUGAGGCAUCAGUGGGCGGAGCUACCUUUGAGAUGAGCUGCUCAGUGGCCGCUGAGAACCUGGGGGAGGCUGGGUACUCGGUGCUGAUCCAAACACAGGACAGCCUGCAGAGCAGCGUGAGGACGAUCAUGACUCUGAGUCCGGACAGCGUGGUGCAGCACGGAGGAGCCACCGAUCCUAACAGAAGGUCACAUGACCAUGGCGUCCAUAUUUGUUUGAUUUAAAAUGAUCUGUGUGUGUGUAUCCUGAAUGUCCCCUCUCUCUUCCCUGUGCAGGGACAGUCUGGUCUUGACAAAGGCCAGUUCAGCUGAGUUCAGGUUCAGGCUGGCGGGUGUCCAGCUGUCCGACCGUGGGUACUACUGGUGUGACAUUACAGCAUGGACCAAACAGCAGCUGGGUCAGGCCUGGACCAAAGCCACGAGUGCCGAGUCCAACAAGAUCCGGAUAGACUUCGAGGAGAAUGGUGAGUCCACGGCAAGUCCACAAGUCUCAGAGUCACUUUAACGAUAUUGCAGGUACAGACCUGUGUUUGUGAGAACAAGCAGAGGAAGUCCUAAGGGGCGGAGCCUAAAUGUUAAGUUAGCAUGGUCAUCAUAUAAGAUAAGAUAAGAAGAACUUUAUUGAUCCCUGAAGGGAAGUUCAAUUGUCUGUCGUCUCACUUGUCAUGUAUCUAAAAGUCAUCUAUUAUUUACACAAGAGUUGUAAAGUCUGAUGGCUGUUGUUGUUGAGCCGUCCACCACCAUUGGCCCUUUGAUCCAUUAAGGUGUUGUGAAGUGGGUGAUCCAUGUUCUUUAGAAUAGUCUCCACCUUCCUCAGUGUAGAUCUCUCCACCAUAUCCUCCACUGAGUCCAGCCUGAGUCCAACUACAGAGCCAGCCUUUUUCAGCAGUUUGUUCAGACGUCUUGCAUCUUUGUGUUUGAGUCUUCUCAGGAAAAAGAGGCAGCUCUGCCCCUUUCUGUAGAUGAAGUCUAUAUUCUUGGACCAGUCCAACUUAUCAUCCAGAUGUACACCUAGACAUUUAUAUGAUGUCACCACUUCGAUGUCCACUCCACAGGUGUUCACUGGCUGAAGAGGGGGUUUGGAUCUUCAGAAGUCUAAGAUCAUCUCCUUUGUCUUUGAGGUGUUGAGGAGGAGGCAGCUUUUGUGACUCCAGUCACUGAAGACUCUUAUCAGAUCUCUGUAUUCAGCUUCAUGUUCAUUUCGGAUACGUGCCACAAUAGCGGUGUCAUCUGAGUAUUUCUGGAUGUGGCAGGACUCAGUACUGUAUUUGAAGUCUGACGUAUACAGUGUGAACAGGAAUGGCACCAGCACUGUCCCUUGUGGAGCCCAUGUACUGCUCAUUAUUAUCCCAGAAACACAGUUCCCCAGCCUGAAAAACUGUGGCCUUCCUGUCAGGUAAUCUGUGAUCCAGGAAACACAAGCAGGAUCCACUCCCAUCUCUGUGAGCUUGUCUUUGGUGGGUUGGAUGGUGUUGAAUGCACUUGAAAAGUCGAAGAACAUGAUCCUUACAUAAACCCCAGGUUCCUCCAGAUAAGACAGGGCACGGUGAAGCAUGUAGAGGACAGCAUCAUCUGCUCCGAUGUUGAUGCAGGGAAUCCAGUUUGUCUUUGACCUCAGACCUCAGAAGGAGUAGAAUCAGCCGCUCCAGGGUUUUCAUGAUGUGUGAAGUGAGCGCCACUGGUCUGUAGUCAUUGAGUUCAGCAGGACAUUUUGUUUUUGGUACUGGCUUAAUGCAGGAUGUUUUCCACAGAGCAGGUACCCACCCCAGCUGUAGACUCAGGUUGAAGAUCUUGUGGAGAGGUUGACACAGUUCUGCAGCACAGUCUCUAAGCAGCCUUGGACACACACCAUCUGGACCAGCUGCCUUACCAGGACAAAGUCUUCCAAGCUCCAUCCUCACCCCUGUUUCAGUGACAGACAAGGACUGGUGUUCUAGGAGGGAUGUAGCUGAAGUGGUUGAGACAUUUGAACGAGAUGAGGGAGAAUUUGUAGUGGAGAUUUGUUGCGGAGAGGAAGGUGGAGUAGCACUGGAAGUGGGUGUGAUCUGUUGAAGAACAGGUUGAGUUCAUCAGCUCUUUCCACAUCAACCACCACUGGCAGUCUUUUCUUGUUAUUGCCGGAGAUGGUACUGAUUCCUCUCCACACUUCACGGAUGUUGCUAUGUUGUAGAUUCUUCUCUAUCUUCUUUUUGUACUCCAGCUUUGUCAUCUUCAGUCUCCUCUUCAACUCUUGUUGCACUUGUUUGAGUCGUUCUUUGUCACCAUCUUUAAAAGCUUUCUUUUUCUGGUUAAGGAUUGCUUUUAUGUCUCUUGUGAUCCAGGGUUUGUUGUUGGAGAAACAGCAAACAGUUUUUGUGGGUAUAACUGUGUCUCUACAGAAGUUGAUGUAUUCAGUAAAGCAGUCAACCUGUUUAUCAAUGUUCAUACUAUCCACAUCUGUUUCCAGCAGCACAUUACAGUCUGUUGAUUUAAAACAGUCCCUUAGAGCUUCACUGGCUUGAGGAGUACAUCUUCUGAUUUUGACUUUGGUCACAGGCUGCCUCAGUACACAAGGUCUGUAACAGGUUUGUAGAUAGACCAAGUUAUGAUCUGACUUGCCCAGUGCUGGUAAGGCAGUGGCUCUGUAGGCUUCUUAGACGUUGGCAUACAGCAGAUCCAGGGUCUUGUUUUCUCUGGUAGGACAGUUCACAAACUGUGUGAAACCAGUUGGGUGAGAGGAGAGGGUGACAUGGUUGAAGUCUCCCGAUAUUAUUAUUAGUGCCACAGGAUGUUGAGUCUGUAGCCUGGCAACACUAUUUUGCAAAACAUUGUAACAUUUUUCAGUUGAUUUGGGUGGAAUGUAAACAACUACUGUUAUGAUAUGACUAAAUUCUCUUGGAACAUAAUAUGGCCGAAGAGCAACUGCCAACAGUUCAAUAUCUGGACAACACAACUUCUCCCUGAUAGUUAUGUGUGAAGGGUUACACCAUCUCUGGUUGACAUAUAAAGCCAGACCUCCUCCUUUCUUCUUGCCACUAGCUUGAGCAUCUCUGUCUGACCUCAUGAGAUUGAAGCCAGGUAGAUCCACAGUCCGAGUUGUUUUGACUCAACCAGGUUUCAGUUAAACACAGGAAACUGCACUCACGGUAUGCUUUCUCAGUCUUCACCAAUAUCUCCAGCUCAUCGCUUUUGUUGGGCAGAGAGUUGACGUUUCCCAUGAUGAUUGAUGGAAGAAAGGGUUUACAUCGCCACCUCCUAGCAUUCAGCUUUGCCUUCACCUUUGCACCAGCACGGCAACCAUGAUAACACUUCCUGAUGUAGCGGUCCUCUGUGUUGAGGCCUUUGAUUAACUUUUUUAGACAUAGACCUUAUGUAUCUAGAUGCUGCAUUGGCUGAGUUGUCCUGCUGAUACAUCAGAUACAAACAGAUGUGGACUAAAAGUGCUGAGGUAAACUUAAAUGUUACUGUAAUUUUAAUGUUUUUUGAUACUUGUUGUAGAGGCAGGGAUGUGUUUUUGCUUGUCACAAGGGGUAAUGGGUGUGGGUGUGGGUGUGGAGCUGUGGGUGUCGAGGGGGUGGAGUUGUGUGUUUUUGUCACUGGGGCUCACUGAUUGUCAAAUGGAUUGUUUGCCAGGCCAGAGAAAGAGGAGGCUGGGUGCUCAUAUCUUCUGUUGACUGGUAAAGCUUCCUUUUGUUUCAGAUAAUCAAAAUCUACAUCAAAUGCAUCGUUCAAAGUUUGAUUUAUUGAAAGUGAAAAUUAAUAUCUCAGAUCUGCAGUAAAACCUUCAUGCUUUCUUUUUGGAUUCAGCGUGUCAGACAUAUCCCUGUAUUCCCCUCUCAGUGACAAAUUUUGUUUUGAUAGUCACAAUACUUGUGAUUAUAUUAAUGAUGAGGAAGAACAUGAUUAUAUGAUAUAUAUGUUAAGUUAUAUUCAAAGUUGUCCUCAUUAGUAUAUGUUGAUCUGAAGUAGGGCUGGACGAUAUGGCCUCAAAUCAAUAUCACAAUAUAUUGUGCAGUUCACCUAAUAACGAUAAAUGGACGAUAACUACUCCACAAGCGGCUCAUCCUCGACCACAUUAACCUGGGGAUCUCACUGGAUCUGGAACGGCUCCGCUUCGCUCCUAACCGGCACGUGGAUCAGAUACGCAACCAUACAGUGCCCACCAGAUCCAAUCCACCGCCGCCAUCAGAGUAGAAGCGCUUGCGAGAUUACCGAUAUUUCUCACUAGACUGGAUGAGAUCUCACAAGAUCUUGCGUCAUUCCUCAGAAGUCACAGAAUGAGAUCCGCCAAUUGGUGUACAUAAACGACGGUGUAUAUAAACAUUCACAUCCCACAACCCUGGCCUCUCUUUUUAUCAAUUUAAGAACAGUUCAAUGUAUUGACUUUAUUUUAUUUUGAAAAUUAACCGAAUAUUUUACUCUGCAAACUGCAUACAACUUGCACUGCUGCUCAGGCUAAGCUGCACUAAAUUGAAGUCUUGCUUACACAUCUGUAUUACAUUGGGGAACUCUACAUACACUGAUGAGUCAAAAUUAGUCUGAUUAGGUCAUUUAACAGCAUUCCGGAGGCAUGUUUUUACAUACAUGUGAACAAGCGUCUUACCAGAAUGCCAUCAGCAUUAUGGUGACAAUGUCAACAUACAAUCUAGCAGGCCAGUGUGCUGCCUGCGUAUAUAAUGUCUGUAGCUAUCCUCAUGUAAUUUAGUCCACAGAUUAGCAUGUCAUUUCGAGAAGAGGGAGGCGCUAAAGACCCCCCUUUUUAGCCCCUCCCUUCUCCAAAUAUUGUCACUCCCUAACAAGCAAAAUAAAUCAAACAAUAAAAAAGAGGCCACACCCCCUAAUUAAGCAAAUUUUAUUCCUUAGGAAUAAGUCAUCUUUAAGCAAACUCUAAAUUCUUCUUCUGUGGUUUUAAUUCAUGUCUGUAAAUAUGAAAAAAGAUCUCAAUAACAGAUUUGCACCCCAGCUCUGUCCCUCUGCUCAACCUCUUCUCCAAAUUUCCCCUGCAGCAGCUGAUGGGUAAUGUAGUUCAAAGAGGCGUUUUGAAGUUUCCUCAUGCUGUGGUUUUUAUUUCCUCUUAACUGAACAAACAGCAGAAUAAAUUCAUGUUCAUGCUGCUGGAGUAACAGCUAAAAAUAGACACAUGUAAGCAGCUUUGUUCUUUACAUGUCAACACACACACACACACACAGUCCUCCUCAGAGUGAUAAUGAUAACCAGCUCACAGUCACUAAUAAUGUGUAAAUAAAAAAACACUUUCACACCUUAAGCCCUCUACCGCCCUCACACACACAUACACACAUGCGCACACACCCUCUCUUUCUCUCUGGCCUACUUUACUGUCUUUGAUCUGAGAGGGAAGGAAGAGGGGGAGAAAGAGGGAGACCACAAGGAGAGAAGGAGGUAAAGUGGACUUAGGAGGGGAAGAGGGCCAGUAGGCAAGGAAAGAAAAAGGAAGGAUGUGAGGGAAGAGAGGAUAGGUUGAGUAGAAAAAAUAUAACGAUUGAAGAAAAAGACAUAAAAAGGAAAGAGAGGGAGGAAGAGGAGGGAUUGGAUGGAUGAGGUGAGGAGGUCAAACUAAAAAGAUGAGCUGCUGACGAAGUAAGGAGGAAGAGGAGGAGUGAUGGCCUUGUUUUUUUUGUUGUGUAUUCAACAGAUGCUCUUGUGUCUAUAAUCUCUGAAUCUUCUGUUUUUCUGCAAAGUGAGCUCAUUAGAAAUUCAUCAUGGAUGCUGCUUACUGCCUUGUCAUCUUUCUGGAUGCUGAAUCAAGACGUUAUGACUGUCAGUUGAAUCACUCAGCUUAACAGCAGCCAGAGAGUAAUCUCUUAUAAUGGCAUGAGUUUCAGUAAUGACGAUAAUUUUGAGCAUAUCUUCAUAGAAAAAGAGGUCACAAAUAAAAAUAUCAUUGACAGUUCACUGAAUCCAAAACAUCUAAUUUCAAAAUGUCUCCAAAGAUGGGUUUUCUGUGUUUUUUAAGUCUUAUUGAAACAGUAAAUUUAUUCAUGUGUAGCUCAGUCAGAUGAAUCAUGUCAUUCUGGAGGAGGUCCAAAAACAAAAUAUGUUAACUUGUAUUUUAAAAUAGAAUCAGAAUAAACAUCAGCCAGCUGAUGCUGCUCCUGUCCUCCAUCAGGUCAGGUAUACUCCAUUUUAGUUAAUAAUAUAUAGAACAAAAAUUAUGAAUAUAUUUUAUAUAUGCCUAAAUAUUUUUUAUGAGUGUAUUUAAUUUAUAAAUGUCAUGGAGGAAGAAUAACUCAGACUGUACCAGUUAAUGUUUGUGAUGGUCAGCUGAAGCUCAUGAUUUCUCUGCUCACAGUAAAUCAGUUCAAUCAUCAGAGGACUGGCAGCUGUCCAUGAGGUUUAUUUUAAAAAAAGACAUAUUAAAGUCUGAAAAUCAAGACUCAAAAUACCCAGAAAGAACAAUUGAGUGGAAAACGUUGUGUUUUGUUGAUCAGAAACAAAUUUUAAAUCUCUGUCUAAUCUGAAAAAUUAUCCUAACUGUAAACUUAAAAUCAGAUGAUGACCUUAAUGUGAGCCCUCUUUCCCUCAGUCAGCAGAGCUAAACAUGAUCUCUAAAAGACAAGUAGAUCAGGAGAGAGAGAGCAGGAGGACAAACUAAAGUGAGAAAAUAGAGCUCAACAGUGAGAGAAAAUAGAAACCAGGCUCUCCAUCACUCAGUUUCCCUCCCUCUCUCUUCCAUCCACAGUCUCUCUACCUCUCUCACACCUUGCUCACCCCACUCUCACUCUCUCUCUCUCUCUCAGGGACAUCUUCAAAGUGAAGCCCUUCGGCCAAUCAGUGAUCUGCACCGCUGCCUCGCUGUGUGUGUGUGACUGUGUGUGAGACUGUUCAAGUGUUCAAGUGUUCAAGUGUUCAACAACAUGUAUCUGAGUCCAACAUGUAGAGAUGACCCCACACAGAGCAACGCACACACAAGCACACACUCUCCCUCUCUAACAGAGAGCUUCUCGCUGAGCAGUUUUCCUGCAUCCUCGCCUCAGGAGAUGGAAGUCUGUGAAGUGCGUGUGUGUGCGUGCGUGCGUGCGUGCGUGCGUGCGUGCGUGCGUGCAUGUGUGUGUGUGUAAGUAAGUGUGUGGGUAUAUAUGUUGAAUGUUUCAGGCAUGUUGAUGAUUCUCAGAGAUCCUCUAUAACGACAGCAGCGUGAUGCCUGAUGAAUAAUUCAGAGCUGAUUUUCUUAAUGUGUGACAACAUGUCAGCUGUUCACUGCAGGAGAAGCUGACGCACAACCAUGAUUUACCACAUAAUACUGUGAGACUCUGUCACCGUUAAACACUGGGUUUGAUAGAAACUCUCUGUGUUAACAUUUUCAGAUCCAAUCAGACAGAUAUUCAAUUACCUUUGAAUAAACCAGAGACACUGACUUAAGCUCUGCUUAAAAGGCUGAUCUGCUGGAUUGUCUGUCCUCACACUUAAGUCUGCAUUUGUAGCUGAUUGUGUUAACAGUUUACAGUAAAUAGGAUCCCAUUAUAACAGAUAGCAGGCUACAUACACACACAGUCAGAGUGUUUUCUUCAAUAACAGGCGGUUUAAACAGUGUUUAUUGUGUAUUCAGAGACACAAGACUGAAGAUGAUUAUGCUGCUGACAGGUCACCUGAGCACACCUGAGCAGGUACUGACUGAGAGUCUUAGGAGUCACGUAAUCAGACCUGAAUCAGUCAGAGUGAAUGUUUCUAACAAAGACUAUGAUGAUGGUUUAUAUCAGUGCUGUGUAACCUGUCAGGACCCUGUGGUCACUUGGUCUAUAUAGCACCAGCAGGGAGAGUCAGCUAACAUCACUGUGUUUUUAUCCUCCUAUGUGUCAGGCCCCUCCUUCUCCAUCACUAUCCACUCAGACGCCAGCACCGUGUAUCCCUGGGAGACAGCCAUGAUGGAGUGUUCACUGAGUGUGUCAGGAUCCUCACCUAAGAAGGGUACACACACACACACACACACACACACACACACACACACACACACACACACACACACACACACACACACACACAAACAAACAAACAAGCUCACUUCCGGUUAAGGCUGACCACACAUUGCAUGACUAGCAUUCACUCACCAGACACUUAAUUAGCCCUAACCUGUUCAAUUGCUUGCUAACACAAAUAGCUAACUAGCCAAUAAAAUGGCAGCAGCUCAGUGAAUUCAAGUUAUUGUAAGACUGGUUUGUGCUCAAGUCCUCUUUUUUCUGUGCAACUCUUUGAUUGACACCUGAUACAGCCUAUGGGUGUUAAGGGAUUGUGUAGCUCACCUGGGGGGAUACGCUGUUUGAGCCGAGCAUCAUCACAGUGACACGGCGACUGCACAGCCGAAUGCGCGCAUCGCUACUGCGCAGCGCUGGUUUCAGGAAAUGAAGAAAAAUCCUGGAAAAUACCGAGAGCUUUUUGGCUUCAAAUCCGUAUACAGGCGAUAGGCGGAACCAAGUUGUCCAUAGUAUAUGGUUCACACAGGCUCACCAAAACUUAGAAGACUGGUCUGUUGAGUUUGGAUUUUAGCUGGCACAUUUAGAUGGUGGGUCAGAAUUUGACCUAAACUACAUGAAAGCGUGGAUCCAUUCUGCCUUGUGUCAAUAGUUCAGGCUGCUGCUGGUGGUGUAAUGGUGUGUGUGUGUGUGUGUGUGUGUGUGUGUGUGUGUGUGUGUGCUGGGGUGGUGGUGGUGGUGGUGGUGGGGUAUUUUCUUGGCACACUUUACAUAGUUUGAUCUUCACAUCAGACCUGGAUGUCCAUCCCUUUAUGACCACAGUGUACUCAUCCUCUGAUGUCUACACUGAUGUGACAUGGUGCAGGAUAAUGGACCAUGUCACAAAGCUUGGAUGACCUCAAACUGGUUUCUUGAACAGUCUCCAGAUCUCAAUCCAAUAGAGCAUCUUUGGGAUGUGGAGGAACAGGAGAUUCACAACAUAGAUGUGCAGCUGACAAAUCUGCAGCUCUUGUGCAAUGUUCUGAUUUUAAUAUGGACAAAAAUCUCUGAGGAAGGUUUUAACACUUUGUAUGUCACGAAGGCAGCUCUGAAGACGUACUUGCAAGGUGAACCUCAUAAUGUGUCUGGUUAGUGUAUAUAAACUGGUGUAAAACCAUGGGACCACAAACACACUCACACACAGACAGAUCAGACUGAUAUUUAACAACUAGACACAGACAAUUCUAUACUCGCUUGUCAAAGAGGCCACGCCCCCUAAUGUGCAGAUUUCAGUGAGAACAGAGGAAUGAACUGCAGAGACACAAACUGUUUCUAUAACCAGGCCAUAAACAUGUUUAACAUGAGGCUCUAUGGGGGCUGACUCACUCUAGGACACAGCCUCUAAUGGACAGGAGAAACUGCAGUGUAAAUUGCCUUUAUCAUUGAAAACAUUCGACAGCUGUAUAUGAUCAGAGUCUGCUGUGUGUGUGUGUGUGUGUGUGUGUGUGGGGGGGGGGGGGGGGUAAUUUUUUCUUAAUUUAUGGCUGUGAGGUCAGAGAAUUAAGAAUUUUUUUGAAAAAAGAUGGGUUAAACUUAAUAUCACUGAUUCAUUGUUUUAUCGGUUUGUGUUUUUAUUUCAGUUUCUGGAGAUAAAUUAAUCAUCUCUCCUCAGAUAAAACUUCAUAAACAGAUAAAAUCCAUCUGUGGCCUCACGGCCUCACCAUCCUCACCCUCCUAGUCCUCCUCUAUUACACUGUCAUGUGGUUUUCUUCAUCCUCCCUCUAUCUAAACAUCCAUCCUUCCUCCUCUUCUCUCUCCAUCUUCAUCACACGUCUCCAUCACCUCCUCCCUCUCUCCAUCUGCCCCACUUCUCCUGGAAUUUAACAUGUGUUUCCUGUAUGAUAAAACUCACAAACACUCCCCCUGUGUGUGCGUGUGUGUGUGUGUUAUGAUCUAUACAUGUUCCCUGGCAGCAGUGUGAGCUGUACGGUGGUUUGUUGGUGUGUGUUCUCACAGCUUCAGAUGAUGAAUAUAUAAUAAAUGAAAUAAUAAAUAAAACAAACCCAGAGACUCAGAGUCUCUUUAUUAACAGCACAGAGAGUCAUCUGUGAUGUUUUACCAGAGUGGACAGUGUUGAUGUGUUUGUGCUGUGCAGAAAGUGAUGCAUCACCCAGGAGGGACUCUAUAUUAACCUGUGGAUGAAGAGGUGAGAUAGUUUCAGGUGAUUUUCAUGAAGAUGUUCAUUCCUGCUCUGAGUGAUAUGGUGUAAACAUUAAUCACGCUGAAUGUGCUCCUGCAAUCCGAACCCUCUGAUGUGAAGUUUCGAGUGAUAAGAAACCACAAGUAAUUCAGGUAAAUUCUUAUGAUAAAAUUCUUUACCAUAAGAAAUACAGGCAACUGCCUGCAGGAUAAGCUGUGACAGUCUGCAGGAUGAGCUGUUACUGUCUGCAGGAUGAACUGUGACUGUCUGUAGAAUGAGCUAUGAGACUGCAGGAUGAGCUGUUACUGUCUGUAGGAUGAACUGUGACUCUCUGCAGUAUAAACUGGCACUGUCUGCAGGAUUAGCCAAGGCUGUCGCAGGAUGAACUGUAACACACUGCAGUAAGAACUGUGACUCUCUGCAGAAUGAGCUGUGACUGUCAGGGGGAUGAACUGCAGGAUGAACUGAGACUGUCUGCAGGAUAAAAUAGCACUGUCUACAGGAUGAGCCGAGGCUGUUUGCAGGAUGAACUGUGACUGUCUGUAGAAUGAGCUGUGAUAGUCUGCAGGAUGAGCUGUGAUAAUCUGCAGGAUGAGCUGUGACAGUCUGCAGGAUGAGCUUUAACUGUCUGCAGGAUGAACUGUGACUGUCUGUAGGAUGAAUUCUGACUGUCUGUAGAAUGAGCUAUGAGACUGCAGGAUGAGCUGUGACUGUCUGUAGGAUGAACUGUAACUGUCUGCAGGAUAAACUGGCACUGUCUGCAGGAUUAGCCGAGGCUGUCUGCAGGAUGAACUGUGACUCUCUGCAGGAUGAACUGUGACAGUCUGCAGGAUGAGCUGUGACUGCCUGCAGGAAGAACUGUAACAGUCUGCAGGAAGAACUGUGACUCCCUGCAGAAUGAGCUGUGACUGUCUGCAGGAUGAACUGCAGGAUGAACUGUAUCUGUCUGCAGGAUAAACUGGCACUGUCUGCAGGAUUAGCCGAGGCUGUCUGCAGGAUGAACUGUGACUCUCUGCAGGAUGAACUGCAGGAUGAAUUGUGGCUGUCUGUAGAAUGAGCAUUGAUAGUCUGCAGGAUAAACUGCAGGAUGAACUGUGUCUGCCCGCAGGAUGAACUGUCAUGGUCUGUAGGAUGAACUGCAGGGUAAGCUGUGACUGUCUGCAGGAUGAACUGAGACUGUCUGUAGAAUGAGCAGUGAUAGUCUGCAGGAUGAACUGUGACUGACCACAGGAUGAACUGUCAUGGUCUGUAGGAUGAACUGCAGGGUAAGCUGUGACUGUCUGCAAGAUGAACUGUGACUGUCUGCAGAAUGAACUUUGACUGCCUGCAGUAUGAGCUGUGACUGUCUGCAGGAUGAACUGCAGGAUGAAUUGUGACUGUCUGCAGGAUGAGCUGUAUCUGCAGGAUGAACUGUGACUGUCUGCAGGAUGAGCUGUAUCCGUCAAUUAUGUAGAGGUUGUGAUUUUCGGACAGAAAUUUAAAAACCUUCAGCAAACAAAGUUCUCAAGGCAUUCUUUUAAAGUCUAGAACUCUACAUGCGACUGAUUUACCCUGCGUUUUCCUCUGACUUAUCUGAUUUUACCAACUACCUUGGUCUGUGCGUGCUUGUGUGUGUGUGUGCAUGCAUGCGUGAACGCGUGCGCAACAUGUUGAGGGUGCAUGUGUCAACGUGCAGUGUACGUGUGCAGAGUUUUGAAGGUGUGUGUGUGUAUCUUUGUAAACAGAGAGCUCUGGCAGUUUGAGUUUUGAUGAGGUUAUCUGAUUAUUUUUCACUUCAGCACUGUCAGCUCAGGACUCACACAAAGUAAAGCUGAAGGGUUACAUGUUUAAACAAACACAUUUUAAACAGCACCACCUGUCUGUGGCUCUGCCUAAGACAGAAAAAGACAAGUUCAAUAAAAAAACAAAACAAAGAAUGAUCCCUGUCGAUCUUAAGAAGUUAAAGGGCUUUUUCAAUUGCCAUUUUUGGUUUUAGUUAGUUUAGUAUUUAUAGUAAUGCUGAUCAUAUUUUUACUUCAUAUUACUUUCAUGCAUGAAUAUCUGACCAUGUUAAUAACUUCCACCUGUAGCUGCUCCGAAGAAAUAAGCCUGAUCCUGCAGGUAGUCUUCAGACCCUGAGAACAAAUUUACAGAACCACAGAGUACAGAGAGCACCUGAAUGCACCACACUCAGGGAAUGAGUAACAAAACUGUUAGCCAACAGGUUUCUAUGAACAUAUGAAAGAAAGGUGUGUUACCCUGUGCGCACGCACUUGCACACACAAAGGUGCAGUUAGUUGUGUAAUCUUCUGACACUCCCGAUACAAACACACACUAAUGUGUGUGUACAUUCUUCUCUUGUCUCAGCUUGUUGUUAAACUCAGUGUGAGGUGUUUUUCUGACUUGUUCACUCUGAUUCAUACUUAAAUUACCCAGUCACUGAUUAUUAGUGUGUAUGUGUCUCUCUUUCUCCCUCUCUUUCUUUCUCUUUGUCUCUCUCAUUGUUUCUUCUUCUUUCUUUUGUCGGAGUAGCUGAUAUAUCCUGUUUUCUUAGAGAUCUCUCUCUCUCUCUCUCUCUCUCUCUCUCUCACUAUAAACAUGGUUUCAGCCUUUGAGAAACGUAGCUGACAACUUUAAAAAUGUUGACAUGUUAAAGGUCUGUUUCACCUGUCUGACCCACAUGGGAGGGAUCAGCUUUGCUACUGGCUGACAUGCUUCUAUCCAAUCACACUGACAGAGGCUGAGCAGGCAGGGUCAGGAUAAAUCUCUGUGACAAUUUCAGUUGUCUGACGUCCCUUAAUGACCAAAAUUCAAUUCACAUUGAACAAAAACAGUGUUUUAACCCAACGUUAUUGAAGAAUAUUGGGGUAUUACAUAUUAUUUCCAAAGUCUAUGCCUUGUUUCUGAUACCUAUUUAAUAGCCUUUUACAUGAUUUUCAGGUUUUAAAAAAAGCCUUGUGUUUUUCACUUUGGUGUAUAAAAACAUCAUUACUUCUGUCUGAAACCUCAUUUUAGAUGCUGUCUUUUACGUACUCCCCAAUUAAGUUUACUGUCAUUGAAUCAUAGUCUAAUGUGUCUGUACUGGGCUCAAAGCCAUAAUGCAGGGCAGAUUUAAGCUGACUUUAAUGUUACAAACUAAGACCAAGCAGAAACAAAAACAGAAACAGUGUAACUGAGACUCAACAGGGACAAAUUAGGUUGUAUUGGGACAAAGGAAAAAGUACCUAGAAAGUGAAUUUCGUUCCACUUUUCAUAAAAAUUCAUUAUUCAUAAAAUAGCUCUAUUGAUAGUAAGUACUAAAAAAAAAAUCUACUCAUGCCAUCCAGUCGAUUUUUAGUAAUCAGUGUUUCGGUGUCAAACUAUUUCCUUUCUGUGGCAUAGUGAUACUUGCACACACGCAAUCGAAUAUGCAAAGGGGUGAAGCGAUUUUUGUCACGUGGACCAAUAGGAGCCGAGUCUCAUUGCCAUAGUAUCAGAAAUACACAAACAUGGCGACGACCGCAUCUAGCAGCGAGACAAGCAAAGAGGAAGAAAAGAAAGGAAAAAAAGAAAGCAGCCUUCAAAAGUUGAAACAAUGCUAUAUGCAUCUGUCAUCUGUCCAGAGUGAAGACGUUCUCAACUUUACAAGGACACAUUGGGAAACUUACAGAACUAGUAUUAGAAAGUGGCUUUCUCUACAGGGUGAGACAAAGGACCUUGCAGAAACUUAUAAACAUUGUGUUGAUAUCGACUUUGACAAUGUUCCUGAUGACGCUGGGUUUCACAUGACAUGCUACCAGCGAUUUAUUUGCAAAAGGCGUUUGAGAAACAAGAACGUGAUGCAGUCGCUGGUCAGUCAAACCCUUCAGCCAGCAUCGCCGAUGCAUCCACGUCCACGGCAUCUGAAACUGUAAAACACUAUCAGGGGCAGGAUUUGUAGUCAUCCAUCUCACUGCCAACUCCCCAUCCUCAAUGUGCCACCCAUUGUGCAUCCAUACAUUCACAGGUUGUGGCUUGACCAGUGCCUUUCAUGGCAAGAGCAAAAGAAAAACAUUUACUGUUGCUUGUCAGAAAGAAGAAUACCUGACUGGGUUUGCAAAUCUGGGCAACAAUUUUAACCAAUCCACCUUUAACACGCUGAGUAAUUAUGUGUGCCACCUGUAUGGCCAGUCAUCUGCCAAAAAUGUAAAUGAUGCCAGAUACAAAUCUUUCUGCAUGGCCUCGUCAGCUUUGUCAGAACUGUCCAUUCCCCCAACAAGUGACGCCCUAUACCAACACUGCAUGAGAGCAAACUACCAAGCAGCGGUGAUGAAACAUUCUCUGACUGGUAAAAUGUGUGCCCCCUCGCACAUUGGCAAUGGGUGGCACAUUAGUGAGAUGGAUGACUACAAAUCCUGCCCCUGAUAGUGUUUUGCAGAUAGUCCACUGUAGUUGCAAGACAACCAAAUGUGAGACUGAACGAUGUUCUUGUAUGUCUGCAAGACUAUCUUGUACAGAUUUAUGUCGGUGCCAAGCAUGUGAGAAUGCUUCAAAGGAAACAGAAGAAAGAGCUGUAUGGGAUGAUGACUCUGAUGAAAGUGAUAGUGAUACAUAAUAUACGCACCAUGUCACCAUGUACAAUUUGUUUUGUUUAAAGGAUUGCUACACCAAGAUUUGAGAUUUUUAUUAUUUUUAUAUUUGUUCUACAUUUGUCUGCGUUUGUGUUUUGAUCUUUAUUUUCAUAUUCUGGAGGGAUUGAUAAAUGUCAGAUGUUUUGACACUGUGAUACAUGAAUAAAUGUUUUAUACCAUAUUUUGAAUUAAUUCAGACCUAAGUGCAUUUAUUUUUGUCUUGUUACAUUUUUUCCAUUAUUCCAAUUUUGGGGGGCGUGGUAGCAAUUUGAUUGACUUUCAGCCAUUUAUGGCCAUGAUGUGCUGUUUAUAUUUUAUUGCUUUUAUUACACAGUAGGUUGUGUCAUUUUUAUGUAUGAAACAUAAGCUUUUAGCUAAAUUUACUGUAUAUAUUUCAUUGUGCUGGGUGCAAAUCACUUGAGUUGAGACGUUUUCUUCAAGAAAUUUGCUACAUUUCAUAAUCUGAAUUCACUUAUGCGUAUACUAAGGCACCAAUAAGUGUUUCAGAUGUUAGGUAGAUGUAUUUAUGACAUUUGAGAAAGAUUUUGUCUUGCCAGAAUCAACAUAACAGUUUCUACAAGCAAAAACAGCAGCACCAUGUAAUUGUUUUUUGGGUUACUCACAUAUAUGUACAUUUCUGGCUGGUGACAAAAGUCGGACAGAUAGUCUGAGUAGAUAUUUUAACCCAAAGUCCAGAAUGGUAAUGUCUAUGCAAAAAUUCAUUGAACAAGUAGCACCAGCGUAGUUGAACGAAAUUCACUUUCUAGGCUCUUUUUCCUUUGUCCCAAUACAGCCUAUGACCUUGAGCGAAGUUUCUUUCACGGAGUUUCAGAUGCCAUGGACGUAGAUGCAUUGGCGAUGCUGGCUGAAGGGUUUGACUGACCAGCGGCUGCAUCAUGUUCUUGUUUCUCAAACGCCUUUGCAAAUAAAUUGCUGGUAGCAUGUCAUGUGAAACCCAGCGUCAUCAGGAACAUUGUCAAAGUCAAUAUCAACACAAUUUUUAUACGUUUCUGCAAGGUCCUUUGUCUCACCCUGUAGAGAAAGCCACUUUCUAAUACUAGUUCUGUAAGUUUCCCAACGUGUCCUUGUAAAGUCGAUAACGUCUUCACUCUGGACGGAUGAUAAUUGCAUAUAGCAUUGUUUCGUUCCUCUUUUUAUGAACUUUAGUAGGCUGUUUUCUUUUUUUCCUUUUUUUUCUUCCUCUUCGCUUAUCUCGCUGCUAGAUGCGGUCGUCGCCAUGUUUGUGUAUUUCUGAUACUAUGGCAAUGAGACUCGGCUCCUAUUGGUCCACGUGACAAAAAUCACUUCACCCCUUUGCAUAUUCGAUUGCGUGUGUGCAAUUAUCACUAUGCCACAGAAAGGAAAUAGUUUGACACCGAAACACUGAUUACUAAAAAUCGACUGGAUGGCAUGAGUAGAUAUUUCUUUUAGUACUUUGUACCAAUAGAGCUAUUUUAUGAAUCACAGUUUAUGUUGCCCCACUAAAGUGGAAUGAACCAACAUGAUCUCACUCAGCCAAUACAGCCUAAAUGCAAGGAACUAAGACUGAGAAGAAAAAACUACAAUAAAACUGAGCCUGAAAAAGAUACAAGUGCAGUGAAACUAAGACCAAAAAUGGAGAGAUACAGUGAACCUGAGACUCAGUGAAGAAAGGAAGAGUGGGCCUAAGACUCAGAGGACACAGAAACAGUGAAACUGAGACUGAGCAGAGACGGAAACAGUGAACCUGAGACUCAGUGGACACAGAACCAGUGAAACUGAGACUGAGCAGAGAUGGAAACAGUGAAACUAAGACUCAACAUAGACAGAGAAAAUGGGUCUAAGACUCAGCAGGGACAGUAACAUUGAAACUAUGACUAAACAGAGACAGAAACAGUGAAACUGAGACUCAGUGGCAACAGAAACCGUGAUAACUGAGACUCAGUGUUUUAUUUAGUCCUGUCAACAGGGUAAUCAUCAGUAUAACAGCCACCCUUCCAGAUCACUUUACAUUGAAGAACAGAUAUCAAGAACAGUAGCAGACAGGUGGAACACCUGCUUCUCUAAAACAACUGUACAACACAAACGCAACCGUACACGCCCCCCCCCCCCAUCCCCCCCCCACCAUCUCUCUACUCUUACCAAAUUACCCAGCUGUCUUUGCAGUGCCGACAGGCAGCUGUUAAUUAGCCAAUCUCAUGCUCCGUUAGCCAGCCGCAGAGACAGAACGAGGUGGAGGAAGAAUAUACAGAGAGAUGGAAAGAGAGGAGGGGGAGAGGGGGGAGGGGGGGUGAAUAGAAAGAGAGGAACAGAUUGUUACAGGGGGAGAGGAAGAGGAGGAGGGUGAAUAGAGGAGGAAGAGCAGCUUGAGAACAGCAUGCAAAGUUUCCUGAAGAGAGGGAGAGGGGGAGGAGCUGUUCACAGAGAGAGAAAGGGUGGAAGAGUAGGGUGAAGAGUGAUGAAGAGCUAAACUCUCUCUAUUGAAGAAUAUAAAGAGAAAAACAGGCUGACCCACUCAGCUUCAUCAUUAGACCAGUGAAAACAUUAACCUGACCUGGUGCUGGUCCUUGUCCUGGUCCUAGUUACUUUUGAUGAUUUAAGUUUAAUUAUUGAAAUUAAAAUCAAAUUGAUAUUCUGGUUAAAUGAUGUCCGUCCUUCCAGAGAAGUAACCUUCUUACUAUGGUACUUAGAAAUAUAAUAAUAUUAUUGAAUUAGAAAUGUAUUAGUUGUAUUGAUUAGAAAUAUAUUAUAAAUGAAUAUUCACUUUUUAAUUACUAGUAUGUCCAUAUUCUAAACAGUUUCUAUUCAUCUCAUUUCGUUAAAUCCAUAAGUUUCCAUAUCUAUAAAUAUCUGAGGUUACUGUGUCACUUCUUCUUCCCUUGAUUCCACAUGAGCAUGGGAGGAUGGCAAUCUCAGCUGGGAACUGUGUAGGUUUGUGUGGAUUGACAAAAAAAAAAAAAAAUCAAGAGACUUUUUGCAUUCUUGUGAAUUUUGUUGCAGUGAAAACUGUCAAGUUUGUGUGCAUUAUCAUUUUUCUAAUAUAUCAUUUGAACUUACUUUUUGGGUCAGGUUUUUUAUAUUAACACCCACCAGGCUCCUAGAGAUGAACUUUAUUUCAUUUUCUGGUUCUUCAGUUAACUCCAUUGUUAAAGCUUUGUGAGAGUUACAAAAGGGUACUUACUGCUGUUAGCCUCAAUGCUAAUGCUACAGAGGCUUUAGGACUGUAAGUUAAACAGUUAGCUGCUCUGCUAACACUACAAAUAUAAGAUACAAGUAAGCUAGGUGAGUUUCACGGGUGAUCAGGUGACACUGAAACAGCAUUCAACUACCGUGUCCUCACUGUGUCCUCCAGCUGACAGCAGAGUUACUCCUCACACUCUGUUUUUAAUUUUCAUACUUGUUAAACUGGAACACAAACACAUUUUUAGUCACACAGAAUCAGACACAGAGGAGAAUAAAGAGGAGACAGUUAGAGUAAAUUGAAAACAGCAGAGCGCUGCCAUCAUCAUCAUCAUCAUCUUCACUCCAUUAACUUUUUACACACCCACACACACGAGCACACACAUAUACACACACAGAGACCAUUAAAGAAACGAAAACCGAUUUCAGAGACACACAAAGAGAUAAAAACAGAGUUCAAGUCUACAUCAGUUAGACCAUUAAAAUUAACAACUAAAACCAAUGUCAUGACAUUAUUUACAUUUAUCAUAUUAAUCACAAUCACAUUUGUAAGAUGUACCAUGUCAAUCCCAUCAUUCACAUGUAUUAUGUAUUUCUAUCACAAAGUUAGAGGAACAGAUGUCAGGAGUAUUUUGGAUUUAUUAUUUUUUUUAUUUUCUCCUGUAUUAUUCCAUGCUUUGGUCUAACAGAUUAAGGACAUGUUAACUGUGAUUGUUCAAGCUCUGUAAAUAUGUGAGCAUCAGGAGUUUAUGUACACUGCAUUCAGAGAAUUACACUUUCAGAGAGAGAGGGGGAAAGAGGAGAGAGAGGGCUGUGGAGCAGUUGUAGUCUCAGUUUCAUUAAAAAACACAGUUUGAUCAGCAGCUAUGUGUGUGUGUGUGUGUGUUCACACGCGCUUGUGUGCAUGUGUGUGUAGGCUCUCCUCUGGGAUUAAUCCUCCAAAAUCCAAUCAGACCGCUUCAUUUCCACUGACGGCCAUUUUGGUUUUAUGAGCUCAGACAGGAGCUGCUCUCUAUUACACUCCUUCAUCACCCUCACCUUCACCCCCCUCAUCUUCCUCAACCUUAACCUCCUCUUCCUCGACAUCCUCAUCCUCUUCUUUCCACCAGUAUCUUCUUCCUCAUCCUCCAAAUCUUCAUUUUCAGAAUUUAGUUUUCUCUGGGUGUUUGUGAUAAACAGAGUCAUGUACCAACCACUUGUCACGAAUAAUAACUCACACUUGCGAACACACGCACACCCACACACUCUGAAAAAUGUAUUUCUUCAUCUAGUCCUCAAAACACCUGUCGGGGUAAAAUGUCUGUUUUUACAGCUGUCUAUCAUGUGAUAAACAGAGUCAUGUACCAACCCCUAACAUGUAAUGUAGAGUUUUAUACUGUUAAAUGGAUUUCUAGGUGCACUGCUGAGUUAACAGUCUAUUAAAAGGACUUUUAGGUGCGCUGAAGAGUUUGAAGUCUGUUAAAAGGAUCUCCGAGUGUGCUGCAAAGUUGACAGUCUGUCAAAAGGAUUUCUUGGUGUGUUUCCGGGUUUACAGGCUGUUAAAAGGAUUUCUGAGAGUGCUGCAGAGCUUGGUCUGCUGUAAGGAUUUCUGGGCGUGCUGCAGAGUUUACAGUCUGUUGAAAGUAUUACUCAGAGCACUGAAGAGUUUAGUCUGUUGAAAGGAUUUUUUUCAGAGCACCGAAGAGUUUAGUCUGUUAAAAGGAUUUCUAAGAGCGCUGCAGAGUUGACAGUCUGUUAAAAAGAUUUCUGUGCAUGCUUCAAAGUGUACAGCCUGUUAAGGAUUUCUGUGUGCGCUGCUGAAUUUAGUCUUUUAAAAGGAUUUCUGAGAGUGCUGAGUUUACAGUCAGUUGAAAGGACUUUUGAGUGUGCUGCAAAGUUUAACGUGUGUUAAAAGGAUUUCCGGGUACAUGCAGAGGUUACAGUCUAUUGAAAAAAAUUCUCAGAGCACUGAAGAGUACACAGUCUAUUAAAAGGAUUUCAAAGUGCCCUGCAGAUUUAAGUCUGUUUAAAAGAUAUCUAAGAGUCCUGCAGGGUAAACAGCCUUUUAAAAGGAUUUCUGAGAGUGAUGCAGAGUCUACAGUCUGUUCAAAGGAUUUUUGAGUUGCGCUGAAGAGUUAACAGUCUGUUAAAAGGGUUUCUUGGCUUGCUUGAGAGUGUGUUAAAAGGAUUACUGCUGCAGAAUGUAGUCUUUUAAAAGGAUUUCUGAGAGGGCUGCUGAGUUUUCAGUCUGUUGAAAGGACUUCUGGGCAUGCUGCAUAGUUUACAGUCUGUUAUAAGGAUUCCUCAGAGCACUGAAGAGUUUACAGUCUGCUGAAAGGAUUUCUCAGAGCACUGACAAGUUUAGUCUAUUAAAAGGAUUUCUCAGAGCACUGACAAGUUUAGUCUGUUAAAAGGAUUUCUCAGAGAGCUGCAGAGUUUACAGUCUGUUAAAAGGAUUUCUGGGAGCACUGCAGAGUUUAGAUAGAUAGAUAGAUAGACAGACAGACAGACAGACAGACAGACAGACAGACAGACAGACAGACAGACUUUAUUGAUCCCAAACUGGGAAAUUCUCUUGUUACAGCAGCAAAAACAAAAUACAAAAUAACAUUAAAUAUAAGAAGAAGUAAGUACAAUGCAGACUUAAAGUACUAAGUAUAUACAAUAAAUACAGAUUAAAUAUACUAAACAUCCUUAGAGAUAAAAGUGAGAUAUGAAGAACGUAGGCUAUUGAAAUGAGUAAUAAAUAUGAAAUGCAAAAUAUUACAGACGGGGUGAUAGAUAUACAGACAAUUUAAGGUGCUCAGUAAUGUGAUGUGGUAGAAGCAUAGACUGUAUAAAGAAUAUAUAUAUAUGUGUAUAUAUAUAUAUAUAUAUAUAUAUAUAUAUAUAUAUAUAUAUAUAUAUAUGGGUCAAUGACGUGACGCCUCAAUAUUCUGUCCGGCUGUAUUUUCAUUAGGUUACAAAAAGUUUUUAAUGUAAAAAAAUAUACUAUCUAUGUGUAGUAUCUGUCUAAUAUAUGGAGCCACUUUUUUGUAAUUUUUUUUAACUUCAAAGUGUCAAAAUAUCAUGUGGUGCGACCGUCCGGCCGUGACUUCUGUUUUGAAAACUUCUUUGAAAUUACUCUAAAUCUAUUACAAUUUAGUUUCUACAAUAUUCGGCAUAAUUUUGAAAGUGUUUUUUAUUCCUGUACAAAAUUGCAAAGCUUUUGCAGUUAUAUUUUUUUCAUAAAAUACAAACAAAUUUUGUCCGAUCGUGUCUAUGCAUUAAAUAUCAUGUGGUGCGACCAUCAAAAAAUGACAAUUUUUGACACUUUUAUGCUGAAAUUUACUCAAGGACAGGAAGUUGCAUCAUUUAUCAUUUUGUCGUAGAGCUAUGGAAGCAGAAAGAGAGUUGGUGGCUCUUUCAUUUCUUAAAAAAAAAAAAGACCUUUUCAACUGCUGUAAUGGUGUUGCUACUUUUGGAUGUCAUGUGGUAUGACCUCAAAAAAACCAAUUAAUUUAAGUUAUUUCCACAAAUAUGUGUUUUGAUUAUAAAUUUAAUAGUGAGCUUUUGUGGGAAGCUAGUGAGCUUUGUUUAUGUGACUAAUCCUGUAUCAGUAAGAUUUGACUGAACUCGAAAAUGUCAUGCGGUGCGACCAAUUAUCAUGUGGUAUCAUAAUUAUCAUAUAUGCCCUAGAUUGGCAGUAUUUACGCUUUUUAUUUUCAAUUGAUGAUUUAUAAACACUAAGUACUUAAUUUCUAGUAUUAUUUUGAAUUUUUUUUAUUUGAUGAGUCAUUUUGCUAAUAUAUCUGAAGUAAUGGUUAGUUCAUCUCUGUGCAAAAUAAGAAAAAAAAUAUUAAAAGCAUGCCAUUUCACUUAAGGUAUUUAUGCCGUUGUUAGCAAUUUAUUAACUUUCAUGUAUCAAUUUAAGUCAUUUUAAUUUAUUUUACCAGAUGCCACUGCCAAGCAAAGUUAAAAGCGCUAGCCAUAGGCAGCGUGUCAACUCUGACCCUGCAGCAUGUUGUUCAUGCCAGGGCUGGUCAAAGAUUGGGCCAUGAUUGUUGACAUCGCUGCAUGGAUGGUGAGAGGAGCGCUUCGCCAAGAGCGUUAUAUUCAUGAUUGUUGAAAUCCGUUUGAUUUACCUGAUGACGUUCUCUAUGAACGUUACAGGUUUUCCUCGGACAGCCUCAAUAUUCAGGUAGCAUGAAGUCGAAGCAAUACACUAAUAUUUGCCAAGCUCCAAGUUCCAGUUUCAUGCGGCAUAUCAGUCAUCAUUCAGAAUUUAUUUAAGCAGAUUAGAAAACUCUCUUAACCCCAAAUGUGUCUGCAGAUGACAUGUGACCAUCAGAUGAUGGAGAAAAAAGAAAAAGAGGCUGUGUGAGGAAAUCACUGUUAACGCGUUGAAAUAUGUACAAAUAAAAUCUGCCAAUAAACCUACAAACUACUUUAAAGGAUGUUUUUAGAUUUAUUUUUAUUUGCUCCCACGUACUCUUUUCCCCACUGCUGUUGUGUCUGAAAUAAUUAGGUCUAUGAUGGAGGUGAUCACACACGCUGCAUGACAACAUAUUAGGGGGCCAUAAAUUUAUGAACGCACAAAUGUAAUUUACACGAUCAAUGAUUUUUUUGCCAGCAAUCCCUCCGGCUUUUAGUGGCUGCAGAUGUCCUGCUCCUCACUGUUAUAAUGUUGCGGUACUCCUCAUAUUUGCGUAAAAUAAUGCUCUGUUCCUCAGCUGUGAAAUAUGACGUGCAGCCUUCUCCAUUGUGGAGAUUGAUGCGGUGGCACUGACCCCGCCCCCUUUACAUGUGCGUGCACAGAUCUAGACUGACCACAACUGAAUUUAGUUAGCGAGUUGUUAUCCUGCCUCGUAGUACAUCUGAUCGGGAUUACGGAGGUCUGGUGAAGUCGAGUGAGUUGUGGCAGAGUUAUCCUGGGUGUGUUAAUCCAGCUUCGUAGUGCAGGUCUCUGGACCACAUACACAAACACACACAGUUAAAUUUUUCUCAAAAAGGGAAAUAAAAUGUUUGUGUUCAUGUUUGAAAUGUUAAUAAAAUUUGGCUUGAAUAUGAAAUUUGCAUGAAAUUAAUUGUUCAUAGGUCUCUUUAAAUUGAUUUUUAACAAUACAAGGUCUUCGGGUCAUUUGGCGCGACCACCAAUCAUGUGGUGCGACCAAUAAUAACAUUAAUUGUAUCAAAUACAAACUAAAAUAUCUAAUUUCUGUAACUGAGACAUUAAUACCUGAUACAAUAGGCUUACAUGAAAGGUAGUUUCAAAACAUUUUUAUCAGUAUGAUGCAAUUUAAAGAAAAAAAUAGUCAGUGAACUACAUUUGAUAUAGCGACUGUGACAUUAUAGAGCUAAUAUAUAAGAUCAUUAUUUACAAAAACUCAAAUAAAAUGCCAACGCUUUGUUCCUAUGUACUUGAUAUUACCGACAAUUUUUAAAAAACUAUGGAGUAUGUUGAAAAAAUGUAAUAAUUUUGAGAUAAAUGAUGGUCGCACCACAUGACAUUUUUUAAGGCCACGGGCAAUUCAUCUAUAUGAAAAAACACUAAAAUUGCCUAAUUUAAAAAUUAAACUUUAAUUUUUGUAUACAUAACAUCCUCAGUGUUUGAACUGUUGCAAAAGAUAUUCUUAUUUUUGGAAUUUUAAUAUUGGCAUGUUGAAAAACCUUAUACGUCAUUGACCCAUAUAGUAAAUACAGUCUAUGGGUAGGAGUUUUAAAAAAUGGACUAUACAGCAGACAGAUGUAAGUCCCUGUCUGACAGAUGAGAGUUAUUAAAUAGUGCAAUAGCUUGUGGCAGGAACGAUUUCCUGUAUCUGUCCCUUCGACAGCGGAGCUGCAACAGUCUAUUGAAAGGCCUUUGAAAGGGCACUGAAGAGUUUGAACUGUGUUACAAUGAUCACUGAGUCUGCUGUGAAGCAACAAGUCUGCAUUUUUUUUUAGUGUGCUGCAAUAUUUAGAGUCAGUUAAGUGUAUUACUGAGAGUGCUACAGGAUUUAGUGUGUUUGAAGCAUCUCUGCUGCCCAAAUCUGUAAAUCAGUGGAAUUUAGAAAUAUAAUUUAUCCCUAAAUUAGAGUGCUUUUAUUUACUUAACAGAGAAAUCCAGUGAGCUCCACUGUGAUAAAACAAUCAAAAGAGGACAGAUCCUGACUAACUACAGACUCAGUGAGCAUAAAUUGGCUGUAGAAACUGGGUGAUAUCAGAGAGAGGGGUUAGACAGGACUCAGAGUCUGUGCUGACUGAGAAACAGGACAGAUGCAGACAGAAAUUCAUUUCGUCUAACCCUAACCCCAUAUAUAGGGACCAUGGUCCCCGCAGUGAUCGUGGGUUCAAGUCCGGCCCCAACUAUGUGCUGCAUGUCCUCCCCACUCUCUCUCUAUGUCCCCACAUUUCACCCUGUCCUAUCAAUAAAAAAGGCAAAAAUCACCCUGUAGUGGCUAAGCCCCAGCUUGAAGCCACUGAGGGGCUGCAGGACAGGCUAAACUUAACAACGCGCUGACUACACUUACUGGCACGUCCAAUGAAAUCAAGUCUACUCCUUGUUUGCUUAAUGUGACCUUUUAUUUCUCAAAUUUUUUGUAGAAAGAUCAAGUCCAACAACACAGCAAUGUAUCGGUAACGGAGAUAGCGGUGCCAAAAGCAUAUCUUGUAGCGGUUGAAAAACUGUGCGCUCUUCCGUCUGGCAACACCUGCUCAGUGACACAAAGUUCCCAACUUUAUAACAAAAAGAAAACACACCCACCACCCGCUGGCAUAAAUUGGUAUUUCAGUGAGACAAAAAUGGCUCCUACACACUGGCCCCUAAUUGUAAUAAAUACCAGACAUACAAUUCUUUCAAAUAUAAACCAGGGAGCCAUAAUCAAAAAUGAUACAAUGAACACAUUUUACAGCACAAUAUUCUUUCAUGUAUCAUAUUCAUGUGAAUCUUUGACCCUUUGACCUUCUAUUCUGUACCCUCACAAAGCCAGCAAAGCUUUGUCACAGGACGUUCAAUGACACUUGAUUUUGUCUGUAAACGUACUGAACGCACCAGGCCUUUUUUAUCCUGAAAAACCUCCAAGACUCUUCCUAAUGGCCAGGAGCCUCUUGGGGCAGUAGCAUCCAUUAUGACCACAAUAUCUCCAGGUUUUAGAUUCCUCCUUUCCUGAUUCCACCUUUGCCUUUCCUGCAAUAGAGGUAGAUAUUCCCUUCAUGAGCAGAAUAUGGUUGGGGGUGAGCAGUUCCAGAUCGUUUGGAUUAUCGGAGAGCUUGGUGAUGGGACGAUCAUUUAAGAUGGCUUCAGCUUCACACAUCACUGUUUGAAGUCCAUCAUCAUCCAGUCUUUGCUGUUGAAGCACUGAACUCAGAAUCCUUCUUACCAUGCGGAUUACAUGCUCCCAGACUCCACCGUGAUGUGAACCUGCUGGGGGAUUGAAACUCCAGUUAAUUACAUCCUUCCUCAAAGCUCCUUGAAUCUGCUCAUGAUUCAGUGAUGCAAGCGCCUCUCUUAGCUCUCUCUCUGCUCCUAUAAAGGUAGUUGCAUUGUCAGAUUGAAUAUGAGCAACUUGACCUCUUCUGCAGAUGAAACGACGAAGAGCAUUGAUGCAUGAAUCUGUAUCCAGAGUUAGCAACUUCCAAAUGGACCGCUCUGGUGGUUAAACAGGUGAAAACCAUGCCAUAGCGCUUGACUGUACCCCGUCCUUUGCUUACAAUAAUUGGUCCGAAAUAGUCAAUGCCAACAUUGGUAAAUGGCGGAUAAUUGGGAAGAAUCCUUUGCUUCGGCAAAUCUGCCAUUUUUUGCUCCAUCAUUCUUCCAUUAUACCUCCUGCAAACAUCACAUUCUGCAAUGACCUUUCUGACAGCUGAGUUGGCACUUGUGACCCAGUACCUUCUUCUCAGUGUAGACAGAGUGUGAUUGCGUCCACUAUGGCCGAACCGUGUGUGAAUGUGCUUCAGGAUAAGAGUAGUGACAUGUUGAUCCUUUGAGAGUAGAAGUGGAUGUUUAGUUUCCUCUGGCAGCGAGCCCUUAGUUAACCGCCCUCCAACUCUCAGAAGCCCAUUAUCCAAAUAUGGAUCCAACCUGUAAAGAAUGCUGCUUCUACUCACAGUAGCCUUCCCAGAUGACAGUGCAGCAAUUCCUUCUCCAAAUCUUUGUUGCUGACAAUACUGAAUGAUAGCAAGUUCAGCCUCCAAAAGUUCCUAAACUGUCAAAGCUUGUUUCUUAGGCGUGUCUGAUCUUAUUUUGCUGGUAUUGGAAGCCUCCGUCUCCUUCCUCCUCUGACAUUUUUCCAGCAGAAUGCCUUUCAGCCUAAGAAACCAGGCAACAGAUACUUUAAGCUUCAUCCAGCUUGAAAAGUAGGCUAUUAGCCGACCAGUGGCUUCAGGUGAACCUUCCACAUGGAUGACAUUCACCAUGGCUUCCUUCUUGACCUCUGUGUCAGUUACUGAUAUAGCAAUCUCUACCAGCUUUGCUGGCCAGUUACCUUCUGGUUCAUACAGAAACUUUGGACCCUGAAUCCACCUGUUGUCCUGUAUGAAAUUUCCAACUCUCACUCCUCUGGAUGCAAUAUCCGCAGGAUUUUCUUUAGAGCUCACAUACCUCCAUUGUGAAGUUUUAGUGGCCUCUCUGAUAGUUGAGAUCCUGUUGGCUACGAACGUAUGGAAACGCUUGUUCUCAUUCAUGAUGUACUUCAGCACAGACGUGCUAUUCGUCCAGAAGACUGACUCCUGCAGCUGAAGCCUCAGCUCUGCCUUUAGCAUGAGGUCAACACGAACAGCCAGGACAGCUGCCGUCAGCUCCAAGCAAGGAAUGGUAACUGUCUUUAGAGGUGUAACUCUUGCCUUACCAAUCAGAAAUGCAACAUGGAUGUCAUUUUUUUUAUUCUGCAUCCUGAGAUAGGUGACAGCUCCAUAUCCUGUUUUACUAGCGUCUGAAAAAUGAUGUAACUGAGCAUGUAUGGGAUGUCCAAAAUCCUUAGGUUUAACACACCUUCCAACCUUAAACUCAGAGAGCAUAUCCAGGUCUUCCAUCCAUUUUGUCCAUUGAUGCAAAAUGUCCUGGGGUAUGGUCUCGUCCCAUCCAAAAUUUCUUCUGCACAGCUCCUGUAGCAUGCUUUUAGCAGCACAACUGGUGCAAGAAACCCCAGAGGAUCAUACACAGAGCUAGAGACGGACAACAUUCCUCUUCUAGUGCAAGUCUUUUGCUGGACCUCCAUCUUGAAAUUAAAUGAGUCAGUCUCAGCUCACCACUGAAGCCCAAGAGCUCUUUCCACAGACAGUUGGUCUUUAUCCAGAUUGAGUUCUUUCAGAUCCUUAGCUCUGUGCUCCUCAGGAAGAGUUUGCAGCAUGGUACGAUUAUUGCUAAUCCAUAGAGUGAAACCUCCCCGCUGGCAGAGAAAAGUCAUGGAGUCAGAUCAUUAACCAUGUGUGUGGCUUCCUCUUCUGUGCCCAUGCUUUUCAGCCAAUCGUCCACAUAAAAGUUCUCUUUGACUGUCUGAACCACUGCAGCUGGAAAGUCAAGCUGAUUGUCAUCUGCUGUUUUUCUUAAAGCAAAGCUGGCACAACUUGGGGAGGACACUGCCCCAAACAGAUGGACAGUCAUGCGGAAUUCAGCCACCUCCUUGGUCAGAUCUCCCUCUGGCCACCACAAAAAGCGCAGGAAAUCUCUGUCCUCCUCUGCUGCUUUGACCUGAUGGAACAUUGCUUCGAUGUCACCCAUUACUGCCACCGGUUCCUGUCUGAACCUAAUGAGGACCCCUAGCAAUGUACUGGUGAGGUUUGGACCUUGCAAGAGCUGUUGGUUCAGCGACGUUCCCUUGCAUGCUGCACCACAGUCAAACACCACCCGCAGUGUUCUCUUCCUUGGAUGGUAUACGCCGUGGUGAGGAAUAUACCACACCUUUCCAAUGUCACCAUCAAGCUGCUGCGCAGGUACUUGUUCUGCAUAGCCCUUACUGAUCAUCCCAUUGAGGGAAGUUUUAUAUUCCUCAUAAAACUGCUCAUUGUUAAGGAACUUCCUUUUCAGACCUUGCAACCUUUGUUUAACCACAGAGAAGUUGUUGGGCAGAGACACAUCCUCCUUCUUAAAGGGUAACUUCAAGCUGUAAUGACCCUCUCUGAGUGUAGCAGAACUUUCCACAAUCUCCAUGAACCUCCUGUCCUCCCUUGAGAGCCCCUUUUCCUCUGUAGCUCUCUCGUUAAAGUCAUGGUUGUACUGCUCCUUUAGCAUAAUUUCCAACCUGCUCACAGAAAUCCUGUUCACAACCACUGAAGGGACCUCGUCUUCCAAGCUGCUUCCAUUUCCAUGUAAAGGGCCAUUAAUUAUCCAUCCCAAUGCUGUUCUUAUAGCAUACGGGCCUUCCCCUUGGCUAUUUAUGACCUCCCAAGGCUCUAAUAGCUUAGGAGCGUUGCUUCCAAUCAACAGAUCCACAUUAGCCUUUAUGCUGGGAAUUUUUAUCUUUGACAAGUAGGACCACUUUGCCAGAUCUUCAGUCACAAUGUUGUCUGUGCUUACAGGCAUUUUCUUUUGGGUGAGGAUUUCAGGAAGGUUGUAGAAAAGGUUAGUCUCCAAACCAGCUAUUUCUAAGCCAGAUACUGAAUAGGCAGGGACCACCCUUUCCUGUCCCAUAGUUUGAAGGAGAAAGUUAGUUUGUCUGCCAGAAAGAUUUAGCCUCUGCAUAAGCUGUUCUGAACAAAAGGUGGCGGUACUGCCAGGAUCCAUAAAUGCAUAAGUGUUGAUGAUACGGUCUCCUUUGAUGGAUUUAACUCGGACUGGGAGGAUGGAAAGAAGACAGCGAUCAUCUCCGGCCCCUGUAUGACCACACGUUUUAUGAGAUGCUGUGAUGUUACAUGCCACAGGCUCCUUGGAGUACUUUGUGUGUGUCUUAUCUUUGUCAUUUUGUUCAAUAUGAAGCACACUGGGGUGGCCUCGACUACAAACCCUGCAAGUCAAGCGCUUAUCACAGUUUUGACUCAUGUGCCCAGCACAUAAACAGCCAAAACAAAGCUCCCUUUCCUUUAGAAAGCUUAUUUUGUCUCUGUGUUUCUUCUUUUCAAAUUGCUGACAUGCUUCCAAUAAGUGGCUUCCAGAACAAUACACACAAGUUAACUUCUGCACAAAGCCAUGCACCGGUGAAUCCAACUUUAACCUUCUGGAGUUCUCCUCUGAUUGUGCUGGUGCAAUGGUGGUGGCGAAGCUGUUUCCUCUCGACUUACUCACUGGCUGUGACCUCAUCCUGGGGUUGAUCUUGGAAAUAGAUAAUCCAGAAGGAACAUCUCGAAUGUCACCAAAUAGAGGGUCAGAAAUUAUUCUGACAUGUUUUUCAAUGAAUGCAACCAGAUCCCUGAAAACAGCUCUAUGGUCAGAUGCUUCUAAUAUUUCGUGUGCCAAAGAGAGAGUAACUUUGCAAUGCAUUCACAUCUUCGGCUUUUAUUGCAGGCCAAGCCAAAACCCUUUCAAUGUAUGCAGUAGCGAUCUUAUACUCAUUGCCAAAGUGUUCUUGAAGCAGCCGUUUUGCUUGAGCAAAGCCGUACUCUGGAGCCAUAUGCUGGUAGCUCCAAACCAGUUCCCUUGGCUGCCCUCUGGUGAACUGCUCGAGAUAGUACAAGCAAUCCCCUCUGCUGACCUUCUCCUCCACUCCUUGCUCAAAGGCUCGCUUGAGGGAAAUGUACUGAAGAGGAUCCCCAUCAAAUAUUGGAAUGUAGGUUGUAGGUUCCAUAGGCUGUGAGGAUACGUCCAGUCGCACCGUGCAUGGCUGCCUAGCCUCCUCUGCUAUCAUAGCAGUUGGUGGAAGAUCAUGUGCUGGCAGUGACCAAUCCUUUACCUCCUGUUUGCUCUGAGUUGCUGGUUUGUACGUCUUUGCCAUUGGGUUGAGCCUUUUAGAAGCUGUUGCCUUUUUGUGCUUGUCCAGGUAGGAAUUCAUUGCAUUUGAUGCUGCUUUAGAACCACUUCGAGACUCAGAAGCUUGUAGCACUGAUAAUUUAGCAGUAGAUGCAGCUAGCUUUGCUUCCAGCUCCAGCUGUUGCUUUUUCCUUUUAAGCUGUUGCUCUUGUUCCUUCAAAGCAUGCAUUUUCCGUAAAGCUGCAGCAUGAGCAAGUAACUCUGCUCUUUCGACUUCUACUUUAAUUCUUGCCGCAGAAGUAGUGCUUGAGUUUACACUGUGUGAGCUUUUUCUGCUUGAAAGCUUGCUUGGUACAUUUGAAACACUGUCCUCUGAUUCACAUCAUCGUUAUCAUCCUCAACACCAUCAUCAUCAUCACCCUUUAAUGUCUGUUCAGCAACUGAGACCCACAUUUUCACAUGAGUAAUAAAUUCAUCAUUGGGUAUCAUUUUUGCUUUGAACCAUAUGCUGUGCUUUUCUUUUUCAUCAUCAGGCAAAAUAUCAAUCAAAGACCCGUGAACACCUUUGGCUUCAUCACACAAUUUGACCAAAUCAUCAAGAGCACGCUGAACCUUAACAUUGUCGUUGCUUUGCAUAAACCCUUUAAUUUUUUCUCUUAAGCCACCUGCCUUAUUUAGCUUAGCUUUCCUAGUAGCUUGCAAUUUAUCAAACCUUUCAGCUAAGGCUUUGGCAGUCAGAGUUACAACACGUUUUGGCUUGUCCUUUUGCGCACUAAUGUCAAUGUUCAUGUUCAUUUUGGCUGAUUGUGGAACAGCCUCUGCAGGAUUUCUCACAGUUUCACCAACAUCCAUAUUGAUUUAACCACACACGCAACAUCGAUCACGUUCGUUGUUCGCCCUCUUUGACCACCAAUGCAUUGGAUUUACGCACUGAACAACUGUGCACUUAAACAUGAAUGGCCAUUCAUAAAUUUGUAGCGCUACUACUCACGGUGGACGCCUUGAUGAUCCUGGUGAAUGACUCCUUUGCCGGCAGCAUUUGAAGAUUGGCUCCCGGUGUCCUCUCUCCCGGUGUCCUCUCUCCCGCCGGUGUCCUCUCUCCCGGUGUUGCAUGCGAUAGGUGAGCUCCCUCAGGUACCUUGAUGUCGGCUUUCCCGGAUCCCAUCAGCUAGAAACUGUAGCGUCGUCCACGACAUCCAACACCGCCUGGCGGUGGAGCUCUUCCCACUGACUUCAGCGGUUUUUCAACUUGAUGUAGUGGCUAAGCCCCAGCUUGAAGCCACUAAGGGGCUGCAGGACAGGCUAAACUUAACAACGCACUGACUACACUUACUGGCACGUCCAAUGAAAUCAAGUCCACUCCUUGUUUGCUUAAUGUGACCUUUUAUUUCUCACAUUUUUUGUAGAAAGAUCAAGUCCAACAACACAGCAAUGUAUCGGUAACGGAGAUAGCGGUGCCAAAAGCAUAUUUUAUAGCGGUUGAAAAACUGUGCGCUCUUCCGUCCAGCAACACCUGCCCAGUGACACAAAGUUCCCACCUUUAUAACAAAAAGAAAACACACCCACCACCCGCUGGCAUAAAUUGGUAUUGCAGUGAGACAAAAAUGGCUCCUACACACCCCAAAAAACAAGAAAAAAAAAUGUAUUCCAUCACACGCCCCAAAUAUAAGGAACACUUUGAAAAUAUAAAGUUAGGCUUUUCUGCUGUCCCCAAAGACAAACAGAUCCAGAUUCUUCUGAAUAAAGAGAGCUUCACAAUAGUGGACAGGAUGUUGAUGCAUGUCUCAGAGAUGACUUCAUUUGUAAGAUAGUUUCAUUCAGCGUUAAUGUUUUAAUUUUCUGUUUCAACACAAUGUCAGACAUGUUUAUGUGGUAUAUGAUUUUGUUUUAAAUAAUUCUGUGUCCUUUUUUACUAUGACGUCAGAUAUUUUACUGAUCUUUUUUUCCUUUUUUUUUUCAUCUUGUUAAUGGCACUAUAUGUAUAUUGUAUAUAUAGUAUGAGGUGUGUUAACGUAUUUUAACAUAUUGUUUUGUCGUAUGUUGCAUUUUUGUUUUUGUUAACCCUGAACAUCAUGGUAGUCAAGCCAACUGAACUGAACUGACUUGAGCUGAAACUAAACUGUCAGGGGAAAAAAGAGUCUAAUGAAGAGAAAAGAAAGGAAUCACAGCAUCUCUUUUGACAUCUUUAGAUAUCUCUUAUCAUCUUUGUGUGUGUGUGUGUGUGUGUGUGUGCAUGCGCGUGUGUGUGCGCGUGUGUGUGUGUGCGCGUGUGCAUGUCAGUGACAUUGUGUGUGACUCAUUCUUCUUAUUGUGCUGUGUGGAGGAGGUGCAGCCCUAAUAGUCGCUCUCUUGCUGACACACUAAUGACUACUUUCUCUUUCUCUGUCUUCCCCUUUCUCGCUCUCUCUCUCUGUAAUGAUAAACUCUCUUGCCCCAUUUGCUCCUCGUCACGCUUCUCUUUUCACGUCACAUGUCUAUAUCUCUCUUGAUAUCUACUACUACGGUAAAAAACUGUUUGUGUGUUAAUGUGUGUAGUUUGUGUGAAGUUGUAGUCUUUUGUUCUUCAGUGAGAUCAGAUCGACUCUAAAAAUAUCUUUGCUGUAGUUCCAGGUUUGAUAAAUUCACUGACUCUGUGUUUCCAUCAGACUGCAGACUGACUUUAUGAUGUCAUACAGAUAAUGAUGUCAUAGGUAUGAUGUUGUAGACUUACCAUAUAGGUUCAUCUUAGACCGAUGGACAGGUGCAGGUGUGUCUUGGUUGUGUGUCAGGUGUGUCUCAGGGGUGUUAGUGUCUGUGUGUGUCAGUACAGUAAACAUAUUAAAGAGAAAAAGCAGGUGAAUGCACCUGUUGUUCCCACCUGGACUCACCUGUCCCUCCCCCUCUUUCUAUCUCUCCCUCAGAUGACCUGGCCUAUGAGGUGCGUUGGUAUUUCACUCGUCUCCGUGGCGGUCUGGUGACCUCUCAGGUGGCGAGCAUGGACCGUUUUGGCGUGGUGAGGAAAGAUACUCGAAACUCAUCCAGCGAAAUUUCGAUCGAACGUAAAGACACACACACCUACUUGCUUAACAUCCAUGGCACCCAGGACAGGUGAGAGAUGCACACCUGGGAGAGUGUACACUUCCACACAUGAUGAAACGGAUCUAACUCUGUGUGUGUGCUUGUUUGUGUUCAGUGACAGUGGAGAGUACCAUUGCAUGGCCACGCCCUGGUACCUGUCCGCCUCCACAGGAGUGUGGACUCAGGCUGCAGAGCUGACUUCAACCAGAGUCUUCCUCACCGUCAAGUUUGCAGGUAAGUUUAUUAUAUUCACAUCAUUAACAGGUGAGGUGUAGACAACGGAACUAACAGUAUUUGAUGUCUUUAUGUAAGUGGUGGUUUAAUACAGUCAGUAGAUUCUAAAUACACUCUAACAGGAAUAAACUCUGGAAGUUUAACCAGUUGAAAACAACCUGAGUUUAAACCAUCUGUGUCUGUGAUUAAGUGAACUUCAGAUUCAGAAAAAAGAAGUGGAUGGAUCAUUGAUGUCUUUACAAAAAAUAAGAUUGUAAUAGCCAGACCAAGAGAAAAAACAAUGUCCUGUGAUGGCUCUGAUCCAACUAAUGGAUCACUUGCAGCCCUCUGAAUAAUACUGUAUUUACUCUGGUGGUCUUUAUAGGUCUUAAUAAUUCUGGAUUUAAGAAGAAGAAGAACUUUAUUGAUCCCCGAAGGGAAAUUCAAUUGUCUGUUGUCUCACAUAAUAUGUCUAUAAAAGUUAUCUAUUAUUUACAUAAAAGUUAUAAAGCCUGAUGGCUGUUGGUACAAAAGAUCUUCUAAAUCUUUCUGUCCUGCAGCAAAGAGAGAGGAGCCGUCCACCACCAUUGGCCCUUUGGUCCAUCAAGGUGUUGUGAAGUGGGUGAUCCGUGUUCUUUAGAAUAGUCUCCACCUUCCUCAGUGUAGAUCUCUCCACCACUCCUCCAGCUUGAGUCCAACCACAGAGCCAGCCUUUUUCACCAGUUUGUUAAGACGUCUUGCAUCUUUGUGUUUGAUGCUUCCUCCCCAGCAGACUGCAGCGUAGAACAGCACACUUGCCACCACAGACUGAUAAAACAUCUGCAGCAUCUUACGACAGAUGUCUAUUGAUCGGAGUCUUCACAGGCAAAAGAGGCGGCUCUGCCCCUUUCUGUAGAUGUAGUCUAUAUUCUUAGACCAAUCCAACUUAUUAUCCAGAUGUACACCUAGGUAUUUAUAUGAUGUCACCACAUCGAUGUCCACUCCACAGGUGUUCACCGGCUGAAGAGGGGGUUUGGAUCUACGGAAGUCUAUGACCAUCUCCUUUGUCUUUGAGGUGUUGAGGAGGAGGCAGUUUUUGUGACUCAAGUCACUGAAGGCUCCCAUUAGAUCUCUGUAUUUAGCUUCUUGUCCAUUUCUGAUACAUGCCACAAUAGUGGUGUCAUCUGAGAAUUUCUGGAUGUGGCAGGACUCAGUACUGUAUUUGAACUCUGACAUGUACAGUGUGAACAGGAAUGGCACCAGCACUGUCCCCUUGUGCCCCUGUACUGCUCAUGAAUGUCCCACAAACACAGUUCUCCAGCCUGACAAACUGUGGCCUUCCUGUCAGGUAAUCUGCGAUACCAGGAAACACAGGAAGGAUCCACUCCCAUCUCUGUGAGCUUGUCUUUGAGUAUGGUGGGUUGGAUGGUGUUGAAUGCACUUGAAAAGUUGAAGAACAUGAUCCUCACAUAAACCCCAGGUUCCUCCAGUUGAGACAGGGCACGGUGAAGCAUGUAGAGGACAGCAUCAUCCACUCCAAUGUGUUCUUUGUACGCAAACUGCAGGGAGUCCAGUUUGUCUUUGAUCUCAGACCUCAGGAGGCGUAGAAUCAGCCGCCCCAGCUGUAGACUCAGGUUGAAGAUCUUGUGAAGAGGUUGACACAGUUCUGCAGCACAGUCUCUAAGCAGCCUUGGACACACACCAUCUGGACCAGCUGCCUUCCCAGGACAAAGUCUUCCAAGCUCCAUCCUCACCCCUGUUUCGGUGACAGACAAGGACUGGUGUUCUAGGAGGGAGGCAGUUGAAGUGGUUGAGACAUUUGAACGAGAUGGAGGAGGAAGGGGAGGAGUUGUAGUGGAGAUUUGUUGCGGAGAGGAAGGUGGAGUAGCAGUAGGAGUGUCAGCAGUGUCAAAUCUGUUGAAGAACAGGUUGAGUUCAUCAGCUCUUUUCACAUCAUCCACCACUGGCUGUCUUUUCUUUUGACUGCUGUGUCCAGAGAUGGUAUUGAUUCCUCUCCACACUUCACGGAUGUUGCUGUGUUGUGGAUCCUUUUCUAUCUUCUUUUUGUACUCCAGCUUUGCCAUCUUGAGUCUCCUCUUCAACUCUUGUUGCACUUGUUUGAGUCGUUCUUUGUCACCAUCUUUAAAAGCUUUCUUUUUCUGGUUAAGGAUUGCUUUUAUGUCUCUUGUGAUCCAGGGUUUGUUGUUGGAGAAACAGCAAACAGUUUUUGUGGGUAUAACUGUGUCUCUACAGAAGUUGAUGUAUUCAGUAAAGCAGUCAACCUGUUUAUCAAUGUUCAUACUAUCCACAUCUGUUUCCAGCAGCACAUUCCAGUCUGUUGAUUUAAAACAGUCCCUUAGAGCUUCACUGGCUUGAGGUGUCCGUCUUCUGAUUUUGACUUUGGUCACAGGCUGCCUCAGCACACAAGGUCUGUAACAGGUUUGCAAAUAGACCAAGUUAUGAUCUGACUUGCCCAGUGGUAGUAAGGCAGUGGCUCUGUAGGCUUCUUUGAUGUUGGCAUACAGCAGAUCCAGAGUUUUGUUUUCUCUGGUAGAACAGUUCACAAACUGUGUGAAUCCAGUCAGGUGAGAGGAGAGGGUGACAUGGUUUUAGUCUCCCAAUAUUAUUAUUAGUGCCUCAGGGUGUUGAGUCUGUAGCCUGGCAACACUAUUUUGCAAAACAUCGCAACAUUCUUCAGUUGAUUUGGGUGGAAUGUAAACAACUACUGUUAUGAUAUGACUGAAUUCUCUUGGAACAUAAUAUGACCGAAGAGCAACUGCCAACAGUUCAAUAUCUGGACAACACAACUUCUCCUUGACAGUUAUGUGUAAAGGGUUACACCAUCUCUGGUUGACAAAUAAAGCCAGACCUCCUCCUUUCUUCUUGCCACUAGCUUGAGCAUCUCUGUCCGACCUCAUGAGAGUGAAGCCAGGUAGAUCCACACUGGAGACUGAGUUGUUUUGAUUCAACCAGGUUUCAGUAAAACACAGGAAACUGCACUCACGGUAUGCUUUCUCAGUCUUCACCAAGACCUCCAGCUCAUCGCUUUUGUUGGGCAGAGAGUUGACGUUUCCCAUGAUGAUUGAUGGAAGAAAGGGUUUAUAUCGCCACCUCCUAGCAUUCAGCUUUGCCUUUACCUUUGCACCAGCACGGCAACCACGAUAACACCUCCUGAUGUCCUCUGGAAUUGUAUGUUGUUGUCCAGAUUUGCUUGUCCUCAAUGAAAGGAGCUGUUCUCUUGAGUAAACUCUUCGCCCAGCAGAAGUAUUCAUCAGCAGCCAACAAAAUUACAACAAAAAUGCUAAAAAAAAUUUAGCAUAAAUUACAAAAAUUACAGAUAAUACAGAGAGACCAGACUUGCAGCAACCUCUCGGUUCAAGCGCAUCAUUUGAAUGUGGAGGUCUGGAGUUACUCUGGAGGUCUUAAAUUAUCAUGGGUCAGGGGUCUAUCCUUGGUCCUUUGUGCUUUCUUAUUAUGUGGAUUAUUCAUAUGUAAUUACAAUAUAUUUAUCUUCUGCUGGAGAUUCUUCACAUUUCAUGUACAACUGAAAUGAUCAUAACUUGGUUUUCAAAACAAAGACUAAACUCAGAGUUUACCCCACCCCCACCCUUUCUCUCUUUCUCUCUCUCCCUCUCUCUGUUCUUCUCUCCCCCUCUGCAGUCUGGGAGUCUCUAAAGUUGCCUCUGUUAUACGGAGUAUCAGCGUCUGUAGGUCAGUAUCUCCCCCCUCUUCUCUUUGACUGUCAUAUAUAAAUUCAUAUUUAUAAAUAUUGUUUUUUCCCUCAAUUUAAAUUAAAGAAUCUGUGUUGAUAUUAAUUGACUGUGACAGGGAAAACGGUCGUAAAGCACUCAUUUAACCCUCUCGGACCAGUAGGUGACGGUGGUGUGUAACUAGUCUGUUAAACUCCAUAGAAGAAGAUGAAGUGUCUUCUGGAGUGAGCAAUAAUUAUUAACAUUCAUUUAAUUUAGUACAGAGUGGUGAGUUAUAAUAUAAUUAUCAUAUAAUUCACCACACCAAUAAUAUAAAGUGUUAUAUUUUUAUUUGACAUGCACUACAGUUUAAUGGUGUAAAGUUAAGUUAGCCUUUAAACAUGAAAUUAAAGAAAACAGUAUCAAGCAGGUACACAUCUUUAGCUGAAAAACUUAGUGCAGGCAACCUGGACUGGAUCUGCACCAUCCAAUCAGAACAGAGAAAAAUGGGCAUGAGAAAUAACCCUCUGAUAAAAAUAACUAAUCAUUAAUAAGGCUAAUGAAAGGAUGAAAUUAUUAUUCAAACUUUAAUGUAUACCAGUAGGCCUUAGCAUUAGUCUCCUCCUUAUGCUGAACUCGCCUGAGUCUCACCUGCACCCUCUGUCUUCAGGUGUUGGGCUGUUCUCUCUGGUACUGGGUCUGGUGUGCGCCCAGUGCUGCUGCAGAAAUACCGCUCACACUCCACGCUCUCGUAACAAGCUGAUGGACCUGGAGAUGGACUGACACACACCCCCUCCUGCACACACACACUGCAGUGCACACAGAAAGCAGCACACACAACGACACCCACAAGGCGACGAUUACUGGGACACGCAGCUGUUUGCCGGCGAUGGACGCUGGGACUAACUGUGCUUGCCUUCGUUCACACGUCUGUUUGUGUGAGGUGUUAAGGUGUCUGCAGUGUGUGUGGCAGCAGGGGGCACUGUCACUGACCAAUAGGAACAAGCCUUUGUGACUUCACUUCCUGUGGAGAUCCUGAGAAAUCUGUGGCUUCCAUACAUUUUUAUUGAAACUUAAACAGAGUUUAGCUGAAAACAUGCCACCACUGAGGUUCAAGGACCACCUGACAGGUGCGGACAGGUGUGGACAAGUGUGGACAAGUAAGCUCAGGCUGGACUAAAAGCUCCUUUUUAUGAUGCCAAGUACCUGGUCUGUCUCUCCCUCUCUCUCUCACCUGGUUGUCUUACAGCAAGAGGAGCAUCUCAGCAGCACCCCUGCAGGUCAAACUGGGGAGCGCUCCUGAAAGUCUGUAUCUCUGGAGCUUCAUGGACAGAGAUGUUGUCUUUGUGUGUUUACUUGCACAGGUGAACUCUGUCACUACAGGACUCCACAUUAGCGUAAGCUUGAUAUGCAGAGUGUGUUCGUAUGUGUAAGUACGUGUGAAAGAGAGAGAGAAAGAUAUAUAUAUAUAUAUAUAUAUAUAUAUGUGUGUGUGUGUGUGUGUAUGUAUAUAUGUGUGUGUGUGUGUGUGUAUGUAUAUAUGUAUGUGUGUGUGUGUGUAUGUAUAUAUGUAUGUAUGUAUAUGUGUAUGUAUAUAUGUAUGUAUAUAUAUAUGUAUAUAUAUAUGUAUAUGUAUGCAUAUAUGUAUAUAUGUGUAUAUAUAUAUGUAUAUAUCUGUGUAUAUAUAUAUAUAUGUGUGUGUGUGUGUGUGUGUGUGUGUGUGUGUGUGUAUUAAUGUGUGUGUGUUGGUGUGUUUGUGUGUUGAUGUGUGUGUGCAGUGAGAGAUGCAUGAUCUGUUUUUCUAAACACACUGAUGUCAGUCAGAGCAGCAAACACCUGGUCAUCGGGUGACAGAUCACAAACUUCCAAAUUAAUUCAGAUCAGGCUACUAUGAGGAAGCAUGUCCUUGCCAUCGCUCUGAUUAUCAAACCGUCUCUGAGACGGGACUGUAGGCCAAGCAGUUUUAGCAUAAAGACUGGAAACAGUGAGCCUGAUCUCUUUAAUCAACAUGUUUGAGUGAUACCUGAGGACGCCUCAUAGGUUAACUUGUCUCAUAUUUAUCUGCUGAAUCUGUGUUUUGAAAGGGAAAUUGCGACCUUAGAUGAGCCUCAUGUUACCACACAGGUGGUGAUCAGGUGCCAUAAAACUAAUCACACACACACACACACACACACACACACACACACACAGGUAUACAGGUCAGAGUGCCAACCUCUCUGACAUUAAAGCUCUCUGGUGUAUUUUCUGGAUUUCUCUGAGUCUGAGGAUGUUUUUAAUAAAUGGAUUUUUAGAAUGUCUUUUUUAAAAUGAAUUUAUAUGUUCAGUUUUUAUUCAUGAUUUUCAUGUUUUGAUACUAAACCAACAAAAGAGUCCACCCUUAUAUCCAACUCCUCUGAAAUACUUUAAAUUACCAUUAAAAUAUUUUAAGUAUAAGUUUAAAAAAAUUGAGAAACAUGAAUAUAAUCACUUAAAGUUUCAGUCAAAUAUUUCUGUUUGAUGUCACUAAUCUUUUUUUAAGUUGUAAUUUUUUUGUGAGCAAGGAUGGUCAGCGUCCUUUCACAAAAGCACAAAAGUCAUUUCAGCGCACUGUUAACGGGCACAUUUAAUAUUCACUGUAGCUUUAAAAAGAGCAAUAAAAAGAUUUUAAAAACUGUUUUUUAAGUUAAACUGUUCAGCUCAAAGUGGAGCAGAAACAGCUGUCAGGUGUGUGUGUUUGCUGUUGAAAUGAAGUUGUGAAAUCAAGACCUGAUUUUCAUCAUUACAGUUAGAACUCUGAGACUUGAAAGACUAAAGCUGAAAUUUUAAGACCAGUAACAGGAAUUUAAAAAAUUCAGACCGACGUAAAUCAGCACGUACCGUUUUUGAGCUCAGAUAUAUACUGUGGAUUAAUUUUUGUUAAAUUUAAAGUUUAUUUCUAAGAGACAAUCCAGAGCAGAAAGCUGCUUUUGGAUCAGUUCUGAUAUAAAAAGAGACUGACACAAAUUUUAUUCUCUAAACUCAGAGUUCACUUCCUGUUUAAACUUAGAUUGAAUAAUCCUCUCAAAUUAAUCUUAAACUGUGUUACUCUUAGGUGUGGUUAAACGCAGCUGGUGACCUGAAGACGUACAGAAUAUAUGUUUUGUUCAUAUAACUGUGAAACAAACACUUCCUGUAUGAGUUUCAAAUUAAAAGCCCUUUAGUGUUGCAGCUCUCGGUUACUUCAUUGUUUUUCAAGGUUUUUUAGUGAAGGGUUUUGAGGUUCAUGUUUUUGUUUGAAAUGUUUUAUUUUGUUAACCACAGCAUGUGUCAUGGCUACCAUGAUUUGACUGAAUGCAGUUUAGUUUGACCUUUGACCUUCUAUUAAACACAAACUACUGUCUGCAAGUCACCUUUCUGUAAGUGUUGUACAGCAAAAGAUUUUGAGUUUGAUUCAGCUUGAUCCUCCUGUAUGGGACUGCAUCCUGAACUGAGUCAGUAUUUCAGUCACUGACCACAGCCUCUUGUGGAAAGUAGCCCAGCUUAACAGCACUCACAUUUCAGCUGCUGCCCCUAUGUAGUAACAAAUAGUGCAUUUAAAAACAUGAACUCAGACAGCUGCUGCCCCCUUGUGGUGAUACUUUAGCACCACAAAUAGCAGUGUUCUAAAAACAUGACAACCCACCUCACCCCACCUUGGUGAUAUUUUUUCAGUACAAAUAACAGUGUAGAAAAGUUUGCCACAUACAGCUGCUGCCCCCCUGUGGUAAUCUUUUCACUACAAGUAACAGAGUAUUUGAAAACAUGAACACAAAUGGCUGCAGUGACUGAAAUCAGAGAUUAUUCCUUCAGAUUAGCAACCCAGAAUAAAUGUGUUUAAAUGCUCUUUUCUUUAUUGAAGUGAUGUAAAUGUGAAUUUUCUCUGAUUGCGUGCUCAUAAUACGGUUCUGUCAUGUUUUCCCUCUCAGCCUGGACUUUGGACCUGUUUUUGGUUGUGCGUUUAACCCUGAAUAUUAUGAGAUGUUUUAUACCUGAAGACAGGUGUGAUGGAUGUGCCUGUAAAGGGUUAAUAAAGUCAUGGUUCAUUACCAUGCAUUAGUAAA